CGUCGGCCGGCUCGCUGCUCUGAGCAGAUACAGCGUUCCCGGCCUGAAGCCUCGGCUGGAGGGACUGCUGUUAGGAGGAAGAACAAAACUACACGGCGCCACCGGCCUGUAGUUUUGUUUUCUUGUGGGGUUCCUUCGAGGCUCAGCUCUUCUCCUCUUGGAUUUUACAUUUCUGGAUACAGAGGUUUGAUCUUGUGAACGCAGCCCUCUGGGCAACUCAGGCAUCCUUGUAUAGACAAGGUGCCGACCAUCAUGUCAACACAGGCGCCGACAUUUACACAGCCGCUCCAGAGCGUCGUGGCACUAGAGGGUAGUGCCGCGACGUUCGAGGCUCGAGUUAGUGGUUCUCCAGUUCCUGAGGUGAGCUGGUUCCGUGAUGGCCAGGUUCUUUCCGCUGCUGCUCUGCCCGGCGUUCAGAUCUCGUUCAGCGACGGCCGCGCUGUUCUGAGGAUCCCCGCUGUGACUGCCGCACACAGCGGAAGAUUUUCCAUCAGAGCCACCAAUGGUGCUGGACAAGCCACAAGCACAGCUGAGCUCCUGGUUACAGCGGAGACGGCGCCUCCGAACUUCGUUCAGAGACUGCAGAGCUCCACAGUGAGACAGGGCAGCCAGGUGAGGCUGGACAUCCGAGUCACAGGUAUUCCACCACCUGUGGUGAAGUUCUACAGGGAGGGAGCAGAGAUCCAGAGCUCUGCCGACUUCAGGAUCCUCCAGGAGGGAGACCUGUACAGUCUGCUCAUAGCUGAGGCCUUCCCAGAGGAUUCUGGGACGUAUUCUGUGACCGCCACUAACAGCAGCGGACGGGCCACAUCCACUGCUGAGCUGCUGGUUCAGGGUGAAGAAGCUGUACCGACAAAGAAAACCAAGAUGAUUGUGUCCACAUCUCAGAUGGCGACUUCCCAGACCAGUUCCCAGACCAGAGUGCAGAGGAAGAUGGAGGCGAGUUUCCAGGCCACCGCCAUGGAGAUGCACGUUGAAGGAGGAAUGAUGACUCAGCAUUUGGCUCACAAAACCCCCCCACGGGUUCCCCCGAAACCGACCUCCAGGUCCCCGCCGUCCCUUGUUUCCAAGGUGACCGGAGGACGUCAGCAGUCGCCUUCACCAGUCAGACACGUGAAGGGGCCGACGCCCACAGCUGUCAGAUCCAUGUCUCCCUCGACCCGACUGUCGGUCUCCCCCAUCAGACCCGUCAAGUCGCCCUUAAUGACCAGGAAACAGUUGGCCACCGCUGCAGAGGUCCUGCCUCCCUGGAAACAAGGAGGCUAUGUGUCUGAGGCUGCCUACGCCAGUAUGACCAGUAUGACCAGUAUGAGCAGUAUGAGCAGUAUGAGCACUAAGAGCAGUGUCAGCAGCGCCACCCAGCUGCACAUGGAGAAACACUGGGAGCAGCAGGUCACCGCCACCAGAGAGGCUGAGGGAGGGAUAAAAGCUGGGGCGGUGGCCACGGUGAUGGCCGCCGUUGACCUCGCUCGUGUCCGCCAGCCUGUGCAUGCCGAGGGCGGUCGGGCUGAAGAGGAGGAGGAGGAGGAGGAGGAGGAGGAGGCAGUCGAGGUGAAGACGAAGCAACAGGCGGUUGCAGAGAAACAAAUAGUCAUAGUGAAAACAGCGGCUGCUGAAGCAGCGCCACCGCCACCUGUCACUGUGACGUCAGAGCAGGUCCAGGUGUCACAGAUUCAGAGAACAACAGAACUCUCCCCCCUCGUGGACACCGGUGUGUCCCUGUCCCCAGUUCCUCAUUUCACAGUUUCUAAAGUUUCUGUCCCCAAACCUGAACAGAGCCCUGAGGUGUCCAUCGCCGGCUCUGCCAUCGCCACGCUGCAGAAGGAGUUAUCCUCCCACACCCCCCCCAGACACAUCAUCAAGCCCGUCAAGUCUCCCAGUCCGUCUCGCAGGAAGGUGGAGGUGCGAGUGGCACCGGAGCCCCUCCCCCCGCCGUUCAAAGACAUCCGAUUUCACAGUCAGGUUGAGGUGGGCGGGGCUUACGCAGUCGGCGAGGAGGAGUUUGAGGAAUGGGAGCCUCAGGAGGCGGCUGCGGUGCCCACCAGAGCUCAGGAGCCCGUCGUCCCUCCGGCUCUUGUUGCUGGCCUGAAGAAUGUGACCGUGACCGAGGGCGAGUCCUUGACCCUGGAGUGUCAGAUCAGCGGUCAGCCUGCUCCUGCCAUCAUGUGGUUCAGAGAGGACUACAAGAUCGAGAGCUCCAUCGAUUUUCAGAUCAGCUACGAGAGUGGAUUCGCCCGGCUGGUGAUCCGCGAGGCGUUCGCUGAAGACAGCGGCCGCUUCACCUGCACCGCCACCAGCGAGGCGGGAACAGUCAGCACCUCCUGCUACCUGCUCGUCCAAGUGUCAGAAGAAAUCGAGAGUAGAGAGGAGACGGCUGUGUCUGAAAUCGACGUCACACAAGAGAAAAUUGUUGCCGUAGAGACAAAGGAACAGAUGGUGGCAGAGGUGACGACAGGAGAGUCUGCUGCUCCCUUCUUCAUCAAGAAACCCAGCGUUCAGAAGCUGGUGGAGGGAGGAAGCGUCGUCUUCGAAUGUCAAGUCGGAGGAAACCCCAAACCUCACAUCAUCUGGAAGAAGAGCGGCGUGCCGCUCACCACUGGAUACAGAUACAAAGUCGCCUACAAGAAGGAGACUGGAGCAUGCAGACUGGAGAUCUCCAUGACCUUUGCUGAUGAUGCUGGAGAAUACUCCAUCUUUGCCAAGAAUACUCAUGGAGAAGCCUCAGCCUCCGCCACUCUGCUGGAGGAAGAGGAAUAUGACGCUUAUAUGAAGCAGCUUGACGUGACAUAUAAAACUGAAGUGACAACGACAGUGGUCCAGGAGCCCUCUGUGGUCGUGAGUCAAUACGAGAUGGAACAGAGGAGAGUGACAACCCCCAUGAGCUUCGUCUCAGAAACAGAAUUCCUCGUUUCAGCCUUUGAAGAGAGGAUUAUUCACGAGAUUGAAUUGCGUAUCAUGAGGAUCACCUACAGUGAGCUGGUGACGGAGGAUGGAGAGCUGACGGUGACUGUGGAAGAGGAGGAAGCAAUGCUGCCGGCCUUCGACACGCCGGUCAAAAACUACAGAAUCGUGGAGGCAAUGGGCGUCACUUUCCACUGCAAGAUGGCUGGAACACCACUGCCAAAGAUCGUUUGGUACAAAGACGGCCAGCGCAUCAGGCCUGGGGGCCGUUACCAGAUGGAGGUUCUUCAGGAUGGGCGAGCCAGCCUGCGCCUGCCAGUGGUGCUGCCUGAGGAUGAGGGCGUGUACACCGCCUUCGCCACCAACAUGAAGGGAAAUGCCGUCAGCUCUGGGAAACUCUAUGUGGAGCCGUCCGGAGCUGUAACACCUCAGAGAUACACACCACAGCCGGCAAUGCAGAGGAUCAGGUCCACCUCUCCUCGCUCUAUGAGCCGCUCACCUGGUCGCUCUCCCAGCCGUUCUCCCGCCCGCCGUCUCGAUGAGACAGAUGAGGCUCAACUGGAAAGACUCUACAAACCUGUGUUUGUUCUCAAACCGUCCUCAAUAAAAUGCUCUGAGGGACAAACUGCCAGAUUUGACUUGAAGGUUGUUGGCAGGCCCAUGCCCGACACCUACUGGUUCCACAAUGGACAACAAGUGGUUAAUGACUACACCCACAAGAUCGUAGUCAAAGAAGACGGUAUCCAGUCCCUGAUCAUUGUCCCUGCCAUGCCACAAGAUUCUGGAAAAGACAGUCACUCAAACUUGACUGGACGAACUUCUGUUUCUGUAAAUCUGACUGUUUCUGUAAAUUGACUUCUGUGUCUAAUUUCAGAUCCAGCUCGCCCUCAGUUUGUCGACAAGCUGAAGAACAUCACAGUCAAACAGGGCACUCUGGUGGAGCUGGCUGUUAGAGCCAUGGGAAACCCUCUGCCUGAUAUUGUCUGGCUGAAAAACAGUGACAUCAUCUCACCACACAAGCACCCACAUAUCAAGAUCGAUGGUACUAAAGGAGAGGCCAAAUUCCAGAUCCCAUCUGCUUCAGGCACAGACAGCGCCUGGUACACCGCGACAGCCAUCAACAAGGCUGGUAGAGACACCACUCGCUGCAGAGUCAAUGUGGAGGUGGACUUCACUGCCCCUCAAGCUGAGAGGAAGCUCAUUAUUACCAAAGGAACGUACAAGGCUAAGGACAUUGCUCCUCCGGAGUUGGAGCCCCUUCAUCUGCGAUAUGGUCAGGAGCAGUGGGAGGAGGGCGACCUUUACGACAAAGAGAAGCAGCAGAAACCACUGUUCAAGAAAAAGCUGACCUCUAUCAGAAUGAAGCGUUUCGGUCCUGCUCAUUUUGAGUGCAGACUGACCCCUAUUGGUGACCCCAUCAUGGUAGUGGAGUGGCUGCACGAUGGCAAACCCCUGGCUGCUGCUAACAGGUUACGCAUGGUCAAUGAGUUUGGCUACUGCAGCCUUGACUAUGAAGCUGCUUACGCUAGAGACAGUGGUGUCGUCACUUGCAGAGCCACAAACAAGUUCGGAGUCGACCAGACCUCGGCCACCCUGAUUGUCAAGGAUGAGAAGGGUCUUGUUGAGAAAGUCAGCUUCCUGAAGGCAGAAGAAGGAGCUUUCAGAAUGGAUGAGAUGGAGCGCCAAGCUCAUCAGGGAGGACCCUAUGGAGUUAGUGCUGAGCAUUAUGAAAAGUCCAAACCUGAAAUUGUUCUCGUUCCUGAACCAGCCAGAGUGCUUGAAGGCGACAUUGCUCGAUUCCGUUGCAGGGUGACCGGUUAUCCAGCACCCAAAGUUAACUGGUACCUCAAUGGACAACUUAUCCGCAAAAGCAAGCGAUACAGACUUUGUUAUGAUGGUAUUUACUAUUUGGAGAUUGUUGACAUCAAGUCCUAUGACUCAGGAGAGGUCAGGGUGGUGGCAGACAAUCCUUUGGGAACAACUGAGCACACAGUGAAGCUGGAAGUCCAACAGAAAGAGGACUUUAGAUCUGUCCUGCGUCGUGCUCCGGAACAGAGGGCUGCCGAGGCUGCACAUGAACCUGGAAGAAUUGGAUUUGACGUCAUGAAGGUUGACCAACCUGCUGACGCUGCACAGGACAGGGAAGUUGUUAAGCUCCGUAAGACACAGAGAAUCACCCACGAGAAAACCUCAGAGGAAUCCGAUGAACUGAAAACUAAGUUCAAGCGUAGGACAGAGGAAGGUUUCUACGAGUCCAUCUCUGCUGUGGAGUUUAAGUCUCGUAGGAGAGACGAGUCUUAUGAGGAUCUACUGAAGAAGACCAAGGAUGACUUGCUUCAUCGCUUGAAAGAGAAGGAGGAGGCUGAGAGGAAGAGGCUGGAGGAACAGGGCACAGUCACCAUCCCCACAAUCAAACCAGAGAGGGUCCAGCUCUCCCCUAGCAUGGAGGCUCCCAGGAUCCUGGAACGCAUCGCCAGCAAGACCGUUGCUCCAAUGGAUGAGGUUCGUUUCCGACUCAGAGUCGUGGGCAGACCAGAACCUGAGUGCCAGUGGUUCAAGAACGGUGUUCAGCUGGAAAAGUCAGACCGUGUUUACUGGUACUGGCCUGAGGAUCAUGUGUGUGAACUGGUGGUCAGAGACGUCACAGUGGAGGAUUCUGCCAGCAUCAUGGUUAAAGCCAUGAAUGUUGCUGGGGAAUCUUCAAGCCAUGCGUUUCUGCUUGUGCAAGCCAAAGUGGCGAUUAACUUUACCCAAAACCUGACAGACACCAGUGCCAAUGAGAAGGACACGAUAGUCACCUUCGAGUGUGAAACCAAUGAGCCUUUUGUUAAAGUCAAGUGGCUUAAGAACAACAUGGAGAUCUUCUCCGGAGACAAAUACAGAAUGCACUCGGACAGAAAGGCUCACUUCCUGUCUGUGCUGAUGGUUGAAAUGAAGGAUGAUGCCGAAUACGCUUGUGUGAAUAUAGAAGAUGAGAACAUCAGGACGAGUGCAAGACUCAAUGUUGAAGGCGCUGCCCUGGAGCUCAUCAAACACUUGGAGAACAUUGAGGUACCAGAGACCUACGCUGGAGAGUUUGAGGUUGAGCUUUCUCGUGAGGACGCUGAAGGCAGCUGGUUCUUCAAAGACAAGGAGAUCUCUUCCGGCAGUAAAUACAUAAUGUCUUCCCGCCGAGGGAGACACACCUUGUCUGUCAAGGAUGUCAGAAGAGAGGACCAGGGAAAAUACACCUUUGUAUGUGGAGAUCUGAGGACCAGUGCCUCACUGAAGAUGAAAUUGCGCCCAGUAACCCUGAUGCAGCCAUUGACCGACCUCACAGUCUGUGAGGGUGACAUCGCUCAGCUGGAGGUGAGGUUCUCCCAGGAGAAUGUUGAGGGAACCUGGAUGAAGAACGGCCAGGCCAUUUCUGCUUCGGACCGCAUCCACAUUGUGAUCGACAAACUGGUUCACAAGCUGCUGGUGGAGAACGUCAGCAGAGAAGAUGCUGCCUCCUACUCUUUCUUGGUUCCUGCCCAAGACAUCUCCACCUCAGGCAAACUCAGUGUCCAAACCAUUGACAUUGUGGUGCCUCUGAAGGACGUGUCCUCCAUUGAGGGCACCAAAGCUGUUUUGGAGGCCAAGAUCUCUGCUCAAGAUAUUAGCUCAGUCAAAUGGUUCCACAACGACAAACUGCUGACUGCUAGCGACAGAAUCCAGAUCGUGGCCAAGGGAGCCAAGCAGCGUCUGGUCUUCAGCAGGAGCUACGCCUCUGAUCAAGGACACUACAAACUGGUGGUCGGCAAAGUUGACACCAGCUGCAACCUAACUGUCGAACAGGUUCAGAUUGUGAAGCACAUGGAGGACAAAGUCUGCUCUGAGUCCCAGAACGUCACCUUUAAAGUUGAAGUAUCUCACCCUGGCAUCGACCCAGUCUGGAUGUUCAGGAACCAGCAGCUCAAAUCUGGACCCAAACACAAGAUGGACUCCAAGGGCAACGCUCACUCUCUGACUGUCAUCGAUGCCAUGAAAGACGAGGAGGGCCAGUACACGUUCCACGCUGGUGAAAAGACGUCCAGUGCCAAGCUCUCUGUCUCAGGUGGUGCCAUCACACGACCACUUCAGGACGUGACAGUGGCGGAGUCUCAGACAGCUGAGUUUGAGUGUGAAGUCGCCAACGCCAACGCUGAGGGGAAGUGGCUGAAGGAGGGUAAACCUAUGGACUUCAAUGAGAAUGUGGUGAGCGAGGUGAAAGGAGCCAUCAGGCGUCUCAUCAUCGUCAUUACCAGACCGCAGGACGUCGGGGAGUACACCUACCAGGUGUCCAACUCCAAAACCACUGCCAACCUCAGGGUGGAGGCGGUAAAGAUCAAGAAAACUCUCAGAAACCAGACGGUGACAGAAACCCAGGAGGCGGUGUUCACGCUGGAGCUCACCCACACAGACGUGAAGGGAUCCCAGUGGAUCAAGAACGGCGUGGAGCUGCAGAGCAGCGACAAGCACGAGAUCACGUCAGACGGCGUGGUCCACACCCUGAGGGUGAAGACCUGCAGCUCACAGGACGAGUGCGUUUAUUCCUUUAAACUGGGAAAACUGUCCGCCAACGCCAGGCUCGGCGUGGAGACGAUCAAGAUUGUUAAGAAGAUGAAGGACGUGACAUCAUUGUUGGACGGCACCGCCUCCUUUGAGAUGAGCCUGUCACAUGACAACAUCCCCGUCAGGUGGAUGUUCAAAGGGGUGGAGCUGAAGUCGAGCAACAAGUGUAAAGUUCUGUCGGAGAGGAAAGCUCACAAACUGAUUGUGCAGAACGUCAACCCCAGCGACGCAGGAGAGUACAGCGCUGUGGUCGGACACCUGCAGUGCAGCGCCACGCUCACCGUGGAGGCUCUGAAAGUCACCAAACCCAUGAAGAGCGUGGAGGUGCCAGAGACUCAGGUGGCCACGUUCGAGUGUGAGGUUUCUCACUUCAACGUCCCGUCCACGUGGCUGAAGGACGGUGUGGAGAUCGAGAUGAGCGAGAAGUUCAGGAUCGUGGUUCAAGGGAAACUUCACCAGCUGAAGAUCAUGAACACCAGCAGGGACGACUCUGCAGAGUACACCUUCAUCUGUGGCAACGAUCGAGUCUCCGCCACGCUCACCGUCAGCCCCGUCAUGAUCACAUCCAUGUUGAAAGACCUGAACGCUCAGGAGAGAGACACCAUCACCUUCGAGGUCACCGUCAACUACGAGGGCAUCACCUACAAAUGGCUGAAGAACGGCGUGGAGGUCAAGUCGUCGGACAGAUGUCAGGUCCGCAGCCGGCAGCUCACGCACUCGCUCUCCAUCAAAAACGUUCACUUCGGAGACGGAGGAGAGUACCAGUUUGUGGCCGGCUCGGCUGCCUCCGCCGCAAAUCUGUUUGUGGAAGCUCGAGUGAUUGAAUUCACCAAGAAAAUCAAGGACAUAAAGAUCACAGAGAAGAAAAAGGCGAUUUUUGAAUGUGAGGUCACGGAGCCAAACAUCCAGGUGAUGUGGAUGAAGGACGGUCAGGAACUGGACGUGUCCGAGGAACGGUACAUUAUGACAGCAGAGAAGUACGUUCACCGUCUGAUGAUCCAGACGGUUCGUAUGUCCGAUGCCGGAGUGUAUUCAGUGGUGGCUGGAUCGAGUGUCUCCAAAGCUCAGCUCACAGUCGAGGGUCGCGACAUCCGGAUCUCUGAACCGGCUGAGCGGGAAAUUACAGUUCUGGAGAAACAACGAGCGACCUUCGAGUUCGAGGUGAACGAGGACGAUGUGGAGGGUCGCUGGCUGAGGAACGGGGUGGAGAUCCAAGUCUCUGUGGAGGACCGGUUCAGCUACGUGGCCAUCAGAAAGCUGCACCGCCUCACCAUCUCCGAGACCUACAGGAGUGACGCCGGGGAGUACAUCUUCAUCGCCGGCAAGAACAGGAGCACCAUGCACCUCCGGGUCAACAUCCCAGAGCCUCCGCAGAUCCUUCGCCACAUGGAGCCUCAGUCGUUAGAGGCCGGUAAACCUGCUCGCUUCUCCGUGAAGGUGAGCGGCGUUCCUCAGCCUCAGGUCUUCUGGUACAAAAACUCCCAGGCCCUGUCUCCGGGCUUCAAGUGUAAGUUCCUUCAUGACGGCGACGAGCACACGCUGCUGCUGAUCGAGGUCUUCCCCGAGGACACCGCCGUCUACAACUGCGAGGCAAAGAACGACUAUGGCACCGCCACGAGCACCGCAGCGCUCAACGUGGAAGUUUCAGAAGUGGUUUCUCCGGACUCAGCUGCUCCUGUUGCUCCACCUGUCGUCAUCUCACCCAUCGCCAACGCUUCUGCCCGUGAGGGAGAACCGGCUCGCUUCCAGUGCAGAGUCCGUGGAGAUGAUGUGAAGAUCAGCUGGUCCCACAGAGGGAAGGAGAUCAAGCAGUCUGACUUCUUCAGGAUGUCUCAGUUUGACGACAGCUGUCAGCUGGAGAUCUCCAGGGUGUACCCAGAGGACGAGGGCGAGUACAGCUGCGUGGCCACGAACAGCGCCGGCACCGUCUCCUGCGCCGCCACCCUCACUCUGGACGGACAAAAACAAAAGGUGGACAGUCUAGCUGAGACACAUGUGUCCACUCGGCUCACCAGUCUAAAGAAACCCCCCAUUGGUCAAAAGCCAGUUUUCAUCCAGCCAAUCACAAGUUGCACGGUGCCGCACGGCGAGGUGGCCCGCUUCCAUGCAUGUGUGUCCGGCACGCCGAAGCCAGAGAUAAGCUGGUUCCACAACCGGCAGCCAGUUUGGCCCACUAAGAAUGUGGUGUUUCACUUUGACGAGGUGACCAACAGCGCCACGCUCAUCAUCGUCGACGCCUUCUCUGAGCACGCCGGGCAGUACACCUGCAGGGCGGCCAAUAUCUCUGGAGAGGCGGCGUGCUCGGCCACCCUCACCAUUACUGCAGAGGAAGAAGUGACUCACGUGAGAGAGGAGAUCGAAGCCAAGAUUGAGCAAGAAGUCAAAGAACGUCGUAGCACCACCAUCACCACCGUGGAGGACCAAGAGGAAACCUUCCGCACUGGUGUCCAGUUACCCCAGAAAACCAAAACACUUGAACUCAAACCAGAAUCCAAACGUUACUCUUCCUCUUUAGAGAAGAAAAAAGAAAAGCCAGUUUUCCUAAGCCAGCUCUCUCCAACCGCUGUGACCUCUGGGGAAACUGCCAGGUUCAGCCUCAGAGUGUCUGGCUUCCCCAAGCCAACAGUGCAGUGGUCUCAUAAUGGGAAAGUCAUUCAGAGUUCUUCUGUUUACAAAGUGAUAGAGGAGAGGGAGGAGUUCACAUUAAUCAUAACUAAGGUCACAUCUGAGUAUGAGGGCGAGUACUCCUGCACUGCCACCAACAGGUUUGGUCAGACAACAUGCACCACAUACCUCGAAGUGAAAAAGCCUGAUGUUAGUCAAGCAGAGAAAUGGGUAGAGAAGAUGUUUAAGGUCACAGGUCAACCUCCCACGUUCACAGUUCAGAUUCAACCUGUCAGAUGCUCAGAAGGAGGAGAGGUUUACUUUAAUUACAAGGCCAGCGGUGAUCCAGCACCUGAUGUGAAGUGGUUCAAAGGUGCUUUCCAGAUCCAGCCCAGUAGAAACUGUGUCAUUACAGCCAACCCAGAUGGAUCUGGUUUUAUCAAUCUUAAAAGCAUCAAACAGCAAGACAGCGGGUUGUAUUCCUGCAGAGCCUCCAACCUGUUUGGGGAAGCGACUUGUAGUGCCGAGCUGGUUGUUUUCAGAGAAUCAGUCUCUGUUUCCAACAAACAGGAGCAGCUGACCGUUGUGCAGAAGAAAGGUUAUAAGGUGUCAGUGACAGAGCAGGCGACUGAGUCUCGCUUGUACCAGGUCAGCCUCCCAGGUCAGGACAGAGCCAGAUCUGAUCAGAUGGUUUACACCAUCGGCACUGAAGACCGGCAGAUCAUUCCCAGUGAGCAAGUGAGCUCCCUUAGAGAGCUGGAUAUCUCUGCUGCCACUGUUCAUCGUGAGCAGCUGACCCACCAGGCAGCAGUGCUUCAGGCUCAUGAGAUGGAGGAGAGGGUGUCUGUUGUUCCCACCCACCCACCUCUGGUCUCAGUUGUUCCUGCAAAACAGCUUCAUAUGGCAACUUUUACCACGUCUGUCGAAGAGAGUCAGGACCUCACAGAGCAGCACUGUGACCGCAUUCAAAGCCCCGAGGUCAUUGAGCUUCAGGCGGCUAGAGAAAAAAUGUCAAAGGUUAUGACAGCUGUUGCUGAAGAGCUCAACCCACUCUCUACGGUUAGCACAGAGCCUCUGGCUGACAGGAAGUCUGCUUCGAUAAGACCCACGUCAGAACCAAAACACCUAGUUAGUGGGCAUCAAGUCCAGUCCCAACUAUCUAUCCUGAAAGAGCAGUCACAGGACAUCCCCAAACCACAGCAAGAGAAGGGUUACAAGGUGAAGGAAGGUGUUAAGAUUUUAUACUCGGCCCAGUCUGCAGAAAAACAAGUUCUUGCAGAAGGCCACACAUCUGAACUAGCAACAGCAGAUUCUGCUUUGAAAUCUUCCAUUAGCAAAGAACAGCACAGACCUGUCUUGGCUUCAGUCAGCAAGUCUAAACAGACUCUUUCCAAGGAGACUGAGUUCUCCAUCCAGAGACCGGCUGUGGAGUCAGCCUAUCUUUGUAAGGAUGAGAUCGUGAAAGCAGCUCUAACGGCUGAAGAGAAGCAAAUGCUUCAGGCGGAGUCUACUCAGCAGCUGCCGAGUCUGUCCAGUGCCACGUCCAUUCACUCUCAGAUAGAAGGGGAGCAGUUGUUGCAUCUGCAGGUUAUCACAGACCAGGACCUCCUUCCAUCUGAGGAGAGCUUCACCUGUGAGAAACCAGCACCAGAGCAGGCAGGAACCAGGAAGAGUCCUACUUUGCUGCACACUGUUAGUCAGGAUGAGCAGAGGACAUUAGUUUGUGAGGAUGCAUCAGAGUUUGAGGCCAAGGCCAGCACUACGACCAUUCAGCCGCAGAAAGAGGGUCCUACUUUGCUGCAUCUCCAUUCAGCUCAACCCCUGGAGGCGCUGCCCAAAGAGGGCAUUCUCAUAACAGACAAGCCCAACCAGCAGGUGGCAGCACAGAAACAAGAAAAGAUAAGAAGCCAUGCAGCCAUUUCAGAAGAGAGAAAGGCGCUCACGGCAAAUUACCACACAGAGCUGGAUUUGUCUGUGACUGGAGUUCAGUCUCAGCUUCGAACUGAGCCCAGACCUCAGAACAUCCUGCAGCUUUCCUACCAGCCCCUUCAGCUGCCAAAAGAGAUGCCGGUCACCGCUGACGUCAAGCCGCAGCGGGCUUUAGUGCAGAAGGAGGAUCGCUGGAACGUGAUGCAUGUAACCAGUGUGGCAGACUGUCAUGCCUUAGAGGAGGGUCACACAGAGCGUCUUACAGCGGUGGAUAAACUCACCUGCCAUAUGGCUCUAGAGCCCAAACUUCCCACUGAGCCUAUCCAGAUUGAGGAGAAGGAGAUCUCCACUGAGAGCAGUGUCUUUCUAGAGGCAGCAGAACAGGACUUUGCUGUUCAGAUCCAGGAGGGUCAGUCAGUCAGGCAGUCAAUAGUGAUGGAUGAGAAGCAAGUACUGAUGGGUGAGAUCUCUCAGGAGAUCACCAAGUCUCAGUCCAGUAAAGUUACUGUCACCACUCAGCCAAAACUGUCCCUCAUGGCGUCAGAAUCAAAAGACAGCCCAGCCUUUCCCAAAGAGAUGACCUUUGUAAUUCAGAUCCCAAAACCAUCCAGUCUGAAAACACAGCGUCAGCUCAGAGAUGCCCUGCAGUCUGCUGUGGCCAGGGACCAGCCUGUGUUACUGGCUGAUGUCGUAGACAGGUUACAGGCUGUAGAAGUACAGGAAGUCAAGGUCCAAAGACAGCCCAAACGGGCCAUGUUCACAUACCUUAUCACCACAACAGGGGCCCCCAUGGAGAUCACUGUGGCUUUUGAGGGUGAAUACCCUCAGAUAGCUGACCUCAGAACUGAACUCCAGGCAGCUUUCCAUUCCAUCGUGUACCAGGAAGCCCAUGUUCUUACUUCAGACCAGCCAGGCACGAUGCAGCUAGACAAACCUCAGAGAGCCCAGGUCUCCUCGGCUACCUCUAAGCAAAUGUUGUCGUCCAUGGUCGAGAUGGUGAGCGUGGCAGAGAGUACAGUGGAUUUCAGUGCUGUUAAAUCUCAGAGUGCUGCACUCAGGACAGAGUCUAAAAGGACAGUUGAAUGUGCUGCAGCUGAGCAGCAGGUUGUGGUGCAGGAGUCCAAGGCAGCAAAGAUGGAACAGAUCAUCUCAUCCCAGAUCAAAGUUUCCACUGAGGCUCACAUGGCUUUUGAGCAGUCAGUACAGGUUUCAAGACAGGAAGUGAGGUCAGUGGAGCUGAAAGGCAGAGAAAAAGAUGUAGGUGCAGCAAUUCUUACCACUGCUCUUCCUCCCACCAUCGCCCCCACUGAACAGGUGGUAGAUGUCAGCAUCCAGAAGGAGCACAGGGAGGAGAUCUUUAAAGAAGAGAUCACAGUGCCCAGGCCAGAACAGAGAGAAUGCCCCAUAAUAGUCGCCUUCCUCGGAGACCUAUCGAUUGAAGAAGACAGUGAAGUGACAUUUAGCACCACCAUUAAGUAUGUUACAAAGGUGAACUGGUUUUUAAAUGGACAGUUGGUGAAAUCUGGCAAAGAGUUCAAGUGUUCCAAAGAUCACGAUACAUACACACUGGUUAUCAACAAAGUUGUGAAGGAGAGGCAUCAAGGAGAAUAUGUAUGUGAGGCCGAGAACGAAGCCGGCAGGACGACAACGUCUUCAAGACUCACUGUGGUGUCAAGAGUGCCACCGGUCUUUAGGCUGAAAAUCUCAUCUCUGGAGAUAAACGUUGGCGGACUCGCCAAGCUGGAAUGUGAGGUCGAGGAUGCUCCGAGUGUGACCUUCAAAUGGUACAAGUCUGCCGUUGAGAUCAGACAGAGCGAGAAGUAUCGAAUCAUCAGCAGCCACAGCAGCUCCUCUCUGGAGCUCCUGAACCCAGUGAAGGCCGACAGUGGUGAAUACAGCUGCAAGGCUUCCAACCAGCAUGGCACUGACGGCUGCACCGCCUCGCUCAUUGUCACCGAAAUGUACCCGCCGGUAUUUGUUUCAAAACCAGACCCAAUGAUUUUAUAUGUGGGCAAACAAGCGGUGUUCCAGUGCUCGCUCACUGGAUCCUCGCCCAUGGAAGUUGUCUGGCACAAGGACAACAUAGCCAUCUCCUCCGAGGGGAACUAUGUCACGAAAUGUGAAAAGAACAAAUAUUCCCUUAACAUUAAGAGUCUUGAGCUGACCGAUCAGGGAGUGUACCUGUGCAAGGCCUCCAACAGUGUCGGCACGGCGACCUUCACCACAGAACUCAAGGUUAUCAACAAGCCUCGCUUUGUUAAGACCUUUGAGCCAGUGUCAGCCGCUGUCAAUGACCCACUGAGGCUGGAGUGUCAGGUGGACGAGGACACUGGUGUGACCGUCACCUGGACCAGGGACGGCAAAAAGGUUCACCAGAGCAUUGAGUCUAAACUGUCCUUUGAGGACAAGGUGGCUGUUCUUGAGAUACCCAAGUCCAAAGUGAAGGACUCUGGGAAAUAUGUGUGCACAGCCACUAAUGAGGCUGGGAGCUCGUCCUGUGAGGCUGUGGUGACAGUUCAAGAGCCUCCGAACUUUGUCAAGAAAAUGGAGUCUAAGUUAACCUGGAAACAGGGUAUAGCUGCACGCUUACAGUGCACUGUGAAAGGAUCGCCCGAACUUCACAUCCACUGGUUCUGGAAUGAGAGAGAGCUUAGUGAUGGAGAGAAACAUAAAAUCUCUUUUAAGACCGGAGUUGCCACUUUGGAGAUACUGAACCUCGUGGUCACAGACAGUGGAAGUUACACCUGUGAGGUGUCAAAUAACGCUGGCAGCGAGAACUGCAACACCCUCAUAGCUGUGAAAGAGCCACCAAGCAUUAGAAAAGAGCUUCGGACAGUGGAGGCGGUGAAGGGAGCCGCUGCACAGCUGGAGUGUGAGAUCAAAGGGACGGCGCCUUUUGAAAUCAGCUGGUUAAAAAAUAAGAAAACCAUCACCAGCGAUCAGAAAUAUAAAAUCAUCUCUCAGGAUUCCUUGUCAAGGCUGGAGAUCCACACAUUUGAGAGUGCAGAUGUUGGAGAUUAUCAGUGUGUCAUAUCUAACGAUGUGGGGAAAGUCACCUCAAAGGCUUUAGCUAAACUUAAAGAACCACCAACCUUCUCAAAGAGGGUUGAGAGCGCCACAGCAGUACUGGGAAAUACAGUAAAACUACAGGGAACCAUUAAAGGCUCUGCACCCAUCACUGUUAAAUGGAUGAAAGACUCUGAAAUACUCAGAGACGAUGAUCCAAAUAUCAAGUCGGUGUUUGAGAACAAUGUUGCGAGCUUGUUGAUAACAACAGUGGCCAUCAGUCAUGGCGGCAAGUAUUCGUGCCAAGCCGAGAAUGAGGCGGGGCAACAAAAAAGCGAAGCCACGUUGACCGUGCAAGAACCUGCAAGAAUCAUAGAACCUGCCGAGUCCAUUAGUGUGACCGCAGGAGAUUCAGCCACAUUGGAGUGCACGCUCUCUGGAAGCCCAGAGCUCAAAGUGAAGUGGUUUAAAGACGGGAAGGAGAUGAUCAGUGGCCGUAAAUAUAAGAUGACUCUGAAGGACAAAGUCGCCACCAUGAAGAUUCUUACGGCAGAAAAAGGCGACACUUCAGAGUACAAGAUGGAGGUGUCGAAUAAGGUCGGGAAAGACCAGUGCACAUGUUCCGUCACUGUCUUAGAUCGGAUAAUGCCUCCAACUUUCACCAAGACCCUGAAAAGAGUCGAUGGUAACGUUGGUAAUGACAUCUCCAUGGAGUGUAAGGUGUCCGGGUCCCAACCAAUGACCAUAUCUUGGUUCAAAGACGACCAGGAGGUCAUGUCUGGGUCCAAAUUCCAGCCUGAAUUCAAAGACAGCUCUGUGACACUGAGAAUAACUCAACUGGAGAAAUCUGAUUCUGGAGUUUACAAAUGCAGAGCCACCAACUCAGCCGGCUUUAAAGAAACCAGCGGCACGCUCUAUGUCAAAGAGCCCCCUGUGUUCACUUUGAAACCAGACAACCAGGAUGUUGUUCCAGGAACCACAGUUUCCUUCAAAGCAGCCUUCACUGGAACAGCUCCUCUGGUGGUGAAGUGGUUCACAGAGGAGAAAGAGCUUUUCACUGGAGGCACAUGUUUCAUAAAGAAAGAUGCUUCUUCAAGCUCAUUGGCGCUUCACUCAGUGAAACCCAGUGAUUCUGCUAAAUACACAUGUCAAGUAUCCAACGACGCCGGAAAGGUGGACUGCACCGCGGUGCUGUUUGUGAAAGAACCCCCCGUCUUUGUGCAGAAGCUUCAGACAACCAAGCUGGUUACCAGCGGGGACUCGUCCAGGCUGGAGUGUAAAGUGACGGGCAGCCCCGUGAUCACGUUCAAGUGGUUCAAAGAUGAAAUGGAGAUCAGCUCCAGUCAUAAAUACACAAUGACCAUGACUGACUUAGUGGCAUCUCUGGAAAUGGCUGCCUGCACAGUCGAGGAUAGUGGAGAUUAUGUGUGUGUAGCGUCCAGCGAGGCAGGAAGUGACCGUUGCAGCAGCACGGUCACAGUCAAAGAACCACCGUUGUUUGUUCGUACCUUGGAGCCCAAAGAUGUGGUGAAAGGUUCUGAAAUGAUACUGGAAAGCCAGGUCUCUGGUUCUGCCCCUUUCUCAGUGUCGUUUUAUAAGAAUACUAAGCCCAUUCGAAACGAUAAGAGACACAGGAUCACUGUGAAAGAUGACCUGGUGGCGUUGCAGGUCCUGGCAGUCGAGACAGGAGACGUUGGUUCGUACCAAUGUGUUGUUGAGAAUGAGGUGGGGAGGACAUCCUGUGAUUGUCAAGUUACGCUCAAAGAACCACCAUCAUUUGUGCAAAAGCUGGAGAACCUCAGUUUGUUGGUGGGGAACACGGUUUCUUUGAAGUGCACUCUGAAGGGCUCAGAGCCCAUGACUGUGUCCUGGCUUAAAGACAACCAUGAGCUCAAAGAGGCUGAAUAUAUUCAGAUUACAUAUGAGAACAACACCGCUCUGCUGCACAUCACCAGCUUACAGAGCAAACAUGGAGGCAAAUACACCUGCCAGGCACAGAACCAGGCCGGCAGCCAGACGUGCUCCGCUGUGUUGACUGUCAAAGAACCAGCUCAGGUCACAGAGGAGGUGAAGUCUAUCAGUGUGACUCAGGGGGAUCCAGCCACGCUCGAGGCCAGAUUCUCAGGCACAAAACCCCUGAAGGCCCGAUGGCUGAAAGCUGGAAAAGAGAUGACGUCAGGCCAGCGAUUUAAAGUUCAGAGCACGGACACCAGCUCUGUGCUCAAGAUUAUAAAAACCGAGAAAAGUGACAGUGGUGAAUACGCCUUCGAGGUUUCAAAUGACGUCGGCCAAAGUUCUUGCGAAGCCACGCUCACUGUUCUUGAUCAAAUAAUUCCACCGUCUUUCACAAGAAAACUGAAGCAGACAGAAGGAAUCAAAGGAUCAUUUGCUCAUCUGGAAUGUCUUGUGUCUGGCUCGCUGCCAAUAACCAUCCAGUGGUACAAAGACAAGAAUGAGAUCCAGACUGAUGACAAACAAAAAUGCACGUUCUUUGAGAAUGUUGCUUUUCUGGAAAUCUCUAAUCUUGAUGCUAAAGAUAGCGGCAGCUACACCUGCAUUGCCAAAAACAAAGCAGGAACGGUCCAGUGCUCUGGGAUCUUAUUUGUUAAAGAACCUCCGUGUAUUCUUGAAAAGCCUGAGUCCAUGAACGUGUUGCCGGGCUCAAAGGUCCAGUUUAACGUUCUGCUCUCUGGCACGCCGCCACUAACCAUCAAAUGGUUCAAAAACAAGAAGGAGAUUUUGUCCAGUGCCGGCUGCUCCGUGACCAAAGACAACACCUGCAGCUCAUUGGAGCUUUUCUUUGCUAAAACCGCCGAUUCUGGAGAAUAUGUGUGUGAGAUACAGAACGACGUCGGCUCCACUUCAUGUCAGACGACACUCUUUGUCAAAGAGCCUCCUACGUUUGUCCGGACUCCGGCCCGUGUGUCCGUGGUCCGUCUCGGUCAGAGUAAAGUCUUUGAGUGUCAUGUGGCCGGCACACCUGAGAUAGACAUCUGCUGGUUCAAGGAAGGUUCGGAGAUCAUCCCCAGUGAUCGGUUCAAGAUCACCUUCACUAACUCUGUGGCCGCUCUGGAAGUCUGUGGGCCUGAGAGCAAAGACAGUGGGAUUUACUACUGUGAGGCUCGUAAUGAGGCCGGCAGCGAGAGCUGCAGCAUGGAGCUCAAGGUCAAAGAACCGCCAUCAUUCGUUAGAGAGCUGACUCCAGUCGAAGUAGUGAAAGGCUCCAGUGCCUGUUUUGAGAGUCAGGUUUCUGGGACGGGUCCAUUUGAAAUCUCGUGGCACAAAGAUGCAAAGGAGAUCAAACCCAGCGCCAAACAUGGCUUCUCACAGAUGAACGGCACUGUGGGUCUAGAGGUGCACAAAUGUGAAGCUGUUGAUGUGGGUGAAUAUCACUGUACUGUUGCUAACGAGGUGGGCAGCUGUACCUGUAAGACAACGCUAAAGCUCAAAGAACCACCAACAUUUACCAGGAGGAUUGAGAACAGCGCCACUGUCUUGGGUAAAAUGGCAGAGUUUCAGUGUGUCGUGCAGGGUUCUCCGACUCUCUCUGUACAAUGGCAGAAAGAUGAGAGCUGGAUUUUGGAAGAUCCAAAGAUUGAGAGAACAUUUGAGAACAAUGUGGCCACUCUUAGGAUUCCUGCCUGUGAGGCCACUCACAGUGGGAGAUACACCUGUCAGGUGGUCAACGAGGCUGGGCAGGAUAGAUGCUUUGCUGCCCUCACAGUGCAAGAGCCUCCUCAGAUCACAGAGAAACCAGAGGUGAUAAAGGUCACAGCUGGAGAUCCAGUCAGUCUGGACUGUAAAGUAACAGGUUCCCCUGAGCUCAAAGUGAAAUGGAUGAAAGAUGGUAAAGAGCUUCAGUCCAUCAGGCAGCAUAAACUGAGCUUUGAGAACAACACGAGUAGCUUAAAGCUUCAGGCGGCUCACAAAGAGGACGAAGGAGAAUACUUCUUCCAGGUGUCGAACCACAUCAGUACCUGCUCCUGCAAAGUCCGAGUGAUCGUACUAGAGCAAGUAAUUCCUCCAAGCUUCAUCAAACCGCUGGUAGACAUGCAAGAGAUCCUGGGCUCCUUUGUUCAGAUAUGUUGCAAAAUCUCCGGCUCCCUCCCGAUCUGCGUAGAGUGGCAGAAAGACGGGGCCAAAAUCUCCAGUGGUGUAAAACACAAACUCAUUCAGCAGGACAACGCUGUGUCUAUCGAGAUCGAGCAGCUGGAGAGAUCCGACGCAGGAUCUUACUCUUGUAAACUGACCAAUCCAGCAGGAAGCUGUCAGAGCAGUGCCUCGCUCUUGGUCAAAGAACCUCCGAGCUUCACGACACUGCCCGAGUCCCAGGCAGCUCUACCCAACUCCACUGUACGCUUUAAAAGCUCUUUUAAAGGAACUCCUCCGUUCACUGUGAAAUGGUUCAAAGACGACUCGGAGCUCAUGACCGGGCCCACGUGUUUCACUGGGCUGGAGGCGACGUGUUGCUUCUUAGAGCUCUAUUCAGUGGGUGUCGCCCAGAGUGGAGUGUACUGCUGUCAAGUCAGUAACGACGCUGGCUCUAUACAGUGUAGUGCCGACCUGACAGUCAAAGAACCACCUGAGUUUGUGCUGAAGCUCCCUGCCACUAAGUUUGUGAAGCAGAGCGAUUCCCUCCGCCUGGAGUGUAAAGUCAGUGGCACAGCUCCUCUGAAAGUGACCUGGUACAAACACGACACCAAGGUCACAGACGGGGGCAACUUCAGGACAUCGUUUGUUGACUCAGUCGCAGUCCUGGAACUGCUGUCCGCCAGCUUUGAUGAUGAUGGAGUUUACACCUGUGAAGCUCAGAAUGAUGCUGGCAGUGUGAGCUGCAGCAGCACACUUACUGUUAAAGAUGCCCCAUCUUUUGUCAAAGUCCCUGAGCCUGUUGAAGGGCUGAAGGGUAAGGACGUGAGUCUGUACUGCGAGAUGAGUGGUACAGCUCCGUUCCAGAUCACCUGGUUCAAAGACAGGAAGCCUCUGAUGGAGAGCAGGAAAUAUAAGAUGGUGAGCGAGGGCAGCUCAGCCACGCUGCAUGUCAUUGGGAUAGACGCCUCAGAUGCCGGCCAAUAUGAGUGCAAAGUGUCAAACAGUGUAGGAAGUGACACCUGCCAGAUGUCAGUUAAACUCAGAGAGCCUCCGUCGUUCUUGAAGAAACUGUCAAACAUGACAGUGAUACUGGGAGAGGAGGUGACCCUUGUGGCCACUGUUAAAGGCUCUGAACCCAUUACUGUGUCCUGGGUUCAAGACAAGGAUCACAUUCUCAGGGACGGUGACAACAGGAAAAUCACCUUUGAGAACAACCAGGUCGCUCUUAAAGUGUUUAAGGCCGAUGCAACUACGGCAGGCAAAUACAGCUGCCAACUCAGAAAUGAUGCUGGGAGUGUGGAGUGUUUCGCUAACUUGACUGUUCUAGAACCGGCUAUGAUCGUGGAUAAGCCCGACUCUCUGAGUGUGACGGCAGGAGAUAUCGCCGCCCUCGAGGUCAAAGUGCGUGGAACCCCAGAGCUCGUCCCCAAGUGGUUCAAGGACGGCGUGGAGCUGGCCUCUGGGAGGAAAUACAAGAUCUCAUUCUCCCGGAUGAUUUCCAGCCUGAACGUUCUUUCUGCUGAGAAACUCGACUCUGGAGAAUAUACGUUUGAGGUCAUGAACGAGGUCGGGAAGGACCUGAGCAAAAUUAAUCUCACCGUCUUAGAUAAGAUCAUUCCUCCCACCUUCUCCAGGACGUUAAAGGACUGUAACACAGUUGUCGCAGAAGCUGGAGAGAUGGAGUGUAAAGUGUCAGGUUCUCCUCCUUUCACCAUCUCCUGGUUCCACGAUAGCAAGGAAAUUCAGAGUGGACCCAACCAUGAUAUUUCCUUCAGUGAGAACAGCUGCAUGCUCAGGGUUCCCUCGCUAAAGCUGUCCGACUCGGGAACGUAUAAAUGUAAAGCCGUCAACAAGGCGGGAUCCUGUGAAACCAGCGCGUUGCUUGUUGUCAAAGAACCUCCGUCCUUUGUGGUGGCACCUCAGCCGGUGGAGGCCAUGCCGGGCUCUAAUGUGACGAUCUCAGCGAUGGUUAAAGGCAGCGCGCCGCUCAAACUACAGUGGUUCAGAGGAGCCAAAGAGAUCCUGGCGGGACGAGGCUGUGAUUUCUCCUUGAAGGAUAACCAGGUGGUUCUGGAGCUUUUCAACGUGGACAGAUCUCACGCUGGCGAGUACACGUGUCAGAUCACCAACGACGCCGGGAAGGAAAGCUGUCCAGUUAAUCUCACGGUCAAAGAACCCGCCGCCUUCUCCAAGAAGCUGAAGGACGUGGCGGUGGAGAAGGGGAAACCGUUAACUCUGGAGUGCACGUACACCGGAACACCAAAGAUCACGGUGAGCUGGUACAAAGACGGACAGCAAAUCUUUGCUUCCUACAAACACAACAUCACCACGACGGAGAGCUCCUGCAUCCUGGAGUGUCUCAGUACCGACGACAAGGAGGCGGCAGGACGGUACAGCUGCCGAGUGUCCAACGAUGCCGGAGACGACACAUGUGAGGCGGCCGUCUCUAUUCUCGAGCCACCGUACUUUGUGGAGUCUCUGGAGCCCAUGGAGGUGACCGCCGGGGACGCCGUGUGUCUCAAGUGUCAGGUGGCGGGAACUCCCGAGAUCAAAGUGUCGUGGUUCAAGGCUGACGGUAAAGUGCGGUCCAGCCCCACCUGUAAGUUGGAGUACUCGAAGGGCGUCGCCCACCUGAAGCUCAGCAAAGCCACCAAGGCCGACAUCGGAGAAUACAGCUGCAAGGCGGAGAAUCGCAUCGGCUCCGCCUCCUCCACCUGCAGACUCAACGUUCAAGAGGCCAAAACGCCGCCGACCUUCCCCAAGAAGAUCACCAGCCUGCAGCAGACGGAGGGUCUGCCUGUCAGGUUCGAGUGCCGUGUCGCCGGCUCGUCACCCAUCGACGUGUCGUGGCUGAAAGACGGCGAGCCUCUGACGCACGGAAACGACUUCUCUAUGCUGUACGAUGACAACACGGCCGUGCUGCAGAUUGAGCACAGUGAGAUGAGGCACUCUGGCGAGUACACCUGCGUGGCCAACAACAGCGUGGGCUCGGCCUCCUGCAGAGCCAAGCUCACCCUGCAAGAACCCAGAUACCCUCCAGUCUUUGACAGGAUGUUGUCACCACAGGAAGUGACAGUGGGCGACAGCAUUGAGCUGGAGUGUCACUUGAAUGGCUCCGCCCCCAUUAAAGUCACAUGGUCCAAAGACCACAAAGACAUUCGCACUGGGGGGAAUUAUAAGAUGAGCUGCGUGGAUAACACGCCGCACCUGACCAUCGUGAAGGCAGAUAAAGCCGACACAGGGAGGUACUUCUGCCAUGCCGCUAAUGACGUGGGGAAGGACUCUUGUUCCUCCGACAUCACGGUCAAAGAGCGUAAGAACCCUCCAGUGUUCACCAAGAAGCCGUCAGGGCACAUCGAGGACAUGGAGGGAAAACUGGUGAAGAUGGAGGGCCGGGUUUCUGGCUCUCAGCCCAUGUCCAUCAGCUGGUUCAGAGACAGCACGGAGAUCCACAGCUCCGACAAAUAUGACAUCAGCUUUAAGAGUAAUGUGGCGGUGCUGUGCAUCAAGAGCAGCCAGGUGAGCGACAGCGGCAGCUACACCUGCCAGGCCUCCAAUGAGGCGGGAAGAGCCUCGUGUGACAUCACUGUCGGCAUCUCAGAGGCCAAGAAGCCUCCGGUCUUCGACGUCUCGCUCAAACCCGCGACGGUGGACGAGGGAGAGAAGCUGAGCCUCAGGUGUCACGUCUGCGGGUCACCUCCUCUGAUGAUCCAGUGGAUGAAGGACAGGAAGGACCUGACGUCGUCCGGCAGCACCAGGAUCAGCUUCUCCGACGGGACGGCCUGCCUGGAGAUCAGCCCCGCCUCCAGACACGACGCUGGCGAUUACCUCUGCAAGGCGUCCAACGACGCUGGCAGCGAGUUCUGCAAAGCUAAAGUGACGGUUAAAGAGAAACCAGGAGCAGCUCCGCCUCUGGCUCAAGCUCCAAGUGUUGCUUCGCCCAAAAAACUGGACAACCUGUUCUUCAUUGAGACACCGAAACCUGCACACGUCACUGAGAAGGGCACCGCCACCUUCAUCGCCAAGGUGGGCGGAGACCCAAUCCCCAGUGUGAAGUGGAUGAAGGGGAAGUGGAGGCAGGUAACGCACGGCGGCCGCAUCUCCAUCGAGCAGAAGGGCCAGGAGGCCAAACUGGAGAUCAGAGAGGUGACCAAGUCGGACUCGGGCCAGUACAGGUGUGUUGCCUCCAACAACCACGGAGAGAUCGAGUGCAACACCGACAUGCACGUGGACGAGAAGAAAGAGGCGUCGCUGCUCGAGGGGGACCUCCGAGCCAAACUGAAGAAGACGCCAUCGAAGCAGAAGAGUCCACAGGAGGAGAAGGACAUUGACAUCGUGGAGCUGUUGAGGAACGUGGACCCCAAAGAGUAUGAGAAGUAUGCCCGCAUGUACGGCAUCACAGACUACCGCGGCCUGCUGCAGGCCAUCGAGCAGCUGAAGAAGGAGAAAGCUGAAGAAAGUGGAAGACCGGAACUGGAACGUGGAGACAGAGAGUCAGACGAGGACAUGGCCCGACUGGUGGCCGACCUGCAGAAGAGGAUGGAGCGCACAGAGCCCGUCACUGUGGUGAAGGACAUCUCCGAUCAGUCCGUCUUCACCAACAAGGAGGCGGAGGCGGAGUUUGCGUGCGAGAUCAAGAUCAACUACCCAGAGAUCACCCUGUCCUGGUACAAGGGCACGCAGAAACUGGAUAGCGGUGACAAGUACGACAUCAGCAUCAGUGGCGACCGCCACCUGCUCAAGAUCAAGAAGUGCCAGUCGUCCGACCAGGGCAACUACCGGGUGGUCUGUGGGCCGCACAUCUCCAGCGCCAAGCUCACUGUCAUGGAAGUGGAGGUUGAGAAGCAUCUGCAGGACACAUCGGGUAAGGAAGGACAGUCGUGCACUCUGUCUUGUCAGUUGUCCGUCCCUAACGUAGAGGCUCACUGGUAUAAAAACGGCAAGCAGUUAGAGAUGAAGGGCAGGUUCACGUCUGAGGUGAAGCACAAGGUUCAGAAGCUUCUGAUCAGAGACCUGAAGCACGAAGACCAGGGUCGAUACACCUGCAGGUACCAGCACCUGGAGUCAUCAGCCGACCUCUGGGUGGAAGCCGAGCAAAUUCAUUUCACCAAACGCAUCCACAACGUGGAAGUCAACGAGCGCCAGUCGGCCACCUUUGAGUGCGAGGUGUCCUUUGACAACGCUAUCGUGUCAUGGUACAAAGACACCUGGGAACUGAAAGAGAGCACUAAGUACAACUUCACAAGCGAGGACAGAAGACAUUUCAUGGUCAUCCGAAACGUGACCAUUGAAGACGAAGGCGUGUACUCAGUGAUUGUGAGGUUGGAGCCCAGAGGAGAGGCUAAGAGCACAGCUGAGCUUUAUUUGUCUGGCAAAGAAAUUGAAUUAGCAAUGGUUCCCAUGGAUGUCCCAGACACCUCGAUUCAGAGGCCGGACGUGUCCUCGUCUGUGGCCAUUCAAGAAUCUGCUGAGUUCUAUCAGUAUGAAGAAAAGAUUGAACACAGAGAAUCGGCUGAAUAUUCGUAUCAAGAGAUGGAGGUGGAGCGAAGAGUCGAGUAUCAGAGCCGGACGGAGGAGACGGUUUCACAACAGGUGUCAACAACCAAAGCUGCCAGAGUCGCUAUUCAGGAAACGGUGGAGACUCAGAGAAUUGGAGUGAGAGAGGAAAUCCCAACUAAAGUUCUCAAAGCUGGAGAGAAACAGCCUGAAGAGAAGCCGACAGCAGCUCUGAAGUUCCAGCCUGAAGUCGAGGCCAAAAAGCCAGUGGAGGAAAAGGUUGCAGUGGUUUCAGUCCCAGAGAAGAAGCAGGUUCCUGCUCUCAAAGAACCAGAGGAGCUUCAGAAGCCUGUUGUUCCCUCACUGCCCACUGAAAAGCCUGGAGUGCCAAAGAAAGAUGAGUCCAAGCCUCAGGUUCUAGCAGAGCCCAAAAAGGUGGCCCCUGCGGCAAAGCCUGAACCCGAACCCAGACCCAAACCAAAAGCAGAACCUGAACCAAAGCCUAAACCCUCACCGGCUCCCAAAGCAGAACCUGAACCCAAACCUGCCAAGAUCCAGCCGGAGGCUGAAGCUAAACCGGCGGCGCUGAAGAAGCCGACAACACCACCGUCCAAAGUCCCUGAAGAACCUGGAAAACCAGAGCUGGCAAAGGUCAAGCCUGAGACCAAGCCAGAACCAGGAGUCCAGAAACCAAAACCAGAACCAGAAAAACCAAAACCAGGGGUCCGUAAGCCGGAGCCUCCUGUAACAAAACCCCAACCGGCCGUCGCCACGCCAGAACCUCCAGCACCAAAACCCGUCAUGGUUCCCAAACCUGAGCCGGCAGUUAAAAAACCUGAAGCAAUACCAGAACCACCCAAGACCAAACCAGAACCGACGGCCGCUCCAAAGGAACCGUUGAGGAAAGAACCUGAACCAGCAGCAAAGAAGAAGGAGGUGGUUCCUCCUCCAGCUCCUCCAGCUACAGUCCCACCGAAGGUGCAGAGAGGAGAAGAAGCACCACAGAAGAAGCCUGUGGCCGCUAAAGUUCCUGUGGAGGAAAAACGUCCUGAACCUCAAAAAGCAGCAAAGGAACCAGAAGCUGCCGUCGCUCCUCCCAAAGACCAAGAGACGAGGAAGGAGAAAGCUGUGAAGCCUAAACUGGUGCCUGAAAAAGUUCCUCACAAAGUCGAAGAGGUAGUUGAGUUGAAGACGGAACUUAAGACUGAUAAAAAACCUGAAACUGCUCCAGAGCGACCAGCUCCGCAGAAAACUGAGGUGAAGGAAAAAACCCUGGAGAGAGUUCCAGAGCGACCUGAGAGAAAAGUGGAGGAAACUCCAAAGACGGUUCCAGAAAAACGUACUGAGGCCAAAGUGUCAGAGAAGGCUGCUCCAGAGAGGAGGCCUGUGAAAGCUCCUCAGGAGGUGACGGAAGACGAGAGGAAGCCACCUGAGAGGAAGCCACCUGAGGGAAUUCCUGUGAAGGUGCAGGAAGUGAAAAUCGAGAAGGUGUCAAAGAAACAAACAGAGAGAAUCUCUGUGGAUAAAACACCUGAAGUCAAACCAGAGGUUGAAGAAACUCUUCGUAAAGAAAUGAAGACGAUUGAGAAGAUUCGAGUCACAGAGAAAAAAGUGUCUCCUGCUGAAAAAGAAACAGAAGCUGAAGCUGAGACUGUUCCCUCGACUGUUCGUCCUGUUACGUCCCCCGAAGAAGAGAUAGAAAGAAAAACGGCAGAAAAAGUUCCCGGGAAGCCGACGACGUCGCCACAAGUCAAAGAACCGCUGGUAAAAGCAGUUGCUCCUCAACCAGAGAGCAAACAGCGUCCUGCUGUCAAACAGCCGGAAGUCGCUGAGAAGAAGAAGUUGGAGAAGAGAAUUUCUCCACAAGAAGAAACUAAAGCAGCGAUUAAACCUCAAGCUGUGGUGAAAACUGAAGAACCGACCAAAAGAGAAAAACCCUCGGUGGUAGAGAAGAAGUCUCCUCCGACAGAUGAAACCAAAGGACCCGUCCAGGCACCAGGAGGAGUGAAGAAAGAAACGGUUCUGCUCAAAAAAGGUAAAAUUCAGUUGGAAGAGGAAACAACGUUUGAGAUUCCGACGCUAAAGAAAAGCACCAGAGUGGUGAAGGUAGUGGAGGAGGAACAGGAAGUGAUCAAACUGAAGAAGGUGCCGUCAGCUCCUCCUAAAGAGGCUGAAGUGGAGGAGAAACCUCAGAAGGUCACCAGGACCACCGUGUUUGAGGUGGAGGAGAUGGUUCAUGAAGAAGAGACUGUGGAGAUGUCAGUCUCCACCAGGAGACCUGCGGAGGAGAGGAAACCUCGAGACAAAGCUGAUGUUGUAAAAAAGCCUGAAGUCACUAAACCUAAAGAAGAACAAACAGAGGCUCAUAAAGAUGCAUGGAGUCGUCAGAGACCUGUCACAAAAGACCAGAAACCAGAAGAUACGAUUUCUCUAAAGAAAACUCCCAAGACACCAAAGGAAGAGGAAUCUGCUCCACCCCCUGCAGUCUUGAAGAAAGUGAAGAAACUGCCUUCAGAUGAAGUGGAACCAGAAAUAAUCAAACUAAAACCAUUUGAGAAACCUGUCAAAGCAGCAGAGGAGCCAGAGAAAGAUAAGAAGGAAAGACCACACAGGGACACUGAGCCUUUCCAGAAAGGUGAGAGGAUCUCCAGAGAGGUGGAACCCAAAGAACUUCCCAAAAAGCCUGAGAAAACCCCUCCAGAGGUGAAGGAGCCCCCAGCCAAGGUGUUGAUGCCUUUAGAUAAAAAGAAAACUCCAGAGAAAGAGCCAGAGGAAGUCAAAGCACCAACCAAGGUGAAGAAACUCCCAACACAAGAACAAGAGAUAGAGAGUGUCAAGCUGAAACCGUUUUCCAGACCUUCCAAAGAGGAGGCAGCGCCGGAGAAGAAACCAGCAGAGGAGAAAGAGAAGAAGCCACGUGAAGACCUGCAACCUCGUCGCAAAACUCCUGAUGAGAAGCUGAAAGAACGAGAGCCGGUGGGUAGAGCGAAGAAACCUGAGGUCCCAGAAACUCCAGAGAAGAAGCUGGAGAAGACAAAAGAGUUAGAUUCAGUUCCAGCGGAGAAGACGGCGUCUCCUGUACCAACAUCUGUUAAGAAACCUGAGAAGGUUCCUGAAGAACCAAAACCUCUGCAGCUGAAGAAGGGAGUCACACCCAAGGUGAAAGAGGAGAAGGAAGAAGUUGCUCUUAAACCUCUGGAGCAGCUCAAGAAGGUUGGGCUGAAGAAGACUCCGUCUCCUCAAGUUGAGAAGCUGAAAGAAGCAGCACCUGUUGAGAGGAAGCCGAGCAUCGACAGACUCAAAAAGGUUCCGAAGACGGUUUCUCCUGUAGAGUCGAUUGAAGCAGUCACUCUUAAAAAGGUCCCGAAGAAACCGUCACCAGAAGAGAAGUCUGCAGAACCAGCAAGACCUGAUAAAGGGAAGUUUCCCCUGGUGAAGGAGGUGUCUCCUGGAGCCGUGCAGAUGAAGAAGGUUGCCACGCAGCCGGAGGAGGAGGUGUUCGAAGAGGAGUUCGAAGCAGAGAAAGACACAGAGCAGGAGGAGGAGGAGGCCUGGGGCUGGGAGCUGGUUCCUCGGGACAGUUGCGGCUCUGAGGACUGGGAAGGUGACGGACAAGAAGGUGCUCUAGAGGUUCCUGGGAUGACCAGGAGAGAGGGUCAACCAGCAGAGGAAGCAGGAAGAGGUCGAGGCCGAGGUCUGAAACCCAAGCAGACCCCGUCUCCUGGAGAAGGGCGCGGCCGCGGUCUGAAGCCUGGUGGAAAAGGUCCAUCACCUCCAGAGGAUCCCUUCGGAGGGUUCAAGCUGAAAGCCGUCCCUCUGAAGUUCAUCAAGAAGCUUCAGGACAUUGUGCUAAAGGAAGCCGAGUCCAUCGGCUCCGCCGCUGUGUUUGAGUGUGAGGUCUCACCUUCCACUGCCAUCACCUCCUGGAUGAAAGAUGGCAGCAACCUGCGCGAGAGCCCCAAGCACAAGUUCACCUCUGACGGCAAAGAUCGCAAGUUGAACAUUAUUGAUGUUCAACUGUCCGACACUGGUGAAUACAGCUGUGUGGCCAAGAACGCAGGAAAGGAAAUAACGUGCACAGCCAAGCUCAUCGUAGAAGAGUUGCCUGUGAAAUGGAUCAAGGAGCUGGAGGAGGAGACUUCAGCUCUGAAGGGUCAGCCCAUCUACAUGACCUGCGAGCUGAACAAAGAGAGAGAUGUGGUGUGGAAGAAGAAUAACGAGGUCCUGAAGAAAAAGGCCAACAAGAUUCAGAUCAAUAUCAUUGGGAUGCAGCACGCCGUGACCAUCCAGAACAGCGCAGCGGAGGACACUGGUGUCUACUCCUGUGAAGUCGCCGGUCAGGAGGAAGUCAAGACCUCGACAAACGUCAAAAUCAUCGAAAUCAUCAAAGAUUGGAUCGUGAAGCCGCUGAGAGACCAGCACGUCAAACCGAAGGCGGCUGCUACGUUUAAAUGCGAGCUGUUCAAGGACACUCCCAACUGGAAGUGGCUCAAAGGAGAGAACGAGAUCGUCCCCUCGGACAAGGUCGAGGUCAAGCAGGACGGAAAAGAGCUGACGCUCACCAUCAAGAACUGUCAGCCUGAGGACGUGGCAGAAUACGCCAUGGAGGUGGAAGGACGCGUCUACACGGCCAAGCUCACACUCGGAGAGCGUGAAGCUGAGAUCCUGAAGCCGUUGGCGAGUGUCGAGGUGACGGAGAAGGCAGAUGCCGUGUUUGAGACGGAGAUCUCCGAGGAGGAUGUUCCAGGGGAGUGGAAGCUGAAAGGAGAAGUUCUCACCAGAUCCCCGACGUGCGACAUCUUCAUGGAAGGAAGAGUUCGUCGACUUACACUGAAGAGCUGUCAGCUGGAUCACGCUGGAGAAGUUUCGUACCAGGCUCUGAACGCCAUCACCAGCGCAAUGCUCAAUGUCAAAGAGAUUGAAAUGGACUUCGUGGUCCCGCUGAAGGACGUUUCAGUGCCUGAAAAGAAACAGGCAAAGUUCGAAUGCAGCAUCACGAAGGAUGUUUCUAAGGUCAUGUGGUACAGAGGGGGUGACAUCAUCACCCCUGACCAAAAGUAUGACAUCAUCGAUGAUGGGAAGAAGCACAUGUUGAUCAUUAACUGCUGUGAGUUUGACGAUGAGGACGAGUAUACGAUCGAGGUUCUGAGUAAAACUUCGACAGCCAGACUCACGGUGGAGGGUAUCAGGCUGAAAUUUAUCUCACCGAUAAAGGACCAAACUGUAAAGGAAGGAAAAACCGCUCGAUUUGAGCUGGAACUCUCUCACGAAAACAUUCCCGUCACCUGGUACAAGAACGACGUGAAGAUUCACCCGAGCAGGACAGUGGUCGCUCACGUGGACGGAAAGAAACACGUGUUAGAAAUAAGAGACGUCACUCUGGACGACACGUGUCAGAUCAAAGCUGAGGCGAAAGGAAUUCCCUCCAUGGCCAACCUGACGGUCAUAGAGGGCGACGCCUACUUCACAGUCAAACUGCAGGACUACACUGCGAUGGAGAAAGAUGAGGUGGUGCUCAACUGUGAGCUCAGCAAAGACGUCAACGUGGUGUGGUACCACGACGAGGCGGAGGUCAAGGCCUCUAAGAUGGUGGCUGUUAAGGCCGAAGACAAACGUAGAACACUUGUGAUCAAGAGAGUUGGGGACAAGGACAAAGGACAGUAUUUAUGUGACUGUGGGACAGACAAGACAACGGCAACACUGCACAUCGAAGCUCGCUCCAUCAAAGUGGUUCGACCAAUGUAUGGAGUUGAAGUGUUUGACGGAGAAACCGCUCGAUUUGAGGUGGAGCUGAGCGAGGAUGACGUCCACGGUCAGUGGAAGCUGAACGGAGAAGUCCUCAGUCCUUCGGCCGACGUUGAGAUUGUGGAGGACGGAGCCAAACACACUCUGGUGCUGUACAACUGCAAAGUGCCUCUGACGGGCGAGCUGUCGUUCACAGCCGCCAACGCCAAGUGUUCUGCUAACCUGAAAGUGAAGGAACUCCCCGUCUCGUUCAUUACGCCGCUCGCCGACCUGCAUGUUUAUGAAAAGGACGAGGCAAAGUUUGAACUGGAAAUUUCCAGAGAACCUAAAAGCUUCCGUUGGCUGAAGGGAAGUCAGGAGUUGUCAAACGACGACAAGUUUGAGCUGGUGUUGGAGGGAAAGACACACGCUCUUAUUGUGAAAUCUGCCAAGUACGAGGACGAAGGCAAAUACAUGUUUGAGGCCGAAGAUAAGAGAACGUCUGGGAAGUUGUUUAUUAAAGGUAUUCGCCUUGAAUUUAUCAAGCCAAUAAAAGAUGUGACUGUGAAGGAGCGAGAAACCGCAGAGUUCAGAGUCGAACUCUCUCAUGAAAAGAUCCCUGUAGUUUGGUUCAAAAACGACGUGCGGCUGCACCCGAGCAAAGUGGUGCACAUGUGUGAGGACGGGCCAGUGCACACGCUGGCCUUCAGGGAGGUCACCGUGGACGACACGUCCAUGAUCAAAGUGGAGGCCAUGGGCAAGACGUCGGAGGCCAUGCUCACUGUGCUCGAGGGCGACUUGUACUUCACAGCCAAGCUCCAGAACUACACCGCCGUCGAGAAGGACGAGGUGGUUUUGUCCUGCGAGCUGAGCAAAGCCGGCGGCGAGGUCAGAUGGUUCAAAGACGGAACCGAAAUCUGUCCCUCCAAGAACGUGCUCAUCCAAUCAGAUGGCAAGAAGUGCAUACUGGUCCUCAAGAAGGCGCUAAAGAGCAACAUGGGAACGUACACCUGCGACUGUGGUACGGACAAAACCACGGCUGACCUGAACAUCGAAGAGCGCGACAUCAAGGUGGUCCGCCCGCUGUACAGUGUCGAGGUUACAGAGACGGAGACAGCCAAGUUUGAGACCGAGAUUUCUGAGGAGGACCUUCACGCCACCUGGAAACUCAAGGAAGAGACACUCCACCCGUCGGCCGACGUGGAAAUCAAAGAGGAGGGAACGAGACACAUCUUGAUCCUCUUCAACUGCAGGAAGGAUAUGGCGGGAAGCCUCGACUUCUCGGCAGCAAACGCCAAAUCCUCAGCUCAGCUCCGGGUCAAAGCCCGAGUGAUUGGCCUGGCGAAGCCUCUGAAUGACGUCACCGUGACCGCAGGAGAGACCGCCACCUUCGAGUGCGAGCUGUCCUACGAAGACAUCGCUGUCGAGUGGCUGCUGGGGGGAACCAAGCUGGAACCAAGCGACAGAGUGGUGCUGAAGGCCGAGGGUAAAGUCCACAGUCUGACUCUGCGAGACGUUCAGCUGAAUGAAGCCGGACAAGUCCAACUCACUGCCAAAGACUUCCAGACGGAGGCGUCGCUCACCGUCAGAGAGCCGGCAGUGGAGUUUACGAAGCCUCUGGAGGACCAGACGGUGGAGGAGGAAGCCACCGCUACACUGGAGUGUGAAGUUUCCAGAGAGCAGGCAGAGGUUCGAUGGUUCCGAGAUGGACAAGACAUCAGGAAGACCAAGAAGUACGAGAUGAUCAUCGAUGGCCACAAGAGGGCGCUGCUCAUCCACGACUGCACUCUGGACGACUCCAGGACGUACACCUGUGACGCAAAAGACUUCAAAACCUCCUGUUUCCUCAACGUUGAACCUCCUCAUGUCGAGUUCUCAAAGCCGCUCCAUGACGUCGAGGUCAAAGAGAAGGAAUCUGCCAGGUUUGAGUGUGAAGUGUCCAGAGAGGACGUCAAAAUCCGCUGGUUAAAGGAAGGAAGUGAAAUCAGAAAGGGGAAGAAGUAUGAAAUUAUCGCUCAAGGUCGCCAACACAUCCUCAUCGUCCACAAGUCUGCGUUUGAUGAUGAAGCUGAAUACGAAUGUGACGCCAAGACGUCCAAGUCCUCCGGCAUGCUCACUGUCGUUGAGGAGGAGACGAGAUUCACCAAGAAUCUGUCUAACGUUGAGGGAACGGAGACGGACAGCGUGAAGCUGAUCUGCGAGGUCUCCAAACCCAGCGCUGACGUCACCUGGUACAAAGGAGACGAGGAGCUGCCGGAGGGCGGCCGCCACGAGAACAUCGUGGACGGUAAGAGGAGGAUCCUCCUCAUCCAGGACCUGAAGAUGGCCGACGGCGGCGAGUACAACUGUAGACUGAGUACCAGCGUCAAGACUUCCGGAAACCUCAAGAUUAAUGAACUGGCAGCUGAGUUCAUCUCCAGGCCUCAAGGCCAGGAGGUGGUGGAGGGCGAGAAGGCGGAGUUCACCUGCUCCGUCUCCAAGGAAACCUACGAGGUCAAAUGGCUGAAAGACGACAAGGAGCUGGAGGCAGGAGACAAAUACCAGAUGGUCAGCGACGGCAAGCGGCGAACGCUGGUCAUCAAGAGCAGCGAGCUGAAAGACGAGGGUGGAUACGUGGUGAUGAUCGGAGCGACCAGAGCCGGCGCAGACCUCGCGGUUCUCGAGAAACUGAAGAUCAUCACGCCGCUGAAGGACACGGAGGCUAAAGAAGGUCAGGAGGUCGUCCUGAACUGCGAAGUGAACACGGAGGGAGCAAAGGCCAAGUGGCUGAAGAACGAGGAGACAUUGUUUGAGAGCAGCAAGUAUGUGAUGGUCCAGAGAGACAACGUCUUCUCUCUGAGGAUCAGAGACGCUCAGAAGGGAGAUGAAGCCAACUACAGCAUCAACCUGACCAAUCAGAGAGGAGAACAGGCCAAGAGCUCAGGCAACCUCACCGUCAAAGAGGAGAGUCUGAGGAUCAUGGUUCCUCUGGAGGACAUCGACACUCAGGAGAAGAAGACCGUUAGCUUCUCCUGUAAGGUCAACAGGCCCAACGCCACGCUGAAGUGGAUGAAGGGCGGGGAGGAGAUCGCCUUCAGCAAACGAGUCGUUUACAGAGUGGACCAAGACAAGCACACGCUCACCAUCAAAGACUGCACGCUGGCUGACGAGGGCGAGUACACCGCCGUGGCCGGAGACAACAAGUCCACAGCGGAGCUGAUCAUCAGCGAGGCGCCGACAGACUUCAGCAUGCAGCUGAAGGACCAGACCAUCACCGAGUUCGAGGACGCAGAGUUCUCAUGUAAACUGACCAAAGAGAAAGCAGAAGUCAAGUGGUACAGGAAUGGACGUGAGAUCAGAGAAGGACCCAGAUACAAGUUUGAAAAAGACGGAAAGAUUUGCACGUUACGUAUCAAAGAGUGCAGACCUGAUGAUGAGUGUGAAUACGCCUGUGGUGUGGAUGAGAAGAGGUCCAGAGCCAGACUCUUUGUUGAAGAGACGCCGGUGGAGAUCGUCAGACCGCCACAGGACGCGUUCGAACCCCCCGGCUCGGACAUCGUGUUCGAGGUGGAGCUGAACAAGGACAGAGUGGAGGUGAAGUGGUUGAGGAACAACAUGACGGUCGUCCAGGGAGACAAGUACCAGAUGAUGAGUGAGGGUAAAGUCCACAGACUGCAGGUGUGUGAGAUCAGACCUCGAGACCAGGGCGAGUACAGAAUCAUCGUCAAGGACAAAGACGCCAAGGCCAAGCUGGAGCUGGCAGCUGUGCCUCAGAUAAAGACCACGGACCAGAGCUACGUCACAGACGCCGGGAAGCCCAUCGUCAUGGCCGUCCCUUACAGCGCCUACCCGCAGGCCCAGGCCGACUGGCUGUACGACAACCAGAGUCCGCCCAAAGACGACAUCCACACCUCCACUGACCGCACAGAGUAUCGGCUGAAGGACCCCAAGAAGUCUGACGAGGGCCGAUACAAGAUCACGAUCAAGAACAAACACGGAGAGGGAGAAGCCUUCAUCAACCUCGACGUCAUUGACGUCCCCGGACCUGUGAAGAACCUGCAGGUGGUCGAUACCGCAGAUGGUGAGGUCAGCCUGGCAUGGGAGGAGCCUGAGAGUGACGGGGGCAGCAAGGUCAUUGGCUACGUGGUGGAGAGACGCGACGUGAAGCGAAAGACCUGGACGCUGGCCACAGAGCAGGCCGACAGUCCUGAGUACACGGUGACCGGCCUCCACAGAGACUCCAUGUACCUGUUCAGAGUCUGCGCCCGAAACCGGGUUGGCAGCGGACCCAUCGUAGAGACCGACAAACCCGUACAGGCCAAGAACAAGUUCGAGGUUCCUGAAGCUCCUUUGAACGUGAUCGUAGGAAAUGUCUCAAAGUUCGGCUGCACCGUCUCCUGGGAGACUCCCGGGUCGGACGGCGGCUCUCCCAUCACCUCGUACAUCAUCGAGCUACGUGACCGCACGUCGGUGAAGUGGUCGCCCGUGCAGGUGACCAAGGCCGACGAGCUCAGCGCCAUCAUCAACGAUGUCAUAGAGAACAAAGAGUACAUCUUCAGAGUCAAAGCCGAGAACAAAGCCGGCGUCGGCAAACCCAGCGACGCCUCGCGGCCCGUCAAGAUCAUGGAUCCCAUUGAGCGUCCCAGUCCUCCUCUGAACCUUUCCUGGCAAGACCAGAACAAGAGCUCGGUGCAGCUCGCCUGGGAGACUCCUCUGAGGAACGGAGGUAGCAUGAUCACCGGUUACAUCAUCGAACGCUGUGUGGACGGCACCGACAAGUGGCUGCGCUGCAACGCCCGCCUCUGCCCCGACCUCUUCUACAAGGUGUCUGGUCUGAAAUAUGGAACCAAGUACAACUACAGAGUGUUUGCUGAAAACGCGGCCGGCGUCUCUGACCCAUCAAAAGUAAACGGACCCCUGCUGGCUGACGACCCACAUGUCGGUCCGACCUUUGACCUGAGUGCUUUCAAAAAUGGCCUGGAGGUCAUCGUCCCUCAGCCUCUCAGCAUCAGAGUCCCCAUCUCCGGAUACCCGACCCCCGUCGCCAAGUGGACCUUCGGAGAGAAGGAGCUGACCACUGCCGAUGAGCGAAUCAGCCUGAUGACCAAGUCCACAUUCACAGAACUGAUCGUCACACCAAGCGUCCGCCCGGACAAAGGCAUCUACGUCCUGCAGCUGGAGAACGACGUCACGUCUGUCUCUGGAGAGAUCGAAGUCAACGUCAUCGCUGCACCCAGCGCUCCGAAGGACUUCAAGGUUCUGGAGGUGACACGGCAGCAUGUCCACCUGAGCUGGGAGGCGCCCGAGCACGACGGAGGAAGUCCUCUGACAGGCUACCAGGUGGAGAAACGAGACGUGUCCCGCAAGACCUGGGUCAAGGUGGCCACAGGAGUCCAGGAUCAGGAGUUUACUGUCACCGACGUGGUUGAAGGGAAGGAGUAUCUGUUCAGAGUAACCGCCUGCAACAAGUGUGGACCAGGAGAGCCGGCGUACAUCGACGAGCCCGUCAGCGUCUCCUCUCCUGCCACUGUGCCCGAUCCUCCAGAGAACUUGAAGUGGAGGGACAAGUCCGCCAGCGGCAUCUUCCUGACCUGGGAGCCACCAAAGUACGACGGUGGCAGUGGCAUCCGAGGCUACAACGUCGAUCGCUGCCAGAGAGGAACUGAUAAGUGGGAGCCCUGCGGGGACAUGGUGCCUGAGCUGAAGUGCCAGGUUACCGGUCUGAUCGAGGGCCAGUGGUACUCCUACAGAGUCCGAGCUCUGAAUGGACUCGGAGCAGGCCGACCCUGCAAGGCCACAGACGAGAUCCAGGCCGUUGAUCCCAAAGAACCUCCAGAGAUCCAUCUGGACGCCAAGCUGUUGGCCGGUCUGACCGCCAAAGCCGGCAGCAAGAUUGAACUCCCCGCUGAGGUGACGGGUAAGCCCGAGCCCCGGGUGAAGUGGACCAAGGCCGACCUGGUCCUCAAAGCAGAGGACAGAGUUUCCAUUGACACCAAGACGGGACACUCAACUGUCACUAUCGCCAAGACCAAGAGAGACGAUAGCUCAACCUACAUCAUUGAAGCCACCAACAGCAGCGGCCGCGCCACAGCCACCGUCGACGUCAACAUCCUCGAUAAGCCUGGUCCUCCAGCUGCCUUCGACAUCUCUGAGAUCACCAACGAAUCCUGCUUCCUGGCCUGGAACCCUCCGCGCGAUGACGGCGGCUCCAGAGUCACCAACUACAUUGUCGAGCGCCGAGCUGUCGACAGCGAGAUCUGGCACCGUCUGUCCUCCACCAUCAAACAGACCACCUACAAAGCCGUGGGUCUGGUCAAGUUCAAGGAGUACAUCUUCAGAGUCUACGCAGAGAACCAGUUUGGUGUUGGUCCAGCGGCUGAACAUCCGUCCAUCAUCGCCAGAUAUCCCUUCGACACUCCCGGAGCUCCUUACAAGCUGGAGCCUUCGGACAUCGCCAAGGACUCUCUGACUCUGACCUGGUACGAGCCUGACGAGGACGGAGGAAGCCCCAUUACAGGAUACUGGGUGGAGAGACACGAACCCGACCACGACAAGUGGAUCAGAUGCAACAAGCUGCCGAUCAAGGACACCAACUACAGGGUCAAAGGUCUUCCCACCAGGAAGAAAUACAAGUUUAGAGUCCUGGCUGAGAAUUUGGCUGGAACUGGAAAACCCAGCAAAGAGACAGACAUGAUCCUCGUCAAAGAUCCAAUUGAUCCUCCAUGGCCUCCUGGUAAACCCACGGUGAAGGACGUGGCUAAGACUUCCUGUUUCGUGAUGUGGACCAAACCAGAGCACGACGGUGGAGCAAAGAUCGAUGGCUACAUCAUUGAGAUGCUGAAGAGUGGCAACAUGGACUGGAUCCGCGUGGCAGAGGACAUCAGUAUAAUGGAACACUCCCUAAGAGGCCUGAUGGAGAAGCAGGAGUACUCGUUCAGGAUGCGAGCUGUUAACGUGGCCGGAGAGAGCGAACCCAGCGAGCCCAGCGACCCAGUGCUCUGCAAAGAGAGACUCAGUCCUCCUUCUGCUCCUCGCUGGUUGAACGUUAUGAGCAUCAGCAGGAACAGCGCCGAGAUGAAGUGGACGGCCCCCGAGCGUGACGGCGGCUCGCCCAUCACCAACUACGUGGUGGAGAAGCGUGACGUCAGACGUAAAGGCUGGCAGGCCGUGGACACCACAGUCAAGGAGCUGACGUACAGCGUGACUCCUCUCAACGAGGGCUCACUGUACGUGUUCCGCAUCGCCGCCGAGAACAAGGUGGGCGUCGGACCGUUCUGUGAGCUGGAGGACUCUGUGCUCGCCAAAGACACUUUCGCCACUCCUGGGCCUCCGUACGCCCUCGCCGUCACCGCUGUGACCAAAAGAUAUGUGGACCUUCAGUGGGAGGAGCCUAAAAACGAUGGUGGCCGACCCAUCCUCAGGUAUUCAGUUGAGAAGAAGGAGAAGCUUGGCACUCGCUGGGUUAAAUGUGGGAAGACUUCAGGUCCGGACUGUAAGUACAGAGUGACCGACGUCAUCGAGGGAACAGAGGUUCAGUUCCAGGUCUGCGCCGAGAACGAGGCCGGCGUCGGACAUCCGAGUGAACCCACCGAGAUCCUCACAAUCGAAGAUCCCACCGGUGUCCCAUCUCCACCCAUCGAGCUACACAUCACCGGCGCCAGCCGGGACUUCCUGUCCAUCGGCUGGAAACCUCCGCAGAGGAACGGUGGCUGCCCCAUCUCUGGAUACCACAUCGAGAUGUGCGAGGCCGGAACAGAGAAGUGGAUGAGGGUCAACUCUCGUCCAGUGAAGGAGCUGAAGUACCGUGUGGAAGAGGGUGUGAUCCCUGAGAAGGAGUACAUCCUGAGAGUGAGGGCCAUCAACUCUGUCGGAGUGAGCGAGCCCUCCGACAUCUCCGAGAACGUCUUCGCCAAAGACUCCGACUGUAAUCCGACACUGGACUUCCAGACUCUGGACCUGGUUGUCGUGGAAAACGAGAAGAUGCACAUCCCAGUUCCCUUCAGAUCCGUCCCCUCACCCAGAAUCACCUGGCACAAAGACGGGAAGGAGCUGAAGGCCGACGAACGUCUCGGCUUCAGGAAGGAGUACACUUCCUGUCACCUGGAGGUCGAGAGCAGCCUUCACGCUGACGCCGGCGUGUACAAAGUCACUCUGGAGAACAAACUUGGAGCCGCCAGCGCCACCAUCAACGUCAAAGUCAUCGGUCUUCCUGGUCCCUGUAAGGAGAUCACAGCCUCUGAGAUCACAAAGAGCUCCUGCAAAGUGUCCUGGGAUCCUCCAGACUACGACGGCGGCAGCCCGAUUCUUCACUACGUCAUGCAGCGGCGUGAGGCUGGCAGGAGGACUUACGUCAACAUGAUGUCCGGAGAGAACAAGCUGAGCUGGAACGUCAAAGACCUGAUCCCUAACGGAGAGUACUACUUCAGAGUCCAGGCCGUCAACAAGAUCGGAGGAGGAGAGUUCAUCGAGCUCCGCAACCCAGUCAUCGCAGAGGACCAGAAACAUGCUCCCGACCCACCGGUGGACGUGGAGACCCACAACCCCACAUCCAGCACCAUCACUCUGACCUGGAAGCCUCCCAUGUAUGAUGGCGGCGCGAAAAUCAUGGGCUACAUACUGGAGAGGCAACAAAAGGGCCAGGACAAGUGGGAGAGGUGCAACGACUUCCUGGUGCCCGUCGUGUCCUACACCGUCAGAGGACUGACGGAGGGAAAGAAUUACGCCUUCAGAGUCAGAGCCGAAAACGCAGCCGGGGUCAGCGAGCCGUCACGCGGCACGCUAUUCGUGAAGGUCUCGGACACUGUUGGUGCUCCGAAGGUUUUCCUGAGCGGCAGCCUGCAGUCAGGUCUCAACGUGAAACGAGGCUGCGAGAUCUGCUUAGACGCCAACAUCUCCGGCUCGCCGUACCCUGAGAUCACCUGGUACUGGAACAACCAGGUGAUCCGGCCCGAGCCGCUCCGCAAGAGGCCCGAAAAGCCCCUGAAGAAGAAGGUGGAGAAGAAGGUGGAGAAGAAGGUGGAGACGAAGGAGGAGAAGAAAGAGGAGGAGAAGAAAGAGGAGGAGAAGAAGGAGGGAGAGGUGAAGGAAGGAGAAGAGAAGAAAGAAGAAGAGGAGAAAAAGAAGGAGGAGGAGGCAGCAGAGCCGGAAGUGGAGGAGUCUGACUACCCAACAAUAUACGAGCGUCUGGCCAUCGACAAUCACCGCAGAGGUGCUUCCUCCAUCGUCAUCAGGGACUCGAUCCGCGCCGACCACGGCGUCUACAUGGUGAAGCUGGAGAACGACCACGGCACUGCCUCGGCAACCUGCGAGGUCAACGUGCUCGAUACUCCAGGUCCUCCUGUCAACUUCAGAUUCGAGGAGGUGAGGAAGAACUCUGUGGUCUGCAAGUGGGAUCCUCCUCUGGAUGAUGGCGGCAGCGAGAUCCUCAACUACACCCUGGAGAAGAAGGACAACUCGAAGCUGGAGUUUGGCUGGAGCAGUGUCACCACCACACUGAGAGGAUGCAGAUACCUGGUGCCCAAACUCAUUGAGAAGAAGGAGUACAUAUUCAGGGCCGUGGCCGAGAACAAGUUCGGUCCUGGACCCGCCUGCGUCUCCAAACCACUCAUCGCCAAGAAUCCUUUCGAUCCUCCCGAGGCUCCUGAGAAGCCAGAGAUCGAUGACAUCACAGCCCACAGCAUGCUCGUCACCUGGAACGCGCCGAACGACCACGGCAGCCCCAUCGUGGGAUACUGGGUGGAGCGUCGCGAGAUCAACAGCUCACACUGGACACGUGUUAACAGGAACAUCGUCCCCGACACUGAGCUGAACGUUGAAGGUCUGUUCGAGGGCCUGACUUACAUCUUCAGGGUGGCAGCUGAAAACCAAGCCGGCCCAGGAAAGUUCAGCGUCCCGUCCGAACCCAAAACAGCCCAAGCUCCGAUCUUACCUCCUGGACCACCUGUCGCCCGAGUGGCGGACACCACUGACCACUCCAUCAACGUGGAGUGGGACCCACCUGCAGACAACGGUGGAGGAGAGAUCCUGGGGUACCACGUGGACAAGGCCAUGGCCGGUACCAAGGACUGGUCCAGGUCCACAGAGCGUCCCUGGAAGAACCGGGCAUUCACUGUCUACGGAGUCCGUGAGGGAGCCAAGUACAUGGUCAGAGUCAUCGCCUGCAACGCAGCCGGAGAGGGAGCGCCAGGAUUCACAGAGUCUGUGUUCGUCAGGAAUCCUGCAGAGUUGCCAGUGAUUGAACUGGACCUGUCCGUCAAGAAUGGCUUGGUCAUCAGAGCCGGAGAGAUCCUUCGUGUUCCCGCUACAGUGACAGGUAAACCCUACCCCUCCCUCACCUGGACCAAGGAUGAUGGUAAACCCGACAAAGACCGUGUGGAGAUUCUGACUGAAGGCAACGACAGCGUUGUUUCAAUCAACAACGUCCAGAGGAAGGACUGCGGCAAAUACAUGAUCUCUGCUAUGAACCCUAGUGGAAAAAAGGCUGCUUGGACCAGAGUGGAGGUUGUGGACGUCCCCGGACCGGUCACGGACCUGAAGCCUGUUGUCGUCACUCGUAAGAUGAUCUUCCUGAACUGGGAUGACCCUGUGGAUGACGGAGGCAGCGACCUGUUGGGCUUCAUCGUUGAGCGAAAACACGGCAAGAUGCACACGUGGAGGCAGCCCUUUGAAACCAUCUCCUCCAAGUGCGAGUGUGCUGGCAUCGUGGAGGGACAGGUGUACACGUUCCGCGUUAUUGCCAAAAACAAGUAUGGACUGGGGCCGCCCGUCGAGCUGGAACCCAUCACAGCCGUGGACCCGCAGGGUCCACCAUCGUACCCCGAGAAGUUCCAUUACACUGAGCGCACCAAGAACUCCAUUUCGUUUGCCUGGAAGCCGCCGCGUAAUGACGGGGGCAGCCCGCUCAUCGGGUACUUCGUAGAGAAGAAGAGGCAGGACCAGCAGGCCUUCGAGCCAUGCAACACAGAGAUCUGCCCCAACAUGACCAUGACUGUGGAGGGGCUGGAAGACGCCUGGAUGUACGAGUUCAGGAUCAAGUGUGCUAACCUAAUCGGAGAAAGCGAGCCGUCUAUCCCGCUCCUUGUGGUCAUCCAAGAUGAUGAAGUGUCUCCUGAGGUCCACAUGCUGAAGCACUUCAAGGGUGACUGCAUUACUGUGAAAAAGGGCGAACCCAUUGAGCUCCCCGCCGACAUCCUGGGACUCCCCAUCCCUAAGAUCGAGUGGUCCAAAGAUGACGUGGUCAUCGUGAAGCCGACCGAGACUUUGCUAAUGGAAACAGAGGUGACGGGCAGGAUGAACGCCAAGACGACGCUGUCCAUCCCAGCAGCCAACAGGAGGGACCACGGCAGCUACACUGUCUCUGCCUCCAACAACAUGGGCUCAGCCAAACGCACCACCUUCAUCAUGGUGCUGGACCGACCACUCCCACCCAGGAACGUGACGGUGUCUAACAUCAAGGCGGAGUCCUGCUACCUCCACUGGGACGCACCUCUGGAGGACGGCGGCAGCGAACUGACCAACUACAUUGUUGAAAAGAAAGAAGUGAUGACGGAGGAGCCGGAGCUGGAAGAGGGACAGGAAGCUCCAGCUGAGCCAGAGUGGGUGGAGGUUACCAACUGCAUCCUUGAGAAGAAAUUCAGGGUGUGGAACCUGGAGACCAACAAGACGUACUUGUUCCGGGUCCGAGCUGAGAACCGCUAUGGUAAAUCUGACCCCUGUGCGACAGAGCAGGUCCAGAUCACCGACCCCUUCGGCCUCCCUGGCCCUCCAGAGAAGCCGACCAUCACGGAAUACAGCAAGACCUCCAUGACCCUGACCUGGGAGCCUCCCAGGGACAAUGGCGGCUCCAUGAUUAUUGGCUACUGGCCGGAGAAGAGAGAGAAAGGCACCAGCUACUGGGCCAAAGCCAACAAGGGGCCGGUCACCAAGAGGGGCACGAAAGGCUGGGAGUACCAGGUGACUCGUCUGUUUGAAGGAACUGAGUACGAGUUCCGAGUUGCUGCCUUCAACUCUGCAGGAACUGGACCGUUCAGUGGACCGUCCGACUCUGCCUUCGCCAUCAACCCGAUCUCUCCUCCCAGCAUGCCCGCUGCUCCUGAGGUGGCUGAUAAGACGACGCACAACGUCACUCUGACCUGGAAACCACCGGCGAGCGACGGGGGAAGUCCCAUCAAAGGUUACAUCAUCCAGAUCCAGAAUGAAGGUUCCUCCGUGUGGAUGACGGUGAACGACCCUGACACCACUCACCCCACCACUGAGUACACAGUGCCCAGCCUCCGUGAGAUGAAAGGCUAUCGCUUCAGGAUCAUCGCUGUCAAUGACAUCGGCGAGUCCGACCCCAGCCCCCGCACCGACGAGGUUCUGGUCGAGGAUAUCAAGCUCGGACCGUCCAUCUCCAUUGACGUGCUUGUCGACGACCUGCUCUACAUCCGUGCCGGUGAUCCUAUCAAGAUCCCCGCCACCAUUAAGGGCCGCCCAGAUCCCAAGGUCACCUGGGACUUCGAUGGCAAAGCCAAGUCCCACAAGAAAAACAAACUGCACACGCUGCCCGUCGACUCCGAGGUCGAGUCCACUGACACCACGUCUGUCGUGAUCAUCCCCGUGAGUCUGAGGAGCCACUCCGGACGUUACACCAUCACUGCAAAGAACAAGUCCGGACAGAAACACGUGAACGUCAGAGUCAAUGUCCUUGACGUCCCCGGGGCUCCAAAGGAGCUGAGGGUCACCGACAUAACCCGGGCUACCAUGAGGCUGAUCUGGAAACUGCCCGAUAACGACGGAGGAGAGAGAAUUAAGAGCUACUUCGUCGAGAAGAGAAGCGUCACUGACAAGGCCUGGACCAAGGUGAACGCAGCCUGUGCCAGUCAGGCGUACGUGGUGCCAGGUCUUCUGGAGGGUCAGGACUACCUGUUCAGGGUCCGAGCUGAGAAUAGACUCGGAUUUGGUCCGUUCACCAUCACCACGGAACCUGCUCGGGCCAGAGAUCCCAUCUACCCCCCCGACCCCCCCACCAAGCUGAAGGUUAACCUGGUGACAAAGUCGGCCAUGACUCUGAGCUGGGAGGCGCCAAAAAACAACGGCGGCUCCCCGGUGAAGCAUUACAUCAUUGAGCGUCUGAGCUGGGACACCAGCGGCAAAGAGAAGGAGACGUGGAAACAGUGCAACAAGAGAGAUGUUGAGGAGCUCGUCUUCGUGGUGGAGGACCUGAAGGAGGGAGGAGAAUACGAGUUCAGGGUGAAAGCUGUGAACGCUGCCGGACCCAGCCGACCCUCCGCCACCAUCGGACCCAUGUUCAUCAAGGAUCAAACACGUGCUCCCACCAUCGAGCUACGUGAGGCCAUGGAGGGCGAGGAGGGCUGUGAUGUCAGCGUGGUGGCGAAGGUGAGCGGCUGUCCGUUCCCCACACUCACCUGGCAAAUGGCCAGCCUGGCCAAACCUGACGAGAAGGCUGCCGUCCAGUACGGCCAGCACAUCAGCAAACUGGUGACGCAGGACAAAUGCACGCUGCUGAUCCAGCAGGCCAGCAGGCACGACAGCGCCCUCUACAGCCUGACGGCCAGAAAUAGCCUGGGCACUGUCACCAAGGACAUCAAGCUCUCAGUGCUGGGACCUCCUGGCCAGCCCGUCGCACCAAUCACAUUGACCGAGGUGUUUGCAGACCGGAUCGGUCUGGCCUGGAACCCUCCCACAGACGACGGUGGAUCCAAGAUAACCAACUACGUGGUCGAGAAGCGCGAGGACAACAGGAAGUCCUGGGUGCACGUUUCCAACGACCCCAAAGAGUGCGUGUAUGUGGUGACCCGUCUGACGGAGAACCAUGAGUACGAGUUCCGAGUCAUGGCCCAGAACAAGUUCGGAGUUGGGCCUCCCCUAGUCAGCGCGGCGGAGAAGGCCAGAAACUUGUUCACCGUCCCGGGUCAGUGUGACAAACCGACAGUGACUGAGGUCUGUCUCGAGUCGAUGACCGUCAACUGGGACGAGCCAAAGUACGACGGCGGCUCCCCCAUCACUGGCUAUUUCGUAGAGAAGAAGGAGACCACCGCCAAGCGCUGGGCCCGUGUUACACACGACCCGAUCCGAGCGCUGCCACUGGGCAACAGCUGGGACGUCACUGGCUUGCUAGACGGUGCCCUGUACCAGUUCAGGGUCAUCGCCGUCAACGCUGCUGGCUGCGGUCUCCCCAGUGUCCCCUCCGACCCUGUCCUCUGCAGAGACCCCAUCAAACCUCCCGGACCACCGACUCCGAAGGUGAUAGACUGGACAAGGUCAACAGUGGAGCUGGAGUGGGUCGCUCCUCUGGUGGACGGAGGGUCAAAGGUCACUGGCUACAUCGUAGAGUUCAAGGAAGUGAAUAAGGAGGAGGAGGAGAAGAAAGCCAAGAGGAGGCUGCUGCUGAGCGAAGCCGAGGAGGAGAAGGAGCCCGAGGAGAGUUGGACCAAGGCAAAGGAAACAGAAAUCAGAGGAACCAGGUUUGUGGUGGAUGGCCUGAAGGUAGGCGGUCUGUACUGCUUCCGAGUCCGAGCCGUGAACGCUGCCGGAGUGGGAGAUGCAGGACUCGUGUCAGAGCUGAUCGAACUCAAAGACAGAACAAUUCCUCCUGAGAUGGACCUGGACGCCUCGGUGAAGGAGAGGAUCGUGGUCCACGCUGGAGCCACCAUCCGCAUCAUCGCCUACGUGUCUGGUAAACCCGCCCCGCAGAUCACCUGGUGCCGAGAUGAUGCCGAGGUGCCCAAAGAGGCCGUGGUGGAGACGACGGGCAUCUCCAACUCGCUGGUCAUCAAGAACUGCAGACGCCAGCACCAGGGAAUCUACACCCUGUGUGCCAAGAAUGAGGGAGGAGAGAGGAAGAAGGCCGUCAUGGUCGAAGUCCUGGACGUCCCUGGACCCGUUGGUCUUCCCUUCGCUGGUGAGAACCUGACCACCGACUCCUGUAAGUUGACCUGGUGCUCCCCCGAGGACAAUGGUGGAUCGGCCAUCACCAACUACAUCAUCGAGAAGAGGGAGUCGGACCGCAUGGGCUGGACCUCGGUGUCCUACACGGUGACGAGGAACAACGCUGUGGUUCAGGGACUCAUUGACGGGAAAGGCUACUUCUUCAGGAUUGCAGCCGAGAACAUCAUCGGCAUGGGACCAUUCAUCGAGACGGACAAGAUGGUCCUCAUCAAGAACCCCAUCUCCGUCCCUGAGCGUCCAGAGGACCUGUUCGUCACCGCAGUUACCAAGGACUCCAUCUCUGUAGCCUGGAGACCGCCCAAGUACGAUGGCGGCGCUGAGGUGAUCGAAUACGUCCUUGAGUCCCGCAUGGCCGGCCGUGACAACUUUACACGCGUAGGUGCCGAGGACAAACUGAUGGACAGGAAGUUCACACUGACCGGGCUGAAGGACGGAUCGAGCCAUGAGUUCAGAGUCUCUGCCAUCAACCAGGUGGGACAAGGGAAACCGUCCUUUGCCACCAAACCGGUGCAGUGCAAGGACGAGAUCGAACCUCCCACUCUGGGCCUGGACUUCAGAGACAAGACGAUGGUGAAGGUUGGAGACAGCUGCACACUGUCGGGACGCUACAGUGGCAAACCGGCCCCGACCAUCAGCUGGAAGAAGAACGACGAAGAGCUGAAGGCAGAUGAGGAGAUCAACCUCCACAGCACCGCCCGCCAUCUCAGCCUGAACAUCAGCAAAGCCAAGAGAGAGCACAGCGGCUGCUACUGCGUCAGCGUGGAGAACGCCGCCGGAGCUCGCACAGGAAUCUGCACCAUCACUGUGGUCGACCGUCCUCAGCCUCCAGAGGGACCUGUGGUCUUUAAUGAGGUCUACAGGAACUACAUGGUGAUCUCCUGGAACGCGCCUCUGGAUGACGGAGGCUGCGCCAUCUCCAACUACAUCAUCGAGAAGAGAGACACCAACAGAGACCUGUGGAUGCCCGUCACCGCGUCCUGCACCAGGACGUCCUGCAGGGUACCGAAGCUGAUCGAGGGUCGGGACUACAUCAUCAGGAUCAUGGCUCAGAACAUCUACGGCAUCAGCGAGCCGCUCCUGUCUGCAGAGAGCAAGGCCAGAGACGUGUUCAAGGUGCCUGACGCUCCUAAACAUCCCACAGUGAAAGAGGUCUACCAUGACUCCGCCCUCAUCAGCUGGGAACCACCUGCAGACGGAGGAAAACCCAUCACAAGCUACAUCGUGGAGAGGAAGGAGACCAUGGCCAACAGGUGGGUGCGAUGCAACACGGACAAAAUCCAUCCGAAGGUGGAGUACUGCAUAACGGAGCUGCUACAAGGUUGUGAGUACGAGUUUCGAGUCAGUGCUGAGAACGAGGUGGGAGCCGGCGACCCAAGUCCACCAUCCAAACCCGUCUUUGCCAAAGAUCCAAUAGUGAAACCUGGUCCACCAGUGAACCUCGAGGCCAUCGACUUCACCAAGGAGUCGGCGACUCUGUCCUGGGACCCGCCCACUGACACCGGAAGAGGAAAGAUCUUUGGAUACCUGGUGGAGUUCAUGAAGGCUGGAGACGAGGAGUGGCAAAAGGUGAACCAGACUCCAGACUCCUGCCAGGAGACCAAAUUUAAGGUGAUCCACCUGGAUGAUGGCGGUCUUUACCGCUUCAGAGUCAUGGCCGUCAACGCUGCUGGAGAGUCUGACCCAGCUAAUGUGAAAGAGCCAAUCAGAGUGCAAGACAGACUUGAGCCUCCAGAGCUGAUUCUGGAUGCCGCAAUGACCCGAGAGAUCAAGGCCCUGUGCGGCACUCACAUCACUCUGAUGGCAGCCAUCAAAGGUGCCCCGUUCCCCAAGGUAACCUGGAAGAAGAAUGAGGCUGAGGUUCCCACCAGGGCGGACAUUGACACCAACCAAGCAGGCACUAAGCUGGAGAUGAGGUUCUGUCACCGUGGUGACUGUGGAGAUUACACCCUGAAUGUGGAGAACCCAGCCGGAUCCAAGACAGUCACCUGCACUGUGCUGGUCCUCGACAAACCUGGACCCAUCCAGCACCUCCGGGUAUCGGAUGUCAGAAGUGACUCUGCCUACCUUUCCUGGAAGGACCCAGAAGACAACGGCGGUACUCGCAUUACAAACUUUGUGGUGGAGAAGAAAGACACAACAUCCACUCAGUGGGUCCCCGUCUGCUCCACAUCCAAGAAACGCAGCAUGAUGCUGAAGCACCUGAUGGAGGGCACAUCCUACUCGUUCAGAGUCGCUGCUGAGAACCAGUACGGCCGCAGCGAGUACGUUGAGACGCCAAAGGCCAUCAAGGCGAUGAACCCACUCUUCCCUCCUGGUCCUCCCAAAGACCUGCACCAUGUCGACGUGGACAAGACUGAGGUGUGGUUGGUCUGGAACUGGCCUGACCGCAAUGGAGGAAGUGAGAUAACAGGCUUCCUGGUGGAGUAUCAGGUGGAGGGAGAGAGGGAAUGGGAUGAGUGGAAGAUGGUCAGCAUCCCCGAGAGUCAUGUGACUGGCCUGGAGGAAGGAAAGACCUACCGCUUCAGAGUGAAGACAGAGAAUGCCAUUGGCCUGAGCAGACCCGACACCACCGUGCCCAUCCUCUGCCAGGAGAAACUGGUGCCUCCAAUCGUUGAGGUGGACGUUAAGCUUAUUGAAGGCAUUGUUGUGAAGGCCGGCACCACCAUCAGGCUGCCAGCUAUCAUGAGAGGAAUCCCUGUUCCUACUGCCAAGUGGUCCAUUGAUGGAGAGGAGAUCACCAGCCGGGGCAACAUCAAGAUCGACACUGACAACUUCUCCACUGUGCUCAGCAUCACUGAAUGCACAAGGAACCACACUGGCACCUACUUGCUCACUGUGUCCAACCCAGCUGGAACCAAGACAGUGGCCUUGAACGUCAGUGUCCUGGAUGUUCCAGCUGCUCCCAUUGGACCUGCCAACAUCCUGGAAGUCGCUCCUGACUCGAUGAUAAUUGAAUGGCGUCCUCCCAAGGAUGAUGGUGGCAGCCCUGUCACCAACUACAUUGUGGAGAAGAGGGAGUCCAGCAAGGAGACCUGGGGAGGUGUAAUCUCAGGCAGCCUCGCUACCCAGCUCAGGAUAACCCGCCUGCAGAAGGGAGUGGAAUAUGUGGUUCGCAUUCGUGCUGAGAACAAGAUGGGUAUUGGUGCUCCUCUGGAGACCAAGCCCACUGUUGCUGAGCACUCCUUCAUGCCACCUAGUCAGCCUGGUAAGCCACAGACCUCUGAUAUCUCAGAAGACGCUGUCACAGUUGGCUGGACCAUGCCCCUGUCUGAUGGCGGCAGCCAGAUCAAUGGCUACAUCAUUGAGCGCAGACACACGGGAGGAAAAUGGAUCCGUGUCAAUAAGACACCUUGCAAGGAACUGAGGUACAGAGUCCUGGGUCUGUUUGAGGGCAAUGAGUACGAGUUCAGAGUGUUUGCUGAGAAUAUCGCUGGCUACAGUGGACCCUCCCCCAUCUCUGACCCCUGCAAGCCCUGCAGGCCUAUCACUGUCCCAAGUCCACCUGUGAACCCCAGAGUUAAAGAUUACAGCAAGACCACUGCAGACCUGGUCUGGACCAAACCCAAUAAAGACGGCGGCAGCCCCAUCCUGGGCUACAAUGUGGAAAUGAAGAAAGCAGAUACUGACGAUUGGAAAAAAGUGAACCUGGAAGACCUCGUCAAGCAGUGUGCCUAUAGGGUGCAGGGACUGGAAGAGGGCAUGACCUACAGAUUCAAAGUUUGUGCCUCAAACAUGAUCGGAGAUGGAGAACCCAGAGAAGUCCCAGAGUCCAUCACUACACAGGAUAUCCUCAUCCCUCCAGAGAUAGAGAUGGAGGCCUCCUGCAGAGAGCGUGUCACUGUGCGUGCCGGACACAACAUCAACAUUAUUGGUUACAUUAAGGCCCGUCCUGACCCCGAGGUAAUUUGGUCAAAGGAGGAGACAGUUUUGGAGACCAACAAACGCGUCACCAUCACUCAGAACUUCCCCUUGGUCCACUUGAAGAUUAAGGAGGCCACAAGAGCCGACCAUGGCAAAUACGUCCUUAAGGCUUCAAAUGUAGGCGGCGAAGCCUCCUGCACAAUCACAGUCAAUGUGCUAGACAGACCCAGCCAGUGCCAGAGCCUGCACAUUACCUAUUCAACCAAGGAUUCAUGCAUGAUCAACUGGGAGGCCCCUACAGACAACGGUGGAUCUGAGAUCACAAACUACAUUGUGGAGUGCCGUGAGCCUAGCAUUAGCAUGUGGUCUAUGAUCUCCUCCAACUGCACAAAUCGCAAGAUCAAGACGAAACUGAUGGAGGGCCAUGAGUACCUGUUCCGUGUCUGUGCGGAGAACAAGUUAGGACCUGGACCAACUGUUGAGACCAAGACUCCUCUGAUGGCCAUUGACCCCAUUGAAAAGCCUGGUGAGCCUGAGAAGUUCAGAGCCACUGACAUUGGUAAGAACUAUGUCUAUCUGAGAUGGAGGAAGCCUGACUAUGAUGGUGGAAGCCCCAACCUCUCCUACAACCUGGAGUGCAAAGUCAAAGAUGCUGAGGAGUGGGCGAAACUCAACACUGGCACUCUCACCGAUACCUUCUUCCUGGCUGACAAGUGUGUCGAGAAUCAGACGUACACCUUCAGGGUGCAGACUGUUAAUGAGGGAGGUGAAAGUACCUGGGUGAGUCUUGCUGAUAUAGUGGUUAAGGAGGAGAUCCAGAAGCCUGUCAUUGACCUGAAGCUGGCUGGAGCUCUGACAGUGAUGGUUGGAGAGUCGGUCAGGAUGGAGGCCGGCCUGAGAGGAAAACCCCCGCCUGAAGUCAAAUGGACGAAAGACAAGGCUGUUGGAGACAACCCUAGAAUCAGCUAUGACUCUGGGCCCGACUACUCCAAGUUCCUCAUGACCAAGUCCAGACGCACUGACACCGGAAAAUAUAUCAUCACUGCCACUAACCCGGCUGGCACCUUCACAGCAUACGCCAACGUUAAUGUCCUGGAUGUCCCCGGACCUGUAAGGAACCUGAGGGUUACAGGCCUCAGUGCCGACAAGUGCAGAGUGGUGUGGGAUGCUCCUGAGGAUGAUGGAGGUUGUGAGGUGGACAGCUACAUCUUGGAGAAAUGUGAGACCAGGAGGAUGGUCUGGUCAACAUACUCAUCCUCUGUGGUCACACCGUACUGCAACGUCACUCGUCUCGUGGAGGGCAAUGAGUACAUCUUCAGAGUGAGGGCUGAGAACAAGAUGGGAACAGGCCCCGCCAUGGAGAGCAAGCCUGUCACUGUCAAGACUCAGUUCAACAAACCUGGGCCCCCUGAGGCCCCAGAGGUCACCAAGGUGAGUAAAGAGGAGAUGACAGUGGUGUGGGCUCCUCCUGAGAACGACGGAGGAAAGUCAAUCACUGGUUACAUCCUGGAGAGGAAAGAGAAGAGGGCGGUCCGCUGGGUGCCAUGCACCAAAAGCCCCAUCUCCGAGAGGCGCAUGAAAGUCACCAACCUGAUUCUCAACCACGAAUACCAGUUCAGGGUGAAGGCUGAGAAUGAGGUUGGUCUUGGCGAGCCCAGCAAACCCUGCAGACCCGUCGCAGCCAAAGAUCCCAUUGAGCCCCCUGGCCCCCCUGGAGGGCUGAAGGUGGCUGACAGCACUAAGACCUCUAUCACACUGUCCUGGUCCAAACCUGUGUACGAUGGUGGUGCCCCAAUACUUGGCUACAGCUUGGACUUGAGGCUGAAGAGCGAGGCAGACCCUGAGAAGCCCACAGAGGGCUGGAAGAGAAUUGACACCAAUGGCCCAUUGGUACUCACAGAGUUCACCAUUGGUCAGCUGGAUGAAAAACAAGAGUAUGAGUUCAAGGUGUCGGCCAAAAACCAGGUGGGCUGGGGACGCCACGUCUUCUUGAAAGAGGCCGUCUUCCCCAAGGAGGUCCUGGAGGCUCCAGAGAUCGAGCUGGAUGCUAGUCUGAGAAAGGGUCUGACAGUUAGAGCUGGAUGUCCAAUCAGGCUGUUUGCUGUAGUCAGAGGAAGACCUGCCCCCAAGGUUACCUGGAAGCGUGUCGGUGUGGACAAUGUGAUCCGCCGAGGCCACGUGGACCAGGUUGACACCAUGUCCUUCCUGGUAAUUCCUGAAAGCACCAGAGAGGAUUCUGGGAGAUACUCACUGACUCUGUCCAACUCAGUGGGAGAGAAAGCUGUCUUUGUCCGUGUCAAAGUGCUUGACACCCCUGGUCCCGUUGGCGGCCUAGAGGCAACUGACAUCACCAAGACAGCAGCUCAACUGUCCUGGUUGCCACCAGACAAUGACGGUGGCAGUACCAUUAUCAACUACAUUGUGGAGAAACGAGAGGUGGACAGGAAGACAUGGAGCAAGUGCACAGAGGUCCUGAAGAAGACGAGCUUCAAGGUGACCAACAUGACACCUGGAAUCGAGUACUACUUCAGAGUCACAGCCUGCAACAAGUAUGGCAUUGGUGCUCCUCAGGACUCACCCAAGUCCUACCUGGCAGUUGAUCCCAUCAGUGACCCUGACCCUCCGAAGAAGAUGGAUGUGUUGGAGAUCACUAAGAACAGCGCCACACUUGGUUGGCUGAAGCCACUCAGAGAUGGUGGAGCCAAGAUAAACGGUUAUGUGGUGGACUACCACGAAGAGGGCGCACCAGAAGACAAGUGGACACCUUAUUCUGUGGUCAAAGACCUGACCAUCGUGGUGGUUGGUCUCAAGGAAGGAAAGAAGUACAAGUUCAGAGUGGCAGCCAGGAACUCAGUGGGAGUCAGUCUGGCAAGAGAGGCAGAGGGAAUGUUUGAGAUCAAGGAGCAGCUCAUGGCUCCUAAGAUCAUCUUGCCCGAUACUGUGACCGUCAGAGCUGGAUCCAAGAUGGUGAUUGAGGCUAUUGUGGCAGGUAAACCUGCUCCCGUCUGCAAGUGGAAGCAGGGCAACGAGGCUGUGCUGACCUCUGACCGACUGUCGAUCGUAAAGACGCUGACAACCUGCACGCUAAUCAUCAAAAACGUUACAAGAAACGACAGCGGCUACUACAGCCUGUCAGUUGAGAACAGCACCGCCAGGAUCAACCACAUCCUCAAAGUCAUCGUUAUGGACAUUCCUGGACCUCCUGAAGCUCCUCUGGAGAUCACCGAAAAGGACAUUGACGCCUGCACACUGCUGUGGAAUUCGCCACAAGAGGACGGCGGCAGCAACAUCACCAACUACAUUGUAGAGAAGUGUGACGUCAGCGAGGGUGACUGGAUCCCUGUGUCCACAUCCUGCACUAAAACCAGCUUCAGAAUCACAAAACUGACAACUGGCAAAGAGUAUGGCUUCCGAGUCCGUGCUGAGAACAGGUUCGGCAUCUCCGAGCCCAUUUAUUCUGAGAAGAUGAUCGCCAGACAUCCAUUUGAUCCUCCCAGCGAGCCCAGAAACCUGCAGGUCAACAAGGUCAACAAGGAAUCUGUCAUCCUGUCAUGGGAGCCUCCCAGCAGCGAUGGCGGCAGCCCCAUCACCGGAUACUGCAUUGAAAAGAAGGAGAGGAACAGCCUUCUGUGGAUGAAGGCCAACGAAUCUGUGGUCAAAGCCACCCAGUACACCUGCACCAACCUGAUGGAGGGACUGGAAUACACAUUUAGGGUGUCAGCACUUAACCUGGCUGCACAGGGCAAACCUUGCAAACAGACUGACUUCAUCACCACCAGGACUGCAGUUGACCCACCAGGUAAACCUGAGGCCAUGGAUGUGACCAAGAACUGUGUGUCAUUGGUUUGGACCCGACCCAGGCAUGACGGCGGCAGCAAGCUGAUUGGCUACUACAUGGAAUACACAAAACUUCCAGAGGAGAAGUGGAUUCGCUGCAACGCAAACUGCAUCAACAUCCAGACGGAGAACUACGUGGUGACCGGCCUGGAGGAGGGUCAACAAUACCAGUUUAGAGUCAUUGCCAAGACGGCCAUCAACAUCAGCCUGCCAUCAGAGCUGUCUGACCCCAUCCCUGUCAUUGCAGAGAACGUUGCUCCUCGUGUGGAACUGGGUGUCAACAUGAAGAACUUGAUUGUGGUGAAGGCCGGAGAGAACGUCUCCCUGGAUGCUGAGGUAUUCGGCAAACCGCUGCCAAAUGUGAGCUGGAAGAGAAAUGGACUUCCACUGGUCCUCACUGAGGGAAUGAAGAUGACCAAUAAGAAACACGUUCACCUGCUGGAGCUCUACUCUGUGACCAGGAAGGAGUCUGGAGACUACAGUAUCACCGCAGCGAACAUCAACGGCUCCAAGUAUGCCACCGUAAAGGUCAAGGUGCUUGACAAACCCGGCCCUCCAGCCUCUGUGAAACCUACAAAAGUGUUUGCUGACCGUGUUAAGAUACGAUGGGAGCCCCCAGUGGCAGAUGGUGGCUCUGAAAUCACCAACUACAUCAUUGAGAAACGUGAGACCAGCAGGGCCAAUUGGGCACAGGUCACCUCCAAUAUCCACGGACACGUCACCGACUGCUCAGUAGAGAGACUCAUCGAAGGACAUGAGUACCAGUUCAGAGUCAGUGCUGAGAACCAGUACGGUGUGGGAGACCCCAUCAUGACUGACGCUGUCAUGGUCAAGAAUCCAUACGAUGUUCCUGGUCCCUGCGAGCCACCAGUCAUCACUAACAUUACCAAAGACUCCAUGACAGUCAGCUGGAAGGCUCCAGCUAACGACGGCAAGGCUCCCAUUCUGGGCUACAUGAUGGAGAAACGUGAGGCUACAGAACUGACCUGGGCUAAGGUCAACCGCCGGCCCGUCAUCGACAGGACCAUCAAGGCUGCUCAGCUGACGGAAGGCUCAGAAUACGAGUUCAGAGUCAUCGCCAUCAACAAGGCCGGUCUGGGCAAACCCAGUGAUGCUUCCAAUGCUGCAUUGGCUGUCGAUCCUGUCUAUCCUCCCGGUCCACCUGCCUUCCCCAAGGUGGUCGACUCCACCAAGAGCUCCAUCAGCCUCAGCUGGACCAAACCCGCAUACGAUGGUGGCUGUGAGAUCAUUGGCUAUCUGGUGGAGUGCAAGCGAGCGGAGGCUGAGGACUGGACCAAGUGCAAUGUCCCGAAAAAGCUCCAGGCCACUAAAUUCCUGGUGACAGGCCUGAUGGACAACACAGAGUACCAGUUCAGAGUCAUCGCUGUCAACAAGAUCGGCUACAGUGAGCCCAGCGAGGUCCCUGGAAACCACAUGCCCAAGGACAUCCUCAUUGCUCCUGAAGCUGAGCUGGAUGCUGAUCUGAGAAAGGCUGUGGUUCUUCGAGCUGGUGUCACCCUGAGGCUCUACGUCCCACUUAGAGGGCGUCCUGCUCCCAAGGUGACAUGGACUAAAGUUGACGCCAACCUGAAGGAUAGGCAGGGCCUGUUGAUCAAGACAACAGAGUGGGACACCUUCCUGAUGAUCGAGGACAUUAACAGAUACGAUGCCGGCAAAUACAUCCUGACACUGGAGAACAGCAGUGGCUCCAAGAGCUACACCAUCAUGGUCAAAGUCCGGGACUCUCCUGGACCACCUGUGAACCUAAUCGUGAAGGAGACCUCCAGAAACCAUGCCUUCAUCACCUGGGAGGCCCCAAUGAUUGAUGGCGGUAGCCCGGUGAAGAGCUACAUUGUAGAGAAGCGUCUGGCAGAGAGGAAGGCCUGGACCUGUGUGAACACAGAGUGUCACAAGAUCUCAUUCAGAAUCCCAAACCUGGAGGGCGGACAGGCCUACUGCUUCAGAGUGCUGGCAGAAAACUCAUAUGGCAUCGGAGAGGGCUGUGAGACCGCUGGCAGCGUGCGAGCUUCAGAACAACCUGGUCCGGUGACAGACCUCACAGCUCAGAAGACCACCAAGGACUCGAUCACCCUGGGCUGGAAGAAGCCUAUCAGCGAUGGUGGAAGCUACAUCAACGCUUACAUUGUAGAACAGAGUGAAGGCGAUGAGAAGUGGAAGGAGAUCAUGAAGGGCAAGACCACCUCACACACUAUAAGCGAGCUGACCAAGGGAAAGGAGUACUUGUUUAAAGUCAAAGCACUCAAUGAGUCCGGGGAGGGACCACCCACCGAGCUCACCGUUGUUGCCAAGGACCAGUUUGUGCUACCUGAAUGCAACCUGAGCAGUCUACUCGACGGCUGCUGUGUGGUGAAGGAGGGCAGCACCACGCGUAUUAACAUCCCUAUAACAGGAGUGCCCUACCCCACUGCCACCUGGAAGAAGGGUGAUGUGGGACUCGGAGACACUGGCCGGAUGUGCGUGGAGGCAUCUCAUGGCGUCACCACUCUGCUGAUCAGAGACUGCCACAGAGGAGAUGCUGACAUCUACACCAUCAAUGUCAGGAACAAUGCUGGCUCCAAGGAGUGCAAGUUCCAGCUGAAGGUGGUCGGCAAGCCUGGCAUUUGCAGCGGACCAAUUACGUUUGACGAGAUCACUGCUGAUGGUAUCACUCUGGAGUGGGCACCACCCAAAGAUGAUGGCGGUGCAGAAGUAUCUAACUACAUUGUGGAGAAGAGAAGGACGACAGCCAGUAAGUGGGCCACCGUGGCUUCAGCCCUCCAGAAGACCACCAUGAGGGUGAUCAGGCUCAAUGAUGGAGUAGAGUACUUCUUUAGAGUUUCCGCUGAGAACAAGUAUGGGGUUGGACAGUAUCUGAGGUCUGACCCAGUAAUUGCACAGCAUCCAUUCGAUGUGCCCGAUGCACCUGCUCCCCCAGAAAUCGUGAGCAUCCGCCACGAGUCAGCCAUCUUGACAUGGGCUGAUCCCAAGGACACCGGUGGCUCCCCAAUUACCGGAUAUCUUGUGGAGUUUAAGGACAGGAACAGUCUGAUGUGGAAACGGGCCACAAAGACUCCUCUCAGAGUGAAGGAGUGCAGAGUCACUGGGCUGAUAGAGGGGCUCGAGUACGAGUUCAGAGUGAUGGCAAUGAACGUGGCCGGCCUAGGAAAGGCAAGCAGGGCCACCCAGGCUGUGGUCGCCCUGGAUCCUAUUGAUCCUCCUGGCAAGCCUGAAGUGAUUAACGUCACCAGGAGCACAGUCACUUUGAUUUGGACUGCUCCCAAAUAUGACGGUGGCUACAAGCUGACUGGCUACAUGAUGGAGAAGCUGGAAUCUGGGGGCAAAGCCUGGACGAAGGCCAAUCAUGUCAACAUCCAGGGCUGUGCCUUCACCGUCAGCGACCUGUCUGAGGGAUCUCAGUAUCAAUUCAGGGUCAGGGCCAGGAACGGUGCUGGUGCAAUCAGUGUUCCUUCAGAGUCUACUGAUCUUCUGACCUGCAAGGAUGAGUAUGAACCACCAACAAUUACUAUUGACCCUGACAUGAAGGAUGGUGUAUCAGUCAGAGCUGGAGAUACCAUUGUGAUCUCAGCCUCCAAUAUUGUCGGCAAACCUCCACCCACUGCUGUCUGGUCCAAGGGAGGCCGUGAGUUCAAGACCUCUGACAUCAUCACCAUUACCAGCACCCCCACUUCCUCUAUUCUGUCCAUUAAGUACGCAAGCCGGAAGAACACAGGAGAAUACACCAUCACCGCCAGCAACCCCUUCGGCAUUAAGGAGGAACAUGUAAAGGUGAAGGUCCUGGAUGUGCCAGGACCUCCAGGCCCCGUUGAAGCCAGUAACAUUUCAGCUGAGAAGUGCACUCUGACCUGGCUUCCUCCAGAGGAGGAUGGAGGCUGCUCUAUCAAGUCCUACAUUGUCGAGAAGAGAGAGACCAGCCGCCUGCAGUGGACCAAGCUUGCUGAAAAUGUCAUGGACUGCAGAUGUGUAGCCCACAAACUUAUUAAGGGCAAUGAGUACAUCUUCAGAGUGUCUGCUAUAAACCAGUAUGGCACUGGAGACUCGAGCCCCUCUGAUCCAGUCAAAAUGGUUGACAGUUUCCGCCCACCAGGUCCCCCCUCAACCCCAGAGAUUGACAACGUGACGAGGACUGCUGUCACCAUUUCAUGGAAGAGACCAGCACAGGAUGGUGGAAGUGAAAUCAGAGGAUAUUGUGUAGAGAGGAAAGAGAGGAGAGGAAUGAGAUGGGUGAGAGCCUGUAAGCGGACGGUCCCUGACCUGCGCUUUAAGGUGCAAGGCCUGAGCGAGGGAGUAGAAUAUGAGUUCAGAGUCACUGCUGAGAACAAGGCUGGAUUUGGGGAGCCAAGUGAGCCAUCGUGCCCUGUGAUGACCAAGGACAUUGUGUAUCCACCUGGCCCACCAUCCAGUCCCAGAAUUACAGACACCACAAAAACGACAGUUACCUUUGCCUGGGGCCGACCCCACUACGACGGUGGUCUGGAAGUAGAUGGAUACAUCGUUGAGUACAAAAAGGAGGGCCUUGAUGAUUGGGAGACAGAGACACAGUUCCCAUUGAAAGCUACUGAAUAUGUUAUUGGUAAACUUCAAAAAGGUGGCAAAUACCACUUUAGAGUCAGCGCUGUUAACUCUGAGGGAGUUGGCGAGCCUGCAGAGGUUGAGAAAGUGACUGAAAUUGUGGACCAGGAGUCACUGCCAGACUUUGAGCUGGAUGCUGAUCUCAGGAGAACCCUAGUGGUCAGGUGUCGUGCUUCCAUCCGUAUGUUUGUUCCCAUCAGGGGCCGUCCCGUUCCUGAAGUAACUUGGAGCAAAGAUGACACCAACCUGAAAACACGGGCACACAUUGACACCACAGAGUCCUACACCCUACUGGUUAUUCCUGACUGUACCAGAUAUGACGCUGGAAAGUACCACCUAUGUCUGGAGAAUGUUGCUGGAAAGAAGACAGGCUUUGUUAAUGUGAAAGUUCUCGACACACCAGGACCACCAGUCAACCUCAAAGAGAGAGAAAUCACUAAAAACAGCAUCACUCUCCAGUGGGAAAUUCCCAUUAUUGAUGGUGGUUCUAAGAUUCAUAACUAUAUUAUUGAAAAGAGAGAGGCCACCAAGAAGGCAUACACAGUGCUUAGCACCACAUGGCAGAAGUGUUCCUUUAAAUUUACAGCCCUUGAGGAGGGAGCUUACUACUACUUCCGUAUAUCUGCUGAGAAUGACCUGGGUGUGGGUCAGCCUGCAGAAACCACUGAGCCAAUCAGGGUGUCUCAAGCCCCCUCUGCCCCAGAGAACUUGUACGUCACAGAUGUAACCGCUGACAGUGCCAGUCUAGCAUGGAUCAAGCCCCUGCAUGACGGUGGCAGCUUGAUCACUGGAUAUGUCAUUGAGGCCCAGAAGAAGGACACUGACCAGUGGGUCCAUGUGGCCACCAUCAAAGCUCUCGACUACACUGUCACAGAUCUGACUGAAGGGGCGGAGUAUAUCUUCCGCAUCAUGGCUGUCAAUGCAUCAGGUAGGAGCGACCCCCGUGAGAGCAGGCCUGCGAUUAUCAAAGAGCAGACUUCAGCUCCCUCCUUUGACCUGCGUGGAGUCUACCAGAAGACGGUAAUUGCCAAGGCAAGGGACCGUGUCAAGAUAGAGAUUCCAGUGCUUGGCAAACCCAAGCCUGUUGUUUCCUGGAAAAAAGAAGAUGCAGUGCUCAAGGAGACACAAAGAAUCAACACUGAAACAACAUCAACAUCAACUAUCCUCAACAUCAAUGAGAUCAAGAGGACUGAUGGGGGACAGUAUUCUAUGGUUGGAAAGAACAUGCUGGGAACAGUGACAGAGAUAAUCACAGUCCUAGUCCACGACAUUCCAGGUCCUCCCACUGGUCCCAUUAAGCUGGAUGAGGUCUCUUGUGAUUACGUUCUUAUGUCCUGGGAGGCACCAGAGAACGAUGGAGGCGUUCCUAUUAGCAACUAUAUUGUUGAGAUGCGGGAGACUACCGGUACUUCAUGGAUGGAGUUGGCAGCUACAGUGAUUCGCACCACAUUCAAGGCAGCUAGACUCAACACUGGAACCCAAUAUCAGUUCCGUGUCAAAGCCCAGAACAGAUAUGGCAUUGGACCAAGCAUUGUCUCUGAACAAGUGGUGGCUGCCUAUCCAUUUGAUGUUCCGAACCAGCCAGGUAUUCCUGUGGUCACAUCUUUCAACAAGGAUGCAAUGACUUUGAGUUGGAAUGAGCCAUCUUCUGAUGGAGGCAGUGCUAUUAUGGGAUAUCAUGUGGACAGAAAAGAGAAAAACAGCAUUCUGUGGCAGAGGAUCAGCAAAGCUCUUGUUGUUGGAAAUAUCUUCAAAUCAAUAGGCCUUGUUGAUGGUAUCGCAUAUGAACACCGUGUUACUGCUGAAAACAUGGCCGGUCUCAGCAAACCAAGCAAAUCCUCUGAGCCUAUGUAUGCUUUGGACCCAGUUGACCGACCAGGCAGGCCUGUGGCACUGAAUAUCACCAGACAUGAGGUGACAGUGUCAUGGACCAAACCAGAGGGAGAUGGUGGAUUUUCCAUCACAGGAUACACAGUGGAGAGGAGAGAGAUGCCCAAUGGACGUUGGCUCAAAGCCAACUUCAACAACAUCCAAGAAACCAUCUACACAGUCAGUGGUCUGACUGAAGAUGCAACUUAUGAAUUCCGUGUGUUUGCUAGAAACUCAGCUGGUUCUGUCAGUGCUCCAUCCCAGUCAUCAGAGGCAAUCACAUGCAGAGAUGACAUUCAAGAGCCCAGGCUUGAUGUUGACGCAUCAUAUAGCAGCAAUGUUGUUGUCAUGGCAGGGGAGGUAUUCAAGCUGGAAGCCAGUGUGAUUGGUAGGCCACUCCCAUCUCUGGUAUGGACCAAGGAAGGAAAGGAGCUUGAGGAUACAGGCAAGGUUGAGAUAAAGACAUCUGACUUCCACACAACGCUAAUAAACAAAGAAUCCCUGAGGAGAGAUGGUGGGGCUUUCACUCUGACUGCCAGCAAUCCAGGUGGUUUUGCCAAGUUCACAUUUAAUGUCAAGGUGCUCGACAGACCUGGACCACCAGACUCCCUCACUGUAACUGAUGUCACUGCUGAAAAAUGUGUCCUUAACUGGCUGCAUCCAACACACGAUGGUGGUGCAAAGAUCGAGUACUUUAUCAUUCAGAAGCGUGAGACCAGUAGGUUGGCAUGGACAAAUGUGGCUACAGACCUUCAAGCAAAUAGAUUCAAGGUCACCAAACUUCUGAAGGGCAAUGAGUACAUCUUCAGAGUCAUGGCUGUUAAUAAGUAUGGUGUGGGUGAACACCUGGAGUCUGAAGCUGUAAUCUGUGCCAAUCCUUAUGUAGCCAGUGAUGCACCACAGCAGCCUGAAGUCACCAUCAUUACCAAAGACUCAAUGGUGGUCUGCUGGGAGCGCCCUGAACAUGAUGGAGGCAGCAGAAUAAACACUUACAUAAUUGAGAGAAGGGAUAAGACUGGCCUGCGCUGGGUGAAGUGCAACAAGAGGACUGUAACUGACUUGCGAUUCAAGGUUUCUGGCCUCACACCAGGACAUGAGUAUGAAUUUAGAGUUUUUGCAGAGAACAACGCUGGUCUGAGCCAGCCCAGUCCUUCCAGUCCAUUGUACAAAGCCAUAGACACCAUCUUCCAGCCUGGACCUCCAGGGAACCCCAGAGUACUGGACACAACCAAGUCUUCCAUCACCCUUGCCUGGAACAAACCUGUCUACGAUGGUGGUUCUGAAAUCACUGGUUACAUUGUGGAGACCUGCCCUCCUGAUGAGGAUGAGUGGACAAUUCACACUCCUAAAAGGGGAUGGACAGCCACUUCAUUCACCAUCACCAACUUGAAGGAAAACCAAGAGUAUAAAAUCAACAUCUGUGCCACUAAUUGUGAAGGAGUCGGAGAACCUGCUGCUGUUCCUGGAACCCCCAAGGCAGAGGACAGACUGCUUCCUCCAGAAAUUGAACUUGGAGCAGAGCUACGUAAGGUGGUCAGCAUCCGAGCCUGCAGCACGCUUAGACUCUUUGUCCCUAUAAAGGGCAGACCAGCACCUGAAAUAAAAUGGUCAAGAGAGCACGGAGAAUCCCUAGACAAAGCUAUCAUUGAAACCACCCCAUCGUUCACGACUCUUCAGGUAGACACUGUUGACAGGUUUGAUGGAGGCAAAUACAUGCUGACUGUAGAGAAUGCCUCAGGAAGCAAGACAGCCUAUGUUAAUGUCAGGGUGCUAGAUACUCCUGGAGCACCUCAGAAUCUAAUCAUCAAGGAGGUCACUCGAGAUUCAGUUUUCCUUGUUUGGGAUGCACCUCUCAUUGAUGGGGGCUCCAGAGUCCGCAACUACAUUGUGGAGAAGCGUGAGUCAACCAGAAAGGCCUACUCCACUGUCUGUGUAAGCUGCCAUAAGUCAAGUUGGAAAAUUGGAGACCUGCAUGAAGGGAAGAUGUACUUCUUUAGAAUCCUGGCUGAGAACGAAUUUGGCAUUGGUCUCCCAGUGGAGACUGUUGAACCAAUUAAAGUGUCAGAGAAGCCUCUACCACCAGGUAAAGUGUCCCUUCGUGAAGUUACAGGCACCAGUGUCACACUAACGUGGGAAAAGCCUGAGCAUGAUGGUGGCAGUAGAAUCAUUGGCUAUAUUGUUGAGAUGCAAAGCAAAGGCACUGAGAAGUGGAUCCAGGUUAUGGUAGUGAAGACCAAUGCGGCCCUUGUAAGUGGUCUUACACAGGGAGAGGAGUACAUGUUCCGUAUUUCAUCCACCAAUGAAAAGGGAGUUAGUGACCCACGUCCUCUCAGUUUGCCUGUGGUGGCGAAAGAUCUUGUCAUUUCACCAACCUUCAAACAGCUUUUUGGCACAUUCAGUGUGCUAGCAGGUGAUGACCUGAAGAUAGAUGUACCAUAUGCUGCCUGUCCUAAGGCCAAUGCAACUUGGCUCAAAGAUGGCGUUGUUCUCAAGGAGACAACAAGAGUUAAUGCUGAAACCACGGACACUAACCUUCUCCUGGUCAUUAAGGAGGCUUGCAGAGAUGAUGUGGGAACAUACACCAUCAAACUAAUCAACACAGCUGGUGAGGCAUCCACAGACAUCAGUGUUCUUGUCCUGGAUAAGCCUGGUCCUCCCACUGGCCCAAUUAAGUUGGAUGAGGUCACUGCUGACAGUCUGGUAUUGACCUGGAAUCCACCAGAAUAUGAUGGUGGUUGUGCCAUUAAUAAUUACAUUGUUGAGAAGAGGGACACAUCUACCACUAACUGGCAAAUUGUGUCAGCUACAGUGGCCAGAACCACAAUCAAGGCUGCCCGUCUGAAGACUGGAUUUCAGUACCAGUUUAGGAUUGCUGCAGAAAAUAGAUAUGGCAAGUCAUCGGCCCUUCUGUCUGAAACUAUUGUUGCUCAGUAUCCAUUUGAAGUUCCUAGCUCACCUCUUUCUGUUGUGGUCCAAUCAGCGACCAAGGAAACCAUGGUUGUUGUAUGGGAUAAACCCAGCAAUGAUGGUGGAAGCAAAAUUCUGGGCUAUCACCUAGAGCUCAAAGAGAGAAACAGUAUACUGUGGGUGAAACAGAACAAACAAAUAAUCCCAGAGACUAGAUUCAAGGUUGUUGGCCUUGAAGAAGGUAUUGAAUAUGAGUUCAGACUCUAUGCAGAGAACAUUGUCGGCCUCAGCAAAGCUAGCAAACUGAGCGAAAUGCAAGUGGCAAGAGAUCCUUGUGAAAGACCAGGAAAACCAGAGGCUGUUAUUGUGACAAGACACCAAGUGACACUCAGAUGGACCAAGCCUGAUUAUGACGGUGGCAUUAAGAUCACAGGUUACCUGGUUGAGAAGAAGGAGGCAGCUGGUCGCUGGAUGAAGGCCAGUUUCGCCAACGUCAUUCAGACUGAAUUUGUUGUCACAGGACUUACUGAAGAUCAUAUUUAUGAGUUUCGUGUCAUUGCCAGGAAUGCAGCAGGUGUUCUCAGUCUGCCCUCUGAUGCAACUGGAGCCAUCACUGCCAAGGAUGAGGUGGAUCCACCCAAGAUUGACUUGGAAGCUAAGUACUCCCAGGCUGUGGUGGUAAAUGCUGGGGAGACAUUCAGGCUUGAGGUCGCUGUCAGUGGUAAACCUGUUCCCACAAUACACUGGCUAAAGGAGGGUCAUGAGAUUACUGAAGCUGCUCGCCUAGAGCUCAAGAACACAGACUUUACAGCUUGUAUAGUUGUUAAAGAAGCCAUCCGUGUUGAUGGAGGUCAGUACACUUUGCUGGUAAAGAAUGUUGGAGGAGAGAAAUCUGUUAACAUUAAUGUCAAGGUCCUGGACAGACCAGGUCCUCCUGAGGGCCCUGUCUCCAUCUAUGGUGUAACCAAUGAGAAAUGCUCCAUUUCCUGGAAACCUCCUUUGCAAGACGGCGGCAGCGAUGUUUCACAUUACAUUAUUGAGAGGAGGGAAACCAGCAGACUGGUUUGGACUGUUGUUGAGCCUAAAGUUCAGACACUGAACUUAAAGAUCACAAAGCUUCUUCCUGGAAAUGAGUACAUUUUCAGAGUGAUUCCUGUCAACAAAUAUGGAGUCGGUGAGCCUCUGGAAUCUGAUGCGAUGAUUGCCAGAAAUCCAUUUGUCACUUCCAACCCACCAACAGAGGUAGAAGUCACAACAAUCACCAAAGACUCCAUGGUGGUGACUUGGGAGAGACCAGCUCAUGAUGGUGGCAGUCCUAUCCAGGGAUACAUUGUUGAGAAACGUGACAAGGAUGGUGUGAGAUGGACAAGGUGCAACAAGCGCACAGUAAGUGAGCUGCGCUUCAGAGUGACAGGGCUCCUAGAAAACCACAGCUAUGAAUUCAGAAUUGCCGCUGAGAAUGCCGCUGGUGUUGGCACACCUAGUACACCAACAGUGUACUAUAAAGCAUUAGAUCCUAUCUUCAAACCUGGUCCACCCAACAACCCUAAGGUGGUUGACACAUCGAGGUCCACUGUUUCCUUGACAUGGAGCAAACCAAUCUAUGAUGGCGGAUGUGAGAUUCAAGCUUAUAUUGUGGAGGCCUGCAGUGGGGCAUCUGAUGAGUGGUGUAUGUGCACUCCUCCCACUGGAAUCGCAGAUACUAAGUUUACAGUGAAAAAGCUUCUGGAGAAGCAUGAGUACCAGUUCCGAGUGUGUGCCAUCAACAAAGUUGGUGUUGGUGAGCAUGCUGAUGUUACUGGAAAGAUUCUCCUCGAGGAGAAGCUUGAGGCUCCCGAUCUUGACCUGGAUUCUGAUAUGAGAAAGAUGAUCAACAUUCGGGCAGCAAGCACUCUCAGGCUGUUUGUUCCUGUGAGAGGUCGUCCAGCUCCUGAGGUGAAAUGGGGUAAAGCUGAGGGGGAGAUCAGGGAGACUGCCCUGAUUGACAACACAGGCAACUACGCUUCACUUGUCAUUGAGAAUGUUGACAGAUUUGACAGUGGCAAGUACACCCUGACUGCAGAGAAUGCCAGUGGAGUGAAGUCAGUCUUCAUCAGUGUCAGGAUCCUGGACUCACCUAGUCCACCAAAUAACUUCACAGUGAAGGAGAUAACAAAAAAUUCUGUCACUCUUACAUGGGAGCCUCCACUUCUGGAUGGUGGCUCAAAGAUUAAAAAUUAUAUUCUUGAGAAACGUGAGAGCACCAGGAAAGUUUACUCACCCAUCACUACCUGCAAUAGGAUGUCAUGGAAAGUGGAGCCUCUUCCAGAGGGUGGAAUCUUCUUCUUCAGAGUCCUGGCUGAGAAUGAAUAUGGUUUUGGUCUCCCAGCCAAAACAAUAGAACCAAUUAAAAUAUCUGAGAAGCCUCAGCCACCUGGCAAAGUCAGUGUUGUUGAUGUGACACACAGCACUGUGACCCUCGCCUGGGAGAAACCUCAACAUGAUGGUGGCAGUAGAAUCAGUCACUAUGAAGUUGAACUCGCACCUAAGGACAGUGGCGCUUGGUCAGUGUGUACUAGUGUGAAAGCGCUGGAGACUGUAGUGACAAACCUACUCAAGGGAGAGGAGUAUAAUUUCCGAGUUCUAGCUGUAAAUGACAAGGGGAAAAGCGACCCCAGACAACUAGUCCAAUCAGUUGUUGCAAAGGACCUUGUGAUUGAGCCUGCUGUUAGACCCAGGGCGAGCACCUACAAUGUCCAGGUAGGGUAUGACCUCAAGAUAGAGGUCCCAGUUGCUGGUCAUCCAAAGCCAACGAUUACCUGGACCAAGGAUGGUGCUGCUCUUAAGCAGACCACGAGAGUCAAUGUUACAGACUCAGCACAUCACACCACCCUCACCAUAAAGGAUGCCACCAAAGAGGAUGGGGGCAUGUAUAGCAUCAAUGUCUCCAGUACCCUGGGUUCCAAAGAUGCCACUAUUGAGGUGAUCACUCUGGACAAACCAGGCCCACCAACAGGACCUGUCAAGUUGGAGGACAUAAGUGCUGAGAGUAUCACUCUUAGCUGGGAACCUCCUACAUACACAGGUGGAUGCCCAAUCUCAAACUAUGUGGUGGAGAAGAGAGACACAACUACAACCAACUGGGUGGUCGUAUCUGCCACUGUUGCCAGAACCACACUAAAAUUGAGCAAUCUGAAGACAGGUGCUGAAUAUCAGUUCAGAAUCUAUGCUGAGAAUAGAUAUGGAAAGAGCUAUGCGAUUGAUUCAGAGCCUGUUUUGGCACAGUAUCCAUUCCAAGAGCCUGGCACUCCAGGAACACCAUUUGUGUCUUCAUACACCAAGGACUUUAUGGUAGUUGAGUGGCACAAGCCCCCAUCUGAUGGAGGAAGUGCCAUUUUGGGCUAUCAUAUGGAGAGGAAAGAGAAGAACAGUAUCCUCUGGACCAAGAUUAACAAAAUGCUGAUCCAAGACUGCAGAUAUAAGUCUACUCCACUUGAGGAAGGUAUUGAGUAUGAGUACAGAGUCUAUGCAGAGAAUAUUGUUGGCAUUGGAAAAUGCAGCAAAGUCUCUGAGGUUUACGUAGCCCGUGACCCAUGUGAUCCUCCUGGCUGUCCCGAGGCUGUGAUUGUGACCAGGCACUCUGUGAAGCUUAGGUGGACCCCUCCAGUGUAUGAUGGGGGAAGCUUAGUUACAGGCUAUGUAGUGGAGAAACGUGACCUUCCUGAAGGAAAGUGGAUGAAGGCUAGCUUUGCAAACAUCCUUGAUUAUGAAUUCACAGUUACAGGCCUGACAGAGGAGAGUAAAUAUGACUUCAGAGUAAUCGCAAGGAAUGCAGCUGGUGCUGUUAGCAAGCCAUCUGAGUGCACAGGAUCCGUCACAGCCAAGGAUGAAGUUGACCCACCAAAAUGUGAGACAGACCCUAUAUACAACCAGUCCCUUGUUAUCAGUGCUGGGGAGACUUUCAAUCUGGAGGCCACUGUGGGAGGGAAGCCCAUCCCUACAGCCCAGUGGUUCAAGGGGAAUGUCGAAGUGGAAAACUCAUCAAGGGCUGAUAUCAAAAACACAGAUUUUAAGGCUUUGCUUGUUGUGAAAGAUGCCAUCAGAGUGGACGGUGGCCAGUACACUCUGGUUCUGACUAAUGUGGCUGGAACGAAGACUGUCCCAUUCAGUGUUAAGGUACUGGACAGACCAGGCCCCUCAGAAGGACCUCUUACUGUCAGCAAUGUCACUGAGGAGAAGUGCUCACUGUCAUGGCUGCCACCCAGGCACGAUGGAGGAGCCGGCGUAUCUCACUACAUCAUUCAAAAGAGAGAAACCAGCCGCCUGGCAUGGACUGUGGUCUCCAGUGACUGUGGAGCUACCAUGUUCAAGGUUACGAAACUGUUGAAGGGCAAUGAAUACAUCUUCAGAGUCAUGGCUGUCAACAAAUAUGGCAUGGGUGAGUCUCUUGAGUCAACACCAGUUAUCAUGAGAAAUCCAUUUGUUCCUCCUGGUGCACCUCAGGAACUUGAGAUCACUAACAUUAUAAGGGACUCCAUGACUGUCUGCUGGAACCGCCCCGAGACCACAGGAGGCAGUGAGAUUGUUGGUUAUAUCAUUGAGAAGAGAGACAGAGCCGGAGUGAGAUGGACCAAGUGCAACAAACGCCGGGUGACAGACUUGCGUUUCAGAGUAACAGGAUUAACUGAGGAUCAUGAAUAUGAAUUCAAGGUAACUGCUGAGAAUGCAGCUGGAAUGGGUCAGUCAAGCCCACCUACACCCUACCUCAAAGCCUGUGACCCCACCUUUGAACCAGGCUGUCCAUCCAAUGCUCAUGUGCUCAACACAACUAAAGACACCGUCAGCCUGGCCUGGCAUAGGCCCAUCUAUGAUGGUGGUUGUGAGAUUCAAGGAUAUGCUGUGGAAAUUACCAAAGCCGAGGAGGAGGAGUGGACCAUAUGCACCCCACCGUCGGGAGUUAAAGCUACCAAGUUUACUAUCACUAAGUUGGUAGAGCACCAGGAAUACAAGGUGCGCAUCUGUGCCAUCAAUAAGUUGGGUGUUGGUGAGCCCACUGAGAUCCAGGGAGUUAUAAAACCUUUGGAUAAGAUUGAUCCUCCAGAGAUGAUUCUGGAUUCAGAACUCCGGAAGGGGAUAGUUGUCAGGGCAGGUGGCUCAAUGAGAAUUUGCAUUCCAUUUAAGGGCCGUCCUACUCCUGAGAUCAGCUGGGCUAAGGAGGAUGGUCAACUGCCCAUUAAAGUUCAGAUAGAGACUGGGGAAGAUUACACUCAGCUCUCCAUUGACAUCUGUGACAGAUAUGAUGCUGGAAAAUACAUCGUCAACAUGGAAAAUACUGCUGGCACCAAAUCAGCCUUUGUAUCUGUUAAGGUCCUGGACACUCCAGGGGCCCCUCUGAAUUUAACUGUAAAAGACAUCAAAAGAGAAAGUGUUACUCUGACAUGGGAGCCUCCUCUUAUUGAUGGUGGUGCAAGAAUAAAGAAUUACCUGGUUGAAAAGCGAGAGUCCACCAGGAACGUUUAUUCUAAUGUGGACAACAAGUGUACAAAGACAAGCUACCGUAUCACCGGCCUCAUUGAAGGAACUAUCUACUAUUUCAGAGUCUUAGCUGAGAACGAGUUUGGCAUGGGACAGCCAGCUGAGACAGAGGAUGCAGUUAAAACAUCUGAGCCUCCUCUCUCUGUAGGUAAGGUCACUUUGACUGAAGUGACCAAAACGUCUGCCUCACUCUCUUGGGAGAAGCCAGACCAUGAUGGAGGCAGCAGGAUAAUGGGCUUCUAUAUUGAAAUGCAGCCUGUGGGCUCAGAGGAAUGGGUGGUGGCCGCUACAACUAAAGCUUGUGAGGGCACUGCCGCAGGCCUUAGUGCAGGACACGAGUACCUGUUUAGAGUGACAGCAUUCAAUGAGAAGGGCAAGAGUGACCCCAGGGCUCUAGCUGCACCAGUCACUGCUAAGGAUGUAACAUUCGAGCCCAGAUUCAAGAUGGCAUCCAACACUUACAGUUUACAGCAGGGUGAGGAUCUGAAGAUCGAGAUUCCAGUAAUAGGACGACCUGUUCCCAAGGUUGAGUGGAAAAAGGACGGACAAGCUCUUAAGGAGACAACCAGAUUAAAUGUGUCUGGCACACCAUCAUCUACCAAGCUGUGCAUUAAGGAUGCAAGUAAGGAAGACUCUGGCAAAUACACGAUCACAGCCACCAGCAGUGCUGGAUCAACUACAGAGGAGAUUACUGUUAUUAUUCUUGAUAAGCCUGGCCCACCCACAGGCCCUGUGAAGAUUGAGGAGGUGAGCUCUAAUUAUGUCACUCUCUCCUGGGAGCCACCAGCGUAUACUGGAGGCUGUCAGAUCAACAACUACAUUGUGGAGAAGAGAGACACUACUACAACAGCAUGGCAAAUUGUGUCUGCUACUAUUGCCAGAACAACUAUCAAAGUCACCAACUUAAAGACUGGAGUUGAGUAUCAAUUCAGAGUGUCUGCUGAGAAUAGAUAUGGAAAGAGUUCUGCCAUUUUCACUCCUGCCGUUAUUGCUCAGUAUCCAUUCAGUGAGCCUGCCGCCCCAGGAACACCAGGUGUUUCUGCUGCAACCAAGGAUCACAUGGUGGUUGAGUGGAAGCCUCCCACCAACAAUGGAGGCAGUCCCAUCUUGGGCUAUCACCUUGAAAGAAAGGAGAAGAACAGCCUCUUGUGGACUAAACUCAACAAGCUUCUAAUCCCAGAUACACAUUUCAAAACUACAGAGCUGGAAGAAGGUAUUGAGUAUGAAUUCAGAGUCUAUGCUGAGAACAUUGCAGGAAUCAGCCCAGCUAGCAAGGUCUCUGAGAGCACAGUUGCCAGGGACCCCUGUGACCCACCAGGCACUCCGGAUGCUAUUGAUAUCACUAGAAACCAUGUGACACUCCAGUGGACCAGGCCUCAGUAUGAUGGAGGCAGUGCUAUCACUGGCUAUUUGAUUGAGAGGAGGAAGCACCCUGAUACCCGCUGGAUGAAGGCCAGCUUCACCAACAUCCUUGACACCCAGUUCACACUCACUGGCCUGACUGAGGAUUGUGUUUAUGAGUUCAGAGUCAUUGCCAGGAAUUCUGCUGGCAUUUCCAGCCGUCCCUCUCAGACCACAGGAGAAAUUACUGCUAAAGAUGAAAUUGAGGCUCCAGGAGCCACCAUGGAUUCUAAAUUUAAAGAUCUGACCAUUGUUCAUGCUGCUGAAACAUUCAUCAUUGAUGCUGACUACACAGGUAAGCCUCUGCCUGAGGUCAUUUGGUUAAAGGAUGGAAAGGAGAUUGACAAAGCCACUCAACGAAUGGAGGUAAAGACCACGCUGACACGUACCAUCCUGACAGUCAAGGAUUGCGUUAGAGUUGAUGGCGGCCAUUUUGUCCUCAAACUGGUCAAUGUGGGAGGAAUUAAGAUGAUCCCAGUUAAUGUUAAAAUUCUGGAUAGACCUGGUCCUCCAGAUGGCCCACUAGAAGUCAAAGGAGUCACAGCUGAGAAAUGUUAUCUUCACUGGAACCAUCCUUCACAUGAUGGCGGAGCCAGCAUCUCUCACUACAUGAUUGAGAAAAGAGAGACCAGUCGUUUGUCAUGGACCAUGGUUGAGCCCAAGAUUCAGGCCAUAAGCUACAAAAUCACAAAACUGUUGCCUGGCAACGAGUACAUCUUCAGAGUCACUGCUGUGAAUAAAUACGGUGUUGGUGAGCCUUUGGAAUCUGAGCCUGUUAUUGCCCGUAACCCCUUCACCACUUCCAGCGCCCCCUCCACCCCAGAGGCCAGCGCUAUCACUCGGGAUUCUAUAGUACUUACCUGGGAGAGGCCAGAGGAUAACGGAGGAGCUGAAAUUGAAGGAUAUGUCCUUGAAAAACGUGAUAAGGAUGGCAUCAGAUGGACUAAAUGCAACAAGAAGAGACUGAGUGACCUGAGAUUCAGAUGUGCUGGCCUCACAGAGGGUCAUUCCUAUGAAUUCAGGGUUUCAGCUGAAAAUGCUGCUGGUGUUGGAAAACCUAGUGCACCUUCACAAUAUAUGAAGGCCUGUGAUGCCACUUAUCCACCAGGACCUCCAAAUAACCCCAAAGUCACAGACCAUUCAAGCACCACAGUCUCGCUGACCUGGUCUAGGCCUAUCUAUGAUGGUGGAGCACAGAUCACUGGAUACGUUGUUGAAAUGAAGGAGGCAGCAGAUGAUGAAUGGGUCAGUUGCACACCACAAACUGGUGUACAAGUUACUCACUAUACUGUAAAGAAAUUGAAGGAGAAUGCAGAGUACAAUUUCCGAGUCUGUGCUGUUAACUGUGAGGGAGUAGGGGAGCAUGUUGACCUGCCUGGCUCUGUGGUUGCUGCAGAGAAGCUGGAAGCUCCUGAAAUUGAACUAGAUGCUGACCUAAGGAAGAUGGUCAAUGUUCGUGCCACCGCUACCCUCCGUCUGUUUGUGCCAAUCAGGGGAAAGCCUGAGCCUGAGGUCAGAUGGUCAAAGGCUGAUGGUACUCUGAAUGAACGUGCCCAGAUUGAAGUCACAAGCUCUUACACAAUGCUGGUGAUUGAUAAUGUUGACAGAUUUGACACUGGAAAAUAUCUACUCACACUUGAGAACCUCAGUGGCUCGAAAUCAGCCUUCGUCAAUGUUCGAGUUCUGGACUCCCCCAGCGCACCUACUAACCUGGAGGUCAAGGAUGUAAAGAGAAAUUCUGUCUCUCUCUCCUGGGAGCCUCCUCUAAUUGAUGGCGGGGCUAAGAUUUCACAUUAUAUUGUGGAGAAGAGAGAGCAGAAGAGAAUGGCUUUCACCAGUGUUUCCAACAACUGUGUGAGGAACUCCUACAUCAUUUCUGACCUACAGGAGGGAGGCCUAUACUAUUUCCGUAUAUUAGCUGUUAAUGAACUUGGAGUAGGUCUGCCUGCUUCCACAGAUGUAGUCAAGGUGUCUGAGGCUCCUCUGCCUCCUGGUAAGAUUACCUUGGAUGACGUUACUCGCCAUACUGUUAACCUUUCAUGGGAGAAACCGGAUCAUGAUGGAGGCAGCAAGAUUACAAUGUAUAUUGUGGAGAUGCAGCCCAAGGGAGAUGAGAAAUGGACUGUGUGCAGUGAAGUCAAAGCACUGGAAGCUACUAUUGAUGGACUUACAACUGGAGAGGAAUACUCCUUCAGGGUGAUUGCUGUAAAUGAUAAGGGCAAGAGUGAUGCCAAACCUCUGGCUGCCCCUGUGGUGGUAAAGGACAUCACAGUAGAGCCCACCAUCAACCUGGUGUUCAACACAUAUAGUGUUAAAGCAGGAGAUGACCUGAAGAUUGACGUUCCCUUCAAAGGAAGACCUCAGCCAGAGGUGUCCUGGAAGAAGGACGGCCAGGUGCUUAAGCAGACAACCAGGGUCAAUGUUCUUACCUCUAGGACCUCUUCCAAGAUUUUCAUCAAGGAUGCAACCAAAGACGAUGUAGGAAAGUAUGAGAUUACUUUGACUAACUCUAUUGGUACCAAGACAGCUGAUAUCUCUGUUAUAAUCCUGGACAAACCUGGUCCACCAAGCAACAUUAAGAUGGACGAGGUGAGUGCUGACUUCAUCUGUCUGUCUUGGGAUCCUCCAACCUAUGACGGUGGAUGCCAGAUUAACAACUAUGUAGUGGAGAAGAGAGACACUACGACAACCACAUGGCAGAUUGUCUCAGCCACUGUAGCCAGGACAUCAAUUAAGGUGAAUCGGCUCAAUCAGGGAACAGAGUACCAGUUCCGUAUCGCAGCUGAGAACCGUUAUGGCAAGAGUCAUGCUAUUGACUCAGCUCCUGUUGUUGCUCAGUAUCCCUUCGAGCCUCCUGGUCCGGCAACCAACCUCCAUGUUGACAAUGCCACCAAGAGUGGCAUGGUUGUGACGUGGGGCAGACCUGCCAGCGAUGGAGGAAGCCCUGUUAUUGGUUAUCACAUUGAAUGCAAAGACCAAAGUAGCAUUCUAUGGACAAAGGUCAACAGAGGACUGCUAGCUGAGAACCAGUUUAAGAUGACAGGCAUUGAAGAAGGUCUUCUGUAUCAGUUUAGAGUGUAUGCUGAGAAUAUUGCUGGCAUUGGUACAUGCUCUAAGGCCAGUGAUGCUGUGGCAGCCAGAGAUCCAUGUGAACCUCCACAUAACCUUAAAGUCACCAACAUUACCAGGAGCUCAGUUUCUCUCUUCUGGGAGCGGCCAGAGUACGAAUUUGGAUCAAAGAUUACCGGCUACAUUAUUGAGCGUAAAGAACUUCCCAAUGGUCGCUGGCUGAAAUGCAACUUCAAUAAUCUGCAGGACACCUACUUUGACGUCACAGGCCUCACAGAAGAUGUCCAAUAUGACUUCCAUGUUAUUGCUAAGAAUUCUGCAGAUCAGCUUAGUGCUCCUUCAGAGAGUAGCGGUCCUGUUACAGUAAAGGAUGAUGUAGACCCUCCCACUAUCAUCCUGGAAGACAAGCUCAGACAGCUGGUUGUCAUUAAAGCUGGGGAAAUCAUUAGAAUUGAUGCUGAAAUCACAGGCCGUCCACUCCCUGUUGUCUCAUGGUUUAAGGACGGAAAAGAGAUUGCGGCCAAAUUCAGGUGUGAAAUUACUUCCACAAAUUUCACAACCACCCUGAUUGUCACAGACGCUAUCAGGAAGGACUCUGGCCAGUAUGUCCUGUCCCUGCACAAUGUGGCAGGAACCAGGUCUGUUGCUAUCAAUUGUAAAGUUUUGGAUAGACCUGGACCAUCUUCAGGACCAUUGGCAGUGUCUGGACUCACAGCAGAGAAAUGCACUAUAACAUGGGGACCCCCUCAGGAAAACGGUGGUGCUGAAAUUAUGCACUAUAUUGUGGAGAAACGUGAGACAAGUCGCCUGGCCUGGACUCUUGUCUAUGGAGACAUGAAAGCAACUACCUGUAAAGUGACCAAGUUACUAAGAGGAAAUGAGUAUAUCUUCAGAGUUAGGGGAGUCAACAAAUAUGGGGAUGGUGAAGCCCUGGAGAGUGAGCCAGUUAAGGCCUUGGAUCCAUUUACUGUUGCUUCAGCUCCCACAAAUGUCCAGGUCACUGCUGUUACUAGUGAGGCAAUGACCAUCUGUUGGGAAAGACCCAUUUCUGAUGGAGGCAGCAGUAUCUAUGGCUAUGUCAUUGAAAAGCGAGAGAAGACUGGUCUUCGCUGGUGCCGUGUGAACAAGAAACCUGUUUAUGACCUCAGAGUCAAAGCCUCACAUCUUCGUGCUGGCUGUGAGUAUGAGUACAUAGUGUUUGCAGAGAAUGCUGCUGGCCUCAGUGCUCCUAGCAUGCCUUGCCCGCUCACCAAGGCUGAAGACCCACAGUUCCUGCCUUCACCUCCUGCUAGGCCUAAGAUCAUUGACUCUACAAAGACCACUGUCACCCUGUCAUGGAAUAAGCCGCUAUUUGAUGGUGGAGCCCCUGUGACUGGCUACAGAGUAGAAUACAGGAAGACUUUAGAUGAUGAAUGGUUUGUUGGAGUCCAGAACACCAAGAACACAGAGUUUACUGUGGUGGGAUUGACACCUGGGGCUGAAUAUGUGUUUGUUGUCAAGUCCAUUAACAAGAUUGGGGUCAGUGAGGCCAGUCCUGAGACAGACAAACAGGUUGCCAAAGAAAGAGAGGAGGAGCCAGUUUUUGACAUCAGUAAUGAGAUGAGGAAGACUCUUAUUGUGAAGGAUGGUAGCUCAUUCACCAUGACAGUGCCCUUCAGAGGCAAACCCAUCCCCAAUGUUACAUGGGCUAAACCUGAUGUUGACCUCAGAGUCCGUGCUGUCAUCGACACCACAGACACCUUCACCUCCAUCACCUUAGAGCAGGCAACUCGCAACGACUCUGGCAAAUACAUAGUCACCUUGUCUAGCUUAGCUGGAACCUCCUCCUUGACACUCAAUGUCAGAGUACUGGACUCUCCUGGACCCCCUGCCUUCGUAGAAGUCAAGGACGUAACUAAGACCUCUGCUACUGUAACAUGGGACACUCCUGAAAAUGAGGGAGGAGGACCUGUCAAGAACUACCUUGUUGAUUUCCGUGAGGCCAGCAAGAAAGGCUGGACUAGAUUGACUGACACAUGUAACAGACUGACAUACAGGGUGAACGACUUGCAAGAAGGAGCAGUUUAUUACUUCAGAGUGACGGGCCAGAAUGAGUACGGUGUUGGUGUUCCUGCUGAGACCAAAGAAGGAACCAAGAUAACAGAAAAACCAAGCCCCCCACCAAAACUUGGCGUGAGUGAUGUGACCAAAGAGAGUGUGUCACUGGUCUGGGCCAAACCAGAACAAGAUGGAGGCAGCAGAAUUACUGGCUACCUAGUGGAGGCUCAAGAGAAAGGCCAGGAGAAGUGGGUCAAGUGUGGUGUAACCAAGUCCAUCCACCUCACAGUGUCUGGUCUAAGGGAGAAUGCCGAGUACUUUUUCAGGGUCAGAGCUGAGAACCAUGCUGGAUUCAGUGAUGUUAAGGAAAUGGUCAACCCUGUAAUGGUGAAAGACCAGCUUGAAUCUCCUGAGAUCAACAUGAACGACUUCCCUCACAACACAGUGUGUGUCAGAGCCGGUUCCACCCUCAAGUGUGAGAUCCCACUGACAGGCCGACCUCUGCCUAAUGUCUCACUGUCCAAGGAUAACGUACAACUCAAGUCAACAAUGAGGUUCAACUCUGAAGUCACCCAUGACAGCAUCAAGAUCAGUCUACGCGAGAGCAUUGCUGGAGACUCAGGACGCUACGAUAUCACUGCCUCAAACUCCAGUGGAACCACCAAACAAUAUGUAAAUAUUGUGGUUCUAGACCGUCCCAGUGCCCCACUUGGACCGGUGGAGCUGUCUGACGUGACAGGAGACAGCCUUAGUCUGGAGUGGCUCCCACCGGUAUAUGAUGGUGGCAGCCCCAUCACCAACUACAUCAUCCAAAAGAGAGAGACAACCACAGCCAACUGGAUGGAUGUCUCUUCUGCUGUGGCUCGCUGCACCAUGAAGAUUAUGAAGCUGACCACUGACCUGCAGUACCAGUUCAGAAUCAGGGCUGAGAACAGAUAUGGAAUCAGCGAGCACAUUGACUCACCAACUGUCACUGUCAGCCUUCCUUACACUCUUCCUGAUGCUCCAAUCACUCCAGAGGUCACUUCUGUAACUAGAGAGACCAUUACUGUAGCCUGGACGGAGCCCAAGUCAGAUGGUGGCAGCCAUGUGUUUGGCUACCAUCUCCAGAUGAAAGACAAGAACAGCAUUCUCUGGCAGAGAGUCAACAAAAUGGUGAUCCGUGCUACACACUGUAAGGUCACUAAUAUCAAUGCUGGACUUAUUUAUGAGUUCAAGGUGGCAGCAGAAAACGCUGCUGGAGUCAGUGCCUUCAGCAAGGUCUCUGACGCAGUGCUGGCUAUUGAUGCUUGUGAGCCACCCAUAAACCUGCGCAUUAGUGACAUCACCAAGAACACCAUAAGCUUGGCCUGGCAUAGACCCAGCUUCGAUGGUGGAUCCCCGAUCAUUGGCUACAUCAUUGAGAAGAUGGAGGGUGUCAGUGCCAAAUGGUCCAAGGCUGUCCUCAACAAUAUCACAGACACCCGCUUCACUGUGACCGGCCUGACCCAGGACGAGACGUACGAGUUCAGAGUCAUGGCCAGGAACGCCGUUGGGUCAGUGAGCAACCCGUCCAUUACUGCUGGACCAGCCACAUGUGUGGACACAUACGGUGCCCCAGAGAUUGAAAUACCUCAGGAGUACUUCAGUGAGGUCAAACACAUGGCCGGCUCUAAUGUGGAGCUCAAGUUUAAUAUCACAGCCAAACCUGCUCCAACUAUUGAGUGGUUGAAGGAUGGCAGAGAGCUUGUGCCCAGCGCCCAGCUUUCCUUCAAACAUGCAUUUGAGUGCACCAGUGUGUUCCUAAGGGAAACCACUCGUUUGAAUUCUGGUACCUAUGAGGUCAGGGUGAAGAACUCCUUGGGAUCUGCAUGUGCUGUUGUCAGGCUGCUCAUACAAGACAAGCCAGGUCCACCUGCUGGAGACAUCCAGUUUAAGAAGGUGACUGCUGACAAAAUAACCAUCAUGUGGUCCCCACCUGCUGAUGAGGGCGGUGCCAUGGUGACUCAUUACAUUGUGGAGAAAAGACAGACCAGCAGGGUCAUGUGGUCCAUAGUCUCGGAGAAGCUGGUCGACUGCAUUGUUAAUGUUCCCAGACUCAUCCAGGGCAAUGAGUACAUCUUCAGAGUUCGUGGAGUGAACAAAUACGGCAUUGGAGACCAACUGGAGUCUGAGCCUGUCAUUGCAAAGAAUGCAUUUGUUCCUCCUAGCGAGCCAUCUAAGCCUCAAGUCAACAUGAUUACCAAGUCCACCAUGACAGUGAUCUGGGAAAGACCUGCAUUGAAUGGAGGCAGCGACAUUGACGGCUACUACCUGGAAAAGAGGGAGAAGAAGAGUCUGCAGUGGUUCAAGGUGGUGAAGGGAACCAUCAGAGACACUCGGCAGAAAGUCACUAACCUGGUGGAGAACAGCGAGUACCAGUACAGAGUUUGUGCUGUCAACAAGGCUGGAGCAGGGAACUACUCUGAGUCUUCUGAACUCUACACAGCCUACGACCCUAUCGAUUUGCCUGGUGAGCCAUCCAAGCUGCAUGUGGUUGACUCCACAAAGACCUCCAUCACCCUCGGCUGGGAGACCCCCGUUUAUGACGGUGGCAGUGAAAUCACUCACUACGUUUUGGACCAGAUGAACUCUGAAGAAAAAGAAUGGGUGACCAUCAACCCGCAGGUUAAGUCCUGUGAAUACGUGGUGUCCCACCUCAAGCCCGGAACCUACUACUUUUUCAGAGUCUCGGCUGCCAACUGUAAGGGCAAAGGAGAGGACAUCAAAAUGUACCAACCUGUGCAAGCCAAAGAUAUCUUAGAGGAGGCUGAUUUGGACUUGGAUGUUCCCAUGACAACCCAGUACACAGCAAAAGCUGGCCGUGAUGUGGAAGUGUUUAUCCCCCUGAAGGGACGCCCCGUCCCCAAUGUCACAUGGCGCCGUGGCGACCGCAACAUGGCUGGUGACAACUGCUACUCCAUCACCAGCACCGAGCGAGCCACCACACUCCUCAUACCAAAGGUCACCCGCGAUGACUGCGGCAAGUACUUGCUGGAGAUUGAGAAUGGCGUUGGAGAACCAAAGAUAAUUACAGUUUCCCUUAAAGUUCUGGAUAGUCCAGCCACCUGCCAGAAACUGUUGAUCAAGAACGUCACAAGAGGAAAGUUGACCCUCAGCUGGGAAGCUCCUCUCAUUGAUGGUGGUUCCCCUGUCACUAAUUACAUUGUCGAGAAGAAGACCUCCACCAUGAAGGCUUACCAGGUGAUCACCGCAGAGUGUGCCAACACAUCCUACAAGGUGUCAGGCCUGGAGGAGGAUUGUGCUUACUUCUUCCGUGUGUCUGCUGAAAACGAGUAUGGUGUGGGUGACACAUGUGAGACCACCGAGCCUGUCAGAGCCACGGAAACUCCAGGAGCUGUUAAAGAGCUGAUGAUGGUGGACUCCACAAAGAGCUCUGUCACCCUGCAGUGGACCAGACCUGACCACGAUGGUGGCAGCCUCAUCACCGACUACAUAAUUGAGAAGAGAUCCCAGGAAGAGGUCAACUGGGCUUUGGGUGCUACGUGUAAGCGCUGCAGCUGUGAAGUCACAGGACUUAAAGAGAACACUAUCAUGGACUUUAGAGUAUUUGCCAAGAAUGAAAAGGGCAACAGUGACUUCUCACAGAUUGGUCCAAUCGUAGUGAUGGACUUCGUCAUUCCACCCGAGGCCCUUCUGAGUGACUACCCCAAUGGAGAGCUUGCUGUUCGCAUUGGUCAGAACAUCCACAUUGAAUUGCCCUUCAAGGGUAAACCAAGACCUGCAAUCAGCUGGCUAAAGGAUAACUUCCCUCUGAAGGAAAGCGAUAAGAUUCGCUUCAGGACCACUGACAACAAGACUGCCGUCACAGUCAGAGGAGCCAAGAAAGAGAAUGCCGGCCAAUACACCUUGGUUCUGGACAACAGAGUCAUCAAGAACUAUUUUGACAUAAACGUGAUCACUCUGGGAGCUCCCUCAGUGCCUGUUGGUCCUAUCCGCUUUGAUGAGAUUAAAGCUCAGAGUAUCAUCAUCUCCUGGGAUGUGCCAAAGGAGGAUGGAGGUGGCGAGAUCACCUGUUACAGUGUGGAGAAACGUGAGACCUCCCAGGCUAACUGGAAGAUGGUCUGCUCCAGUGUUGUCAGGACCACAUUCAAGAUUCCCAACCUGGUCAAGGGAACUGUGUACCAGCUCAGGGUCCGUGCGGAGAACAAGUAUGGAGUCAGUGAACCACUCAACUCCUCAGAUGUUAUUGCCCAGCACCAGUACAAACCUCCAGGUCCCCCAGGAAAGCCAGUGGCCUACAACAUCACCAGUGAUGGAAUGACCAUCGGUUGGGAGGCCCCAGGUUUCGAUGGAGGGUCCCCUAUAUUGGGCUAUCAUGUUGAGAAGAAGGACAGGAACAGCCUCUUGUGGCAGAAAGUGAACUCCUCCAUCAUAUCCAACAAAGAGUACAGAAUCAUUGGUCUCAUGGAGGGACUGGAGUACUCCUUCAGAGUCUAUGCAGAGAACAAUGCUGGAAUUAGCCCCAUUAGUGAACAGAGUAAACACGCGCUCGCCAUCUCCCCUGUUGAUCCACCUGGCACUCCCACGUUCAUCGAUGUAACCAGAGAUUCGGUCACGCUGCAGUGGGACAUCCCCAAAAAGGAUGGUGGCAGCAAGAUUGUUGCCUAUAGUGUGGAGAGGCGCCAAGGUAGAGGCAAAUGGCUGCGGUGCAACUUCACUGAUAUCAGCGAAACCCAGUUCACUGUGACUGGUUUAUCACCUGGAGACAGAUUCGAGUUCAGAGUGAUUGCCAGGAAUGCUGUGGGCACAGUCAGUCCACCGUCCAACUCCUCUGGAUAUAUCAUGACCAGGGACGAGAACAUUGCUCCUGAGAUCAUUUGGUCUCCAGAUCAGGUUCUAUCGAUGAGGGCUGGAGAGAAGGUGAAGCUCGGCUGCAGCAUCACUGGACGUCCUGUCCCCCAGGUUGUCUGGUACAAGGAUGGCAAAGAGAUCGACAAGAGGAUCAUGAUUGACAUUGAGAUCACCAGCAGUAUCGGAACCAGCAGUCUGUUUAUUCGUGAUGCUGACAGGAACCACCGUGGAAUCUACACUGUCGAAGCCAAGAACAACUCCGGUACCAAGAAAGCUGACGUCAACGUCAGAGUGCAAGAUACACCGGGACCUGUAGAAGGUCCUAUCCGUUUCACCGGCAUCACGGCUGAGAAGUGCACUGUGUGGUGGAACCCACCAGAGAAUGAUGGUUGUGCCGCCAUCACUCAUUAUGUGGUGGAGAAGAGGGAGACAUCCAGGAUCUCCUGGGCCUUGGUCACCUCCCAGUGUGAAGCCUGUUCUUACAAUGCCAUCAACCUCAUCAGGGGCAACGAGUACCAGUUCAGAGUCUCUGCUGUCAACAAGUUUGGUGUUGGCAAACCACUGGACUCUGAUUCUAUCAUCGCACAGAUGCAAUACACUGUGCCUGAUGCCCCUGGUACUCCUGAUGCCACACAUGUGACUGGAAACAGCAUCACCAUGUGCUGGACUAGGCCAAGGUCAGAUGGAGGCAACGAGAUCAAACACUACAUCCUCGAGAGGCGAGAGAAGAAGAGCCUGCGCUGGCUAAAGGUUUCCUCCAAGAGGCCCAUCACAGAGCUGAGACACCGUGUCACCAAACUCACUGAGAGCAACGAGUACGAGUUCCGCGUCAUGGCUGAAAAUGGCGCUGGUGUUGGACCAGCCAGCAGUACCUCCAGGCUCUUCAAAUGCAGAGAGCCUACCAGUGCUCCCAGUGCUCCCACAAUGAUCAAGGUCACUGACUCCACUAAGUCAUCUGUCACCAUUGACUGGACCAAGCCAGUCUUUGAUGGUGGAAUGGAAAUCAUUGGCUACAACAUUGACAUGUGUAAGGCCAGUCUGGAGGAGUGGCACAGAGUCAACAACCAGAUUUGCUUCCACACCAGUUACACUGCCAAGGGCUUGGUGGCUGGAGAGAUCUACAAGUUCAGAGUCAGUGCUGUAAAUGGAUCAGGAGAAGGCGAAGCCUCUGUGCUGGCCAGUCCUGUUCAGGCUCUGGACAGACUCACAUCUCCUGAGAUCGACAUUGAUGCCAACUUCAAGCAAACUCACAUCGUAAAGAAUGGCGGCGUGGUCACCCUCCAUGUUGCCUUCUGCGGUAAACCAGCUCCUCUUGCCAUCUGGUCUAAGGUGGAUGGGGAGCUGCCUGUCAUGGGUGAUAUCAACACCACAGAGUCAUUCUCCACUCUGACUAUUGAGGGGUGCACAAGGUACGAGGCUGGCAAAUACACCCUGUCUCUAGAGAACAACAGUGGGCGCAAGUCCAUCACGUUCACUGUCAAAGUGCUGGAUACACCUGGACCUCCAGGAGCCGUCACCUUUAAGGAUGUUACCCGUGGAGCCUUGACAAUGAUGUGGGAUGCCCCCACCAAUGACGGUGGAUCCCGAAUCCACCACUACAUUGUGGACAAGCGUGAAGCCAGCCGCCUGGCCUGGCAGGAAGUCAGUACCAAGAGCUCUCGGCAGAUGAUUAGGGUAACUGGUUUGGAUAUUGGCGUGCGAUAUUUGUUUAGGGUGAUUGCUGUUAACAAGUACGGCCAGGGAGAAGCUCAUGAGAUGACAGAGCCUAUCAUUGCCACAGAAGAACCUGCACCACCCAAGAGACUGGACGUCGUUGACACCACCAACUCCUCAGCCUCGCUGGUGUGGCUGAAGCCUGAGCAUGAUGGGGGCAGCCGCAUCAGAGGCUACAUUGUUGAAUUCCGAGCUAAAGACACUGACCGCUGGGUUGUUAGCGAAGAGACCAAGUCCCAAAAGAUGCUAGUGGAGGGUCUGAUUGAGAAUACUGAGUAUGACUUCAGAGUCAAGGCCAAAAACGAUGCUGGAAUCAGCGAGCCUCAGGGCACCUUCAGCUCUGUGGUCAUUAAGGAGCCCCGCAUUGAACCAACUGCUGACCUCAGCAGCAUCACCAACCAGCUCAUCACCUGCAAGACCUCCAGCACCUUCACAAUCGACAUCCCAAUCAGUGGCAGACCUGCGCCAAAGGUCACCUGGAAGCUGGAAGAGAUGAAGCUGAAGGAGACGGAGAGGGUUUCCAUUAAGACCACAAAGGAGAGAACCACUCUGGUGGUGAAAGACAGCAAGAGAAGCGAUAGUGGCAAAUACUACUUGACCCUUGAGAACACAGCUGGUGUGAAGACAUUCACAGUGACGGUAGUUAUCGUUGGCAGACCGACUCCACCCACAGGCCCGGUGGACAUUUCUGGACUUUCCUCAGAAUCCUGCAACCUGUCUUGGUCUGAGCCAGCGGACGAUGGUGGUAGUGACAUCACCAACUACAUUGUGGAAAAACGAGAGUCUGGCUCUGCCUCCUGGCAAGUGGUGAACUCUAGUGUGAAGAGAACCACCAUCAAAGUGACUCAUCUUACCAAGUACUUGGAGUACACCUUCAGAGUGUGUGCUGAGAACAAGUUUGGAGUAAGCAAGUCCGUUGAGUCUGCUGCUGUUGUCAUUGAGCAUCCAUAUGUUCCUCCAAGUCCUCCAAAUCGUCCAGAUGUGGUAUUUGUCUCUGCCAGCGCCAUCAGCAUCAAAUGGGAACUGCCAUAUGCAGAUGGUGGCAGUGAGAUUUCAGGCUACUGGAUUGAGAAGAAGGAAAGGAACACGAUUCUGUGGGUGAGGGAAAACAAACUGCCUUGCCUGGACUGCCAGUACAAGAUAUCCAGCCUGAUCGAGGGCCUGGACUACCAGUUCAGGGUGUAUGCCAUGAACAUCGCUGGACUCAGCAAGGCCAGUGAGGCCUCCAGAGCUGUGACGGCACUAAACCCUGUUGAUCCUCCUGGUAAGCCCGAGGUGACGGAUGUCAGCCACUCCUCUGUAUCACUGUGCUGGACUGUGCCAUUUAAUGAUGGUGGCAGCAAGAUCGUUGGGUAUGUGGUGGAAAGGAAAGUCUACAGCACGGACGAGUGGGACGACAACCGCUGGCUCAAGUGCAACUACACCACCAUCAGUGAGAACUACUUCACCGUGACUAACCUGGGAGAUGGAGAGAUCUAUGAGUACCAUGUCAUCGCUAAAAAUGCUGCAGGUGUCCACAGCGCACCUUCAGAGUCUACCGGACCAAUCACGUGCAAGGACGAAUACUCUCCUCCCAAAGCUGAACUCGACAGCAAGCUGGUGGGUGAGACGGUCACGGUCACUGCCGGCUCCGACCUUGUCCUGGACGGUGCUGUAGGCGGUAAACCGGAGCCUGUGGUCUUCUGGUCGAAGGGCGACAAGAUGUUGGAGCUGGGAGAGAAAUAUUCGCUGACCUACACUGCCACCAGAGCCAUGGCCGUCAUCAAGGACUGCGACAGAUACGACACAGGCAGAUACGUCCUGACCGUCAAGAAUGCCAGCGGAAUCAAGACCGCGGCUGUCAGCGUUAAAGUUCUAGACACUCCUGGAGCUCCGGCUGACAAGAUCGUAAUCAGCAGAGUGACGGAGGAGAAAUGUACAGUGUCGUGGAAGAUUCCACUGCAGGAUGGUGGACACCUUGUCACCCAUUACAUCGUGGAGCGUCGGGAGACCAGCCGCCUCAACUGGGUCAUCAUGGAGGCCGAGUGCAAGACUCUGUCAUGUGUCAGCAGCAGGCUGAUCAAGAAUAACGAGUACAUUUUCAGAGUCAGAGGAGUCAACAAGUACGGACCGGGAGUCGCUCUAGAAUCUGAUCCCAUCAUCGCCAGGAACGCCUACACCAUCCCGUCCCAGCCGGGCACACCGGACGUCACAGCUGUGGCCAAGGAGCACGUCAUCAUCGAGUGGCUGAAGCCUGAGAGCGAUGGAGGCAGCGAGAUCAAAACAUACAUUGUGGAUAAACGAGAGCAGAGCAGCACCAGGUGGACUCGGGUUAAUAAGAAUUACACCAUCUACGACACUCGUCUGAAGAUCUCAGGUCUGUUGGAGGGAAGCGAGUACAUGUUUAGAGUGACGGCCGUCAACGCUGCAGGAGACAGCCAGCCGAGCGACGCCUCACCAUACAUCCUCUGCAAAGACCCAACUUAUACACCAGCUCCUCCAUCAAUGCCUCGCAUCACUGACACAACCAAGCACAGCAUCAGCCUGACCUGGACCAGACCCAUGUACGACGGAGGCUCAGACGUCACCGGCUACAUAGUUGAGAUCUUAGAGGAGGGCACCGAACAGUGGUACCGUGCCAGCGCCAAGGCACUCAAGACCAAUGAGUAUGUGGCCGUGGGCCUGGCAGCCAAUAAGAAGUAUAGAUUCAGAGUAGCUGCCAUCAACAACAAGGGCACCGGGGAGUUCAGUGAACCUAAUGCUGAGGUCCAGCCUCUGGAGAGAAUCGAAAUUCCUGACCUGGAGCUUGCCGACGACUUGAAGAAAACAGUGUGUCUGCGAGCCGGAGGAACCCUGCGUCUGUUUGUGUCCGUCACUGGCCGCCCAAUACCAGUGGUGGCCUGGAGGAAGACAGGGGUGGAGCUGCAGAGCCGUGGCUUCAUUGAAACCACCAAUAGCUACACCAUGCUAAUGGUGGAAAAGGUUACUCGCUAUGACUCUGGAAAAUACGUUGUGGAGGCAGAGAACCCAUCUGGCAAGAAGACUACAACCAUUCUGGUCAAAGUCUAUGACACUCCUGGUCCUCCAGCUUCAGUGAAGGUGAAGGACUACACCAAGGAGUCUGUUGUGAUCACCUGGGAUGUCCCGAGCAUUGAUGGUGGUGCUCACGUCAGCAACUACAUUGUAGAGAAGCGUGAAGCCAACAUGAAGUCAUACAAGACCGUCACCACUGAGUGUAGAAAGACCCUGUUCAGGAUCACUGGCCUGGAGGAGGGAGUGCACUACUUCUUCAGAAUCCUGCCAGAGAACAUCUAUGGCGUCGGUGAGCCGUGUGACACGUCUGAGGCUGUGCUGGUGUGCGAGGUGCCAUCAGUGCCUCUGAGCCUCCAGAUGGUUGAUGUCACCAAGUCCUCAGUCACACUGCUCUGGGAGAAGCCAGUGCACGAUGGCGGCAGCAGGCUGACGGGUUAUGUAAUCGAGGCCUGCAAAGUGGGCUUGGACAGGUGGACUGCCGUGGCGACAGUCAAGGCCUUUGUGUCCCAGCACACCAUCCAAUCCCUAAUGGAGAAUGACCAGUAUCUUUUCAGAAUCAGAGCCACUAACACCAGGGGAGCCAGCGAGCCCAUGGACAUUGUAUCUCCGAUCACAAUUCAAGAGAUUAAGGUGAUGCCCACGAUUGACCUGACCAGCAUCCCUCAGAAAAUAGUCCACGUGCACCGUGGCAAAGCCAUCGACCUCAACAUCCCGAUAAAAGCUAAGCCACAGCCUGAAUGCUCCUGGUUCUUCGGUGGCACCCAGUUGAAGGACAGCCUGGACCGCAUCAAAAUUGACAGCAACGGCAAAUAUACCCAUCUCGUCAUACGUGAUGCGACAAUCAGUGACACGGGAGACUACAUGCUGCAAGUUAAGAAUGCCAUCGGCAUGGCAACAGAGGUCAUCAAGGUCAUCAUACUUGACAAACCUGGAAUCCCAGUUGGUCCAAUGAAGAUUGAGGAGACUGACGGCGUGUCAGUGACAGUCAGCUGGGAACCUCCGGAGAAGGACGGCGGGGCCAAUGUCAGCGGCUACGUGGUGGAGCAGCGUGACGCCCACCGGCCAGGCUGGUCCACCAUCUCAGAGUCAGUGACCCGACCCUGCUACAAGUUCACCAGACUCACAGAGGGAACUGAGUAUGUGUUCCGUGUUGCUGCCAUGAAUCGCUUCGGUGUCGGUAGCUUCCUGCAGUCUGAGGUGGUGGAGUGCAAGAGCGCCAAGACCAUCCCUGGACCUCCAAGCAGGCCAGAUGUGCUUGAUGCCACCCACGAGGGCAUGACCCUGACCUGGCAACCACCUGAGGACAAUGGUGGAUCCACCAUUGCCGGCUACAUAAUUGAACGUAAGGAGGCCCAUUCUGACAGGUGGAUGAAGAUCAGCAAGAACCCCGUCACCAUGACCAGGUACCGCUCCUCUGGCCUGAUCGAGGGCCUGGAGUACGAAUACCGUGUCACUGCCAUCAACUCGAGAGGAGUCGGGAAACCCAGCGAGACCUCUGUCAUCACUGUCGCCAUGGAUCCCAUUGAGGCUCCAGGAGCUCCAGUUCAACCCAGAGUCACCGACAGCACCAGGACUUCAGUCUCUCUGGCCUGGUUGCCACCUGAAGAGGAGGGUGGUGCUGUGAUUACUGGCUACUUAGUCGAGAUGCAGAAGGUGGACCAGGUGGAAUGGACAUUGUGCAACACCACACCCACUAAGAUGUGCGAGUACACUCUCACCCACAUGCCCCAGGGUGCUGAGUACAAGUUCAGGAUCAUCGCUUGCAAUGCUGGUGGUUCCGGAGAGCCUGCAGAGAUUCCUGGAGUUGUUAAAGUCCAGGAGAUGCUGGAUUAUCCCGACUAUGAGUUUGAUCGUAAAUAUGAGGAGGGCUACGUAGUGCGACAGGGCGGAGUCAUCCAUCUGUCUGUGGCCAUCAAGGGUAAACCCAUCCCUAUAUGCAAGUGGACCAAGGAUGGCCGUGACAUCUCCCAUCGGGCCAUGAUUGCCACGCACGAUGACAUCACUGAGCUGGUCAUCAAAGAGGCACACAAGGACGACACCGGUACCUACGACCUGCUGCUGGAGAACAAAUGUGGCAGGAAGGCCGUGUACAUCAAGGUGAAGGUGAUUGGUCGCCCCGAUUCCCCAGAGGGCCCUCUGGAAUGUGAUGAGAUUCAAGCCAGAUCAUUGCGGGUCAGCUGGAGACCACCUUCAGAUGAUGGCGGCUCCGACAUCCUAGGAUACAUCGUGGAAAGGCGUGAGGUACCCAAGGCCGCCUGGUGUACAGUGGACUCCCGGGUAACCGAGAAUUCUCUGGUGGUGAAGGGUCUGAAGGAAAAUGUGGAGUAUCACUUCAAGGUUUCUGCUGAGAACCAGUUCGGUGUCAGCAGAUCUCUCAAGUCUGAUGAGCCUGUGACACCUAAGACACCACUUUGCCCACCAGAACCUCCUAGCUACCCACCAGAGAUCAUGGACGUGACCAAGUCUACAGUGUCUUUGUCCUGGGCCCGCCCUCGGGAUGAUGGAGGCUCUCGCAUCACAGGAUACUAUGUGGAAAGGAGGGAGGUGUCGACAGAGAAGUGGGUCCGCCAUAACAAGACCCACAUCACCACCACCAUGUACAACGUGACUGGUCUCAUUCCUGACGCAGAGUACAUGUUCAGAGUCGUGGCUCAGAACGACAUUGGGCAGAGUGAACCUGGUCCUGCUUCAGAGUCGUUGGUCUGCAAAGAUCCAUUUGACAAACCCAGCCAGCCAGGAGAGAUCGACAUCAUCUCCAUCACCAAAGACUCCAUCACGAUCCACUGGCUCAGGCCUGAGCAUGACGGAGGCAAGGAGAUUCUGGGCUACUGGGUUGAGUUCAGGCAGGCUGGAGAAAGCGCCUGGAAGAAAUGCAACAAGGAGCGUUCCAAGGAUCGUCAGUUCACCAUGGGUGGAUUAGUAGAGGCCACCGAGUACGAGUUUAGAAUCUUUGCUGAGAAUGAGACCGGAUUCAGCCGACCUCGUCGCACACCUAUGGGCAUCAAGACUAAACUGAGCGUUGGUGAAGCUCCAGCUUUGAAGGAAGAGAUCCAAGACGUUACCACCAAACUUGGUGAGUUGGGCAGUCUGACCUGUGGCAUUAUUGGCAGACCUCUGCCUGAGAUCAAGUGGUACCGCUUCGGGAGGGAACUGAUUCAGAGCCGCAAGUACAAGAUGAGCUCAGAUGGCCGUAACCACUCCCUCAGUAUCCUGACAGAUGAGCAGGAAGACGAGGGCUUGUAUACCUGCAGGGCCAUCAAUGAGGCCGGAGAGGUUGAAACCAGCGGCAAACUGCGUCUUCAAGCAGCUCCUCAGUUCCAUCCUGGGUUCCCCCUGAAGGAGAAGUACUUUGCUGGAGCUGGCACCAGCCUCCGCCUGCAUGUCGUCUACAUCGGGCGCCCUAUCCCCCAGAUCAUGUGGUUCUAUGGCAAGAAGCCUCUGAAUCCAUCAGAAAAUGUGAUCAUUGAAAACACAGAAAGCUACACCCACCUGGUGGUGAGGAACGUCCAGAGGAAGACCAAUGCCGGCCGCUAUAAGGUUCAACUCAGCAACGGGUUUGGAACCGUUGACACUGUUCUACGUGUUGAAAUCCAAGAUAAACCAUGCAUCCCUGAGGGUCCAAUGGUUAUUGAUGCUCUGCUAAAGAGCUCAGUUGUCAUCAGCUGGAAAGUUCCCAAGGAUGAUGGAGGUUCCAUAAUCUCAAACUACAUUGUGGAGAAGCGUGAAGCCAAAGAAGGGGAGCAGUGGCACCUGGUGUCCUCCUCGGUCUCUGGCACAACCUGCCGCGUCCCCAACCUGAUAGAAAACGCCGGGUACUACUUCAGAGUCUCUGCCCAGAACCAGUACGGAGUCAGCGAGGCUCUGGAAAUCCCAUCAGUGAUCAUCAUAAAGAGUCCAUUCGAAAAACCGGGCAUCCCACAGCAGCCCUUCAUCAUCAGCUCCACCAAGGACUCCUGUGUCGUCUGCUGGAAGCCUCCAAGCAGUGACGGUGGAGCUAAAAUUACAAACUACUAUCUGGAGAAACGUGAGAAGAAGCAGAACAAGUGGAUUUCAGUUACCAACAAGAAGAUUGUGGAGACCACUUAUGAGGUCAUAGCCUUGAUUGAGGGCUUCGAGUAUGAGUUCCGUGUCAAGUGUGAGAAUGCGGGUGGUGAGAGCGGCUGGAGCGAGACCUCUGCGGGAAUAAUCCCGAAGUCUGACCAGUCUCCACGCGCUCCUGCAUUCAGGGAGGAGAUCAGGGACAUGAACGUCAAAUAUCACGCCAAUGCCACCUUUGUCACUAAGGUGGUGGGACAUCCAAAGCCUUUGGUGAAAUGGUACCGCAGUGGAAAGGAAAUUCAGGCAGAUGGAACCAAGAUCAAAGCUCAGGAGUUCAAGGGAGGUUACUACCAGCUCGUCAUCACAUCUGCUGAUGAGAACGAUGCCACCGUUUAUCAAGUCAGGGCAACCAACCCCUCAGGUUCUAUCUCUACAACAGCCAACCUGGAAGUGGAAGUUCCUGCUAAAAUCCACCUGCCCAAAGAGCUCCAGGGAAUGGGGGCAGUCCACGCUGUCCGUGGAGAUCAGAUCACCAUCAAGAUCCCCAUCACUGGCAAGCCUGAGGCAGCAGUCACUUGGCAGAAGGGCCAGGAGAUCCUCUCCAACUCUCCUUACCACCAGGUCAUCACCACAAGGUCUUUCACCUCCCUGGUCUUCCAUAAGGGAGUGCAGAGGAGAGAUAAUGGCUACUACAUUAUUACUGCAAAGAAUAGGUUUGGAAUGGACAAGCAAACCAUCGAGGUGAAUGUGGCUGACAUACCUGAAGCUCCAAAGGGACUCAUGGUCAGUGAUAUUACUCGGGAUUCCAUCACUAUGACCUGGGAGCCUCCUGCCAAUGACGGUGGUAGCGACAUUAUUGGCUACAUUGUAGAGAAGUGUCCCACCACUGCUGACAGGUGGAUCCGUGCUGGACAGACCACUGACUGCAGCAUCACCAUCAUCAACAUAUUUGGAAAGACCAAAUACCAGUUCCGUGUCAUUGCUGAGAACGGAUUUGGUCUGAGCUCUCCUUCUGUGCCAACUGAGCCCAUCACUACGAAGGAAGACAAGUCUGUGAUUAGGAAUUAUGAUGAGGAAGUGGAUGAAGCCAGAGUGAUCACCAAGGAAGAAGCUCUAUUCUACAAGGUGAAGGAGUUGUCCUCCAAGUACAUCAUCUCUGAGGAGCUUGCUCGCUGCCAGUUUGGAGCAGUCCACCGCUGCGUUGAGAUUGCUACUAAGAAGACCUUCAUAGCCAAGUUCAUCAAGGUCAAAGGAACUGACCGUGAGUUGGUUCUUAGGGAAAUUGAGGCCCUCAACGUAGCAAGGCACAAGAAUAUAAUUUACCUGCAUGAAUACUUUGAAAGUAUGGAAGAAAUUAUCCUGAUCUUUGAAUUCAUUUCUGGAGUUGACAUCUUUGAGCGCCUUGGAACCAGCAACUUUGAGCUAACAGAGCAGGAGAUUGUCCGCUACCUGAGACAAGUCUGCUCUUCCGUCAAGUUCUUGCAUAGCAGCAACUUCGGUCACUUCGAUAUCCGCCCAGACAACAUCGUCUAUUCUACAAGGAGAAGCACCACCAUAAAGAUUAUCGAGAUGGGCCAGGCUCGGCUGCUAGUGCCAGGAGAAAACAUCAGAAUGCUGUUCUCAGCUCCAGAGUACUGUGCCCCAGAGGUCCACCGCCAUGACUUAAUCACAACAGCCACUGAUAUGUGGUCUGUUGGUGUUAUGGCCUAUGUUUUGCUCAGUGGCCUUAAUCCAUUUGCGGCAGAGUCAACUACGAAGAUGAUUGAGAACAUCUCAAACUGUGAGUUCAUCUUUGAUAGUGAAGCAUUUAAGGACAUCAGCCUGGAGGCCAUGGACUUUGUGGACAGACUUCUAGUCAAGGACAUGAAGCUCCGUAUGACCGCCCAUGAGGCUCUGGAGCACCCAUGGCUCAAGAUGAAGAUUGAGCAUGUCAGCAACAAGGUCAUCAAGACACUGAGACACAGAAGGUACUACCAGACCUGUGUGAAGAGGACGGACACUAUCGUAUCGUCAGCUCGCGUUGCUUAUGGUGGCGCCUUCAAGAACCAGAGAGGAUUAGCUGUGGGUAAAGUGAAGAUUGGAACCGAGUACCAUGGCCUUCGUGCUGGUCCAGUCAUGCAUGGCUCAGCUGAGGAAGGCGGCCAUGUCAGAUUCACUUGUAGCAUUGCCAACUAUGACAAGAGUACACAGGUGUCGUGGUACUUCGGAAACCGUCAGCUACACCCAAGCCCCAAGUAUGAGAUCACUUACAGUAAUGGUUUUGCCAGCAUCUAUGUAAAGGACAUUGAAGACAGUGAUGAUGGUGUGUACAGAUGCAAGGUGGUGAGCGAGGAUGGAGAGGACAGUGCUUAUGGAGAGCUCUUUGUUGAUACGGUAAGAAGCAUCAGAGAGCACUAUGUAAGCCGCUCCAUCAAGAAACUGAGGAAGAGAGUUGACAAGAGUAAACUCCUGCAGAGACCACCAGAGUUCACUUUGCCUCUUUACAAUAGCGCUGCCUACAUUGGCGAAGAUGUCCGCUUUGGUGUCACUAUUACUGUGCACCCGGAGCCUCAUGUAGCAUGGCUUAAGAAUGGAGAGAGAAUCAGGGCAGGCGACGAUGACAGCAAGUACACAUUCACCAGUGAUACGGGUCUGUACCAGCUGAUGAUCCACAAUCUGGACGUGAACGAUGAUGCUGAAUACACAGUCAUGGCCCACAACAGGUUUGGAGAAGACAGCUGCAAGGCUCGCCUCACUGUGACACCUCAUCCUGUGAUGGAGGAAACUAUGAGGCCCAUGUUCAAACGUCUCCUGGCUAAUGUUGAGUGCAUAGAAGGGCAUAGUGUCCGUUUCGAACUCAGAGUCUCAGGAAUCCCAACUCCUACUCUGAAAUGGGAGAAGGACGGUCAUCCACUACAGUUUGGUCCAAAGGUUGUUGUCAUACAGGAGGAUGUUGAUUACCAUGUCCUGCACGUCAGAGAGACUCUACUUGAGGACUCUGGUUUGUACAAGGUUACCGCAACCAACUCAGCUGGCUCUGCAAGCUGCCAGGCUACACUGAAUGUCGACCGCCUGACCUAUACCAGGAGAGAGUAUAAGAGCGAGGAGGAGAAAUACAGACACAUACAGAAAGAAAUUGAAAAGACGAACAAGAUGGCUCAGCGGAUUGUUGCCACUGAAGAGCUUGUACCUUUCAACCCCACAGCCCAGGAGGCCCUCAAAUUUGCUGCAGAGAUGUACAAGCCUGCAGUGAGUACCAAGAACAUAGAGGGUGAGUUUGACAUCACAGUGGAGAAGUCGGAUACCAAGAGGCUGGAGGAGGAAAGGAGGAUUUUCAUGCCAUAUGAGAUGCCAGAGCCAUUAGUUCACGAUCCUCGAGUUUUGGAUGAAGACAAGGCCAUCAAACAGUUUGUACCUCUCUCGGAUAUGAAGUGGUACAGAAAGCUGAGAGACCAGUAUGAGAUUCCAGAGAGGAUGGAGAGGAUUGUGCAGAAGAGACAGAGACGUAUUCGCUUGUCCAGGUGGGAACAGUUCUAUGUCAUGCCCCUCCCCCGAAUUACUGACCAGUACAGGCCUAGAUGGCGUAUUCCAAAACUCAGCCUGGAUGACCUGGAGACUGUCAGGCCUGCACGCCGUUCACCCUCCCCUGAAUCUGAGGUUUCCUUCAAAUCCAGGAGGAGAUCUCUGGGAGACCUGAGCGACGAGGAGCUGCUGAUGCCUGUGGACGACUACCUCUCCAUGAGGAGAACAGAGGAGGAGAAAAUGAUGCUGGAGGAUGAACUGGAGCUCGGUUUUUCUGCCUCUCCUGCUGGCAGCCCUAUCCGCAUAGAGCGGCGUGCCAUGGAACGGGAAGAGAGGAGACAGGAGUUCAGGCAGGAGUCUGUUGAAGUUGUUGAGAAGAAGAAACGUACUGUUUCUCAGUUCAUGAGGAGGAGAAGAUCAUUGUCUCCCACAUACAUUGAGCUGAUGCGUCCUGUCGCAGAGCUGAUCAGACCAUCUCGGACCAGGCCACCUGUGGAAGUAGAGGGACAGAUUGUGGGGAGGAGGUCCCCCACCCCGGAGAGGACUCGUCCCCGCUCUCCCAGCCCCAUCAAAUCAGUUGAGAGGUCUUCCCGCUCUUCCUCCAGGUUUGAGAGAUCUGCCAGAUUUGACAUCAUGUCCCGCUAUGAGGCCAGAAAGGCUGCUCUGAAAUCUGAGAGAAAAUAUCAGGUUGUUAGCCAGACACCUUUCAGCCUUGACCAUGCUCCCCGUGUGACCGUCAGGAUGCGUUCUCAUCGCAUACCAAUUGGCCAAGACACCAGAUUCACGCUGAACAUCCAAGCCAAGCCAGAUGGUGAGGUCAAGUGGUUCCAUAAUGGAACUGCAAUCUCUGAAAGCAGUGAGAAAUAUGUAUUCACCAACAUGAGCGGCGUCUUGACCAUCGUUAUCAUGGGCUGUCAGGAAGAGGACAGUGGCACAUACCGUUGUGUAUGCUCCAACUCUAAGGGAGAGGCAUCGGACUAUGCCACCCUGGAUGUGUCCUGUGGAGGAUACACCACCUUCUCCUCUCGCCGCAAAGAUGAGGAAGUUACCAAAACAUUUGUCCCCGAAGUAACUCGAAUUGACCACUAUCACACCACGCACUUUAAAACUGGCUAUGCGUCCCAGACCCACUUUGAAGUGGAGGAGAGCAAGUCUAAGUUGACCGAGACACAUGAGGUUGCUACUCGUGAAAGAUAUGCUGCCUCAUCUGAGAGGUAUGAUUCAUCUAUCAAAUACGCCUCGACUGAAUACCUGUCAUCUGCUUCCUCCUACUCAUCAGACAAAUUUUCUCUUACUGGGAAGCACUCCACUUCUGAAUCCAAACUUAAAUCAUCCUCUGCUGCCGUAGCUGAGGAAGCUUCAGUCCAAAAGGUGAAGCCUUCUCUUCUGGCUCGGAUCCUCACCAAGCCUCAGUCUGUGACGAUUGAAGAGGGACAGACGGCCAGAUUCUCCUGUGAUAUUGAUGGCGAGCCGGCACCCAGUGUUUCAUGGAUGCACAAGACCACAACUCUUGUUGCAUCUCACCGUGUCCAGGUCACCACAACUCAGUACAAGUCCAGCCUGGAGGUUUCCUCUGUGACGACUUCAGACGAGGGCAGUUACACGGUGGUGGUAGAGAACGCCACAGGCAGACAGGAGGCUCACUUCACUUUAACCAUUCGCAGAGCAGCUCCCAAAGAAGAAGUUCAGGCUGUCAAAUCUCCUGAGCCAUCUGUAAGGUCACCAGAGCCUUCAGUCACAUCACCUGCUCCCUCCGUAACAUCCCCUGUUCCAAGUGUAAAGUCACCUGAACCCAGCGUUACAUCCCCCGUGCCUUCAAUUAAAUCACCAACACCAAGUGUCAAAUCCCCUGAACCAUGUGCAACAUCUCCUACUCCGAGUGUGAAGUCUCCUGGACCAGAUGGAAUUAAGUCUCCUAGGAGCGUCAAGUCUCCUGUGCCGUCGGCAACCUCUCCAGCACCCAGCUUAAAAUCACCAGCUCCAACUGUCAAAUCUCCUGAACCUGAGGGAGUUAAGUCACCACGUGGUAUAAAAUCCCCAGAACCCAGACUCAAGUCACCUCCACCUAUUAAGUCUCCAGAGAGAGUGAAGUCACCUGAAUCCGAGGAACUCAAAUCCCCUCGUGGUGUCAAAUCUCCAGAACUCGCAGGACUCAAAACACCAAAAGGAAUGAAGUCCCCAGAACCUGCUGGAAUAAAAACACCAAAAGGCAUCAAGUCCCCAGAGCCGACAGGGAUCAAAUCGCCCAGGGCGUUAAAGUCCCCAGAGCCGACAGGGAUCAAAUCGCCCAGGGCGUUAAAGUCCCCAGAGCCGACAGGGAUCAAAUCACCUCCUAGGAUGAAGUCUCCUCCUCCGAUCAUGUCCCCUAAGAGGGUUGUGUCUCCACCCCCUGUCAAAUCCCCAACCCCAAAACCUCCCAAGGUUCUGAAUCAACUAACAGCUGAAGCCCGUGAGGGCUCAGUGAGGAUGUCCUGUGUCUGUGAGAGCAGCGUCAGAGAGGUGGUGUGGUACGUCAACGGGAGGAGACUUUCGCAGAGUAGCCACCUUGCGAUGCAAUACUCUGAGGGCUCCUGCAGCCUUGUAAUCCACGAUCUUGCGGACAGCGAUCAGGGAGAAUACACCUGUGAGAUGACAUCAGAGGGAGGAGUAUCCAAAUCCUCCUUUUCCUUCACUGGACAGGUCUUCCAGUCCGUACGCAUGAAGAUCACAGCCUAUCGUGAGCAGCAACUGGCUCUUAAAGGAUCAACGAUGAUGAGUCACAAGGAAUCUUCAUCAGCCAUGAGCUCAUCCAUGAUGAAGAAAGAAAUCCACACAAUGGAAGAGUCCUCCUCCUUUUCCUCCUCCUCCCAGCAAGCUAUGAUGUCAUCCAUGAUGGAGUCCAGCUCCUUCAGCAGCAUGGCAGCUGAGAUGAAGUUUGAGACCAUGUCCAUGUCCAGCAUGUCCACGGUUGCAUCUGAGUCGUAUGCACUGAGCUCCAGCAGCCUCACCGAGGGGUCUUCAUUCAGAGCAAUCGGUUCUGCUCCCAGAAUCGAGGCUCUGCCGGAGGACAUCAGCAUCGAGCCGGGCAAAGUCCUGACAGUCGCCUGUGCCUUCUCCGGUGACGCCAAACACAUCGAGUGGUCCCGCGGGGGCAAAACCAUCGAGGUGACUGCCGGUGGACGCUUCCACAUAGAGACGACGGAGGAUCUAACCACCCUCAUCAUCACCGGGGUGAAAGCGGAAGAUGCUGGAACCUAUACCCUCAAACUGUCCAACGAGCUCGGAUCUGACUCAGCGACUGUUCACAUUAGCAUUCGAUCAGUGUAAAAAAAAUCGUCCCCUUUUCUCUACUUCCAUACCUUUUUAUUUAUUAAUUGAGCAAAAUACUCUACUUGAUAAAGAUCUCAAUUUCUGUUCUUGUAUAUAUAUGAACUAUUUUUGUACCAAACUUGACAUUAAUUUAUGCCAAACUAGACUAAAGUCUAAAGUUGUUAUAAAAUGUGCCAUAUUGGAUAACUAUGACUUAGGAUUUUUGAUCCAUUUUUCUGUGACAUGUACAUAAUGUAUAUAGCCGAAUUUAACGGUUAUGGGAAAUGUAUGUAUUGUUAUUUAUGACAAUAAUAUUAACCGAAACAAAAUGAAACUAAAUGUGGUUUAACAGGAGAAAGUUUCAACAGAAACGAAUACCCUGUGAAACUGAGAAACUAAACUGUGCCUCAACGAUAAGUUGAAGUCUUAAGAUUGCCUCAGCAGGUAGAGAGGCUCCCUGUUGACGAUAACUCAAUCAGAGACAAACUAUACAUGCGCUGCUCCAGAGUGAGAGCAGUGCAGUGCUUUGUAACACGAGUGUGAGAUCCUGAGUCCUGUUUGCAUUUUACCCUCUUGUAAGCAGGACGACUGGACCUCGCCUCUGACGGAUUAUGUCAUACCGCCAUUUUCAUGACAUGCUCACAGUGCGAGCGGCCUGCACUCCCUGAGCACAUGUUUCUUUUUUGUUUUGUGCUCUGCUUCUGGCAAACGACCACUUGCUCGGGCUCCUCGGUUCCCACCAACCUGGCCAUCAGGUGAGAUCAGAGUCCGCCCUGUGCUCGUUUGCAGAGGCAGAGCUGCCUCUCGGAGGUCUGCAGUGUUUUUUGUGUGUUAGUUUUUAGUUCACUUGUCAGUCAAGCAGACGCGGCGCAGCCGAAACUAACUGAGCUGCGUUGAACCCAGGGCAGAAUCCAGCGUGCUCCUGUGUGUUGCUCUGCGUUUUGGUGUGGUUGAAGUUGGAGUUGUAGCAUGGAACUAUUUUCGCAGCCUCCUUGAGUUUUUCUCCAAUUAUUGAUUUAAUAAAGCAUGAUUAUCAGCACUGCA